GUGGGACUGGCGGACUCUUUCCUUUGUCGCUGCAUUGAGAGAACUCACAGAAUGGGAAGGGAAGGAGUCUUCUCGAGAGGCAAGUGUCCGCAACUCUGAAAUCUAUGGCUGGGGCAGUUUGAAUAUGCCUGGGGAUGCUUCCAGCUUUUUAAUUUCUAUAUGCAAAUUAAUAACAAGGUAUUCAUCUUGAGAGCCUUUCUGCAUUUUGCAUUCUGUCCUGCAAUCUUUGUGGAGUUUGAUUUCUCACUCGGAUGGUUUCAUGAUAGCUAUUUCUUAAAGGUUUCAUGGCUCUGCUUUAAUUAUGUGUACAGGCUGCGAGUUCUUGUAGCUAAGUUGUGGAAGUGGUUUGGGCUUCUUUGCAGCAGCUUCCUCCAAGCUUUUCCAGCUGAGUUUUCAAAGCUGGGCUCGUGUGUUGCAAAUAUUCCUUAACUUAAAAUGCUUUUGCUUUCUUCGGACGCUGUCCCCGGCCACGGAACGACGGCUUGAAUGGUUUUUAAUGGUGCUGUGCGUUCCUCGCUGGCGAAAUGGGCAUUUUUUUUUGGGGGGGGGACACCCACACUUUGGCAGGACGGGCGAUUGCAGAAGCGGGGGUUAUUCUAGAAUGGUGUGUUCAUCCGACCGAGCCGCACUGCAAAGAAUGGGAAAUAUUGCAUGCGUUUUGUGGUGCAAAUCCGAAGUAAUUAUGGAAACUGUAAAUCGCUAAGCUCAGGAAGAGGUGCAGUAAAGCUGGUUCGGGAUUAGUUUGUUGCACUGAAAUCCUGACUCUGUGCUGUAACAGGGAAGCAGCCGUUCUCCCGACUCUAAAUCAUGCCUCUUUGCCUUGGCCAGUUUAAGCCCACCUUUCGGGUUAAGCACCUUUGCCUCCGCUCAUCCGGGUGAACUGCGAUCGCACGCGAAAGCCUUGCCCCAGGGUGACGGGUGCCUCGACUCGCUCUCCUUGGUGCCGGCCCGCCCGCCCGCGCCGCAUCUCCUCUUCGUACCUGUCCGAGAAACAUUGCUCGCUGACAUCAUGGAAACACCCGGCGGCUGCCCGCGAAAGCGCGAGCGAACGCCGCCUUGGCGCUGAUCCGUCUGGAGAUUCCCCUUGGUCAGCGCCGCUGUCAAUCAACCGAGACGCUUCUUUGCCCUCUCCGGAACCUCCCUGGGAGGAACCAAGCUGGGUCUGGCCGAGAGGCUCCGCCCUUUUCUCGCCGCCGAAGGGAGUAGCAGGGAGCAGGCAGGUAGAGCUGCUUAGAGGGUGCAUGUUUUUGCUUGUCGCUCCCGCCCGCUUCGUUGUCGCGGCUGUCUGCCUGUCAGUGGCUUCUCUGACUCCUGGCUGUGCUUUGGCAGGUUGCUCAGAGGUGAGGAAAAGCCGCUUGUAUCUCGCUCCCUCCAAGCCCUGCCUGCGGUGGGGGCACAACCGCGGCUCGGAAGAGCUUACUUUAUAGCCCGACUGAUGCUUGCGAUCGCUGUCACUUCCCAGGUAGGAAGAGGGCUGAGCUUCCAGAAAGCUUGUUACUUGUUCUGAUGUAGUUUCCCCCUGGGUUUUCUUUGAGGGGCGGGAGAGUAAGCAACUUUCCAAUUGCAUAUAUCGAUUUACUGCUCCUUAUUUUCUGCCCCUCUCUGGUUUUCCUCUGCAAUUUGGCUUGUGUGAACGCUCAGCUGUUAUGUAGCUUCGUUUUAUAACUACAUGCAUUGACACUUUUAGCCAUAAAUAUGCCACUGGGGAGGAGAGGAAGAGAAGGGUGUAUGCCAAGUUGGUUUGGGAAGAUUAGUGAUGCAAAUAAAAGGACUCACACUAUUGUUUUGUGAGCUUCUACUAGCUUCUGGCUGCUAACUGCUGGGAGACAGAAUACAGUACUGGGUUCAGGAGACUCUUUGGGUCAGUCCAGCAAGGGCAUCCCUACCCUUUCCUUUCCCCAUCUUCACCCAAUGGAGGUAUCUUACUAGGUUUGGGGAGCUGUAUGCUACCUUGCAAAACUCAGGUGCAUCUUAUAUUCUGUGCACAAUUUUUUCACUUGGUUGCUGGAAAGGUUUGCAAAAGAGUUUCUUUUUUUUUUUAAGAGCUUGAUAAUUUGUCUGUGAAGUUAUAUGUGGCAUGAGAAAUACUUGCAUUGUUUCUUCCAGUAUUGAGCUAAAUUAGAGAAAUCUCUGAGAGAGGUCUUUGCUCAAUAUCUGUCUGCUACUUUUUAUUUUGGCAGAGUUCUGUGGAUUGAUUUAAAGCUUGAGUACUUUUUCCACAGAUGGUAGUUGGCCCUUCAAAAGAGCUUGUAUUAUUUCCGUAGUUCUUAGGAGUUUUUUUUUUUGUACUGGUAUAGUUCCUGUGGUUCUCAGCAUCUCAGACCAAUACAGUAAUAUCACUCUGUGUCGAGAAAAUACCUAUUUUCUCCCACAGCAGGCUUGGUGUUGGGCAGCUGGUUUCCUGUACAGAAUUUGAGAGUCUGUGGUGAUUGCAUGAGAGGCUCUGGUCUGGAUGAUUUAAAUAAGAGUCGCUCCAUAUUAAGACAUUCAAAGUAUCAAGCUGGAAGUUCAGUGCCCCUGCCAUCUGCAAGAUACACAGGAGUUCCCCAUACUGAUUCCUGCUGCCCCAAAUAAUACGCUGGGGCUAUCAGGAUCACAAUAAGGGUGGCACUUUCCAGCUGGGUAUUGUAACAUGAACUCUCCAGGCCCAUUGGUAGUAUUUAUGAGAAGCAGUAGCAGUAAACCACAUCCAACUGUGGUUCAAACUGCCAUUUGGAUGCAGCCUAAUCAUUGCUUUCUUAUCUUUCUUUGUGAUGCUGUGCAGCAAGCAUAAAUGAGCUCAGAUCUUCUGAAAUGUAGAGUGCAGCUGCAUGGUUCCCCUGUUAGCCGUUAACUGGAAAUAAACUCAUUAGCCUGAAUAGGCAUGAGCAGAUGUCCUAGUUUGCUUGCAUUCUCUGAAACGAUUCAGAUUCUGAACAUCAGUCUAGUCAUCUCUCAUAAAAUCUAUUGCAAUUCUCAGUGGUGCUGUUAGAGAGCAGUAUUUGAUGUUCCUGUAUUUGUUUUUAUCCCUUCAAGAAUAUGUCUGUAGCAGCUUGAAAAGAACUGCAAUGUUGAGGAUUUUUAAUACAAUUCUUUUGUUUUGUUUUGUUUAAUUGUAAGAGUUUACAUACUUUGUGCACUGAAACAUAUAAUUCUGGAUUAAUUGAUGCAUUCACCAUGUAUUGCUUACUACAUCUGGGGGUUGAAGGCUGAAUUUCUGGGAGGCUCUUCAGCAGGGAACUACCACAAAUCUUGCCUUCUUGCUGUGUGCCUUGGAAAUGGCAAUAGACAACCAGCUGGCUGUUGAAUGUAAGCUCAGAGAUCCUGAGAAUAUCUGCACUUUUGCAAAAAUAGCUUGUGGCCUCUUUAACCCCCCCCCCUGCCCAGUUUGCACCAAUGGAAAAUUUCUCCUUUCUCCUUUCUUGAUCACUUCUUAAGAGAGGGGAGUAAUUAAAUCUAGAUUCUUCUAGACACAGUGCUACUGAUUUCCUGUUUAUUGGGUUCAGAGAAAGCAGCCUGAGCUCAUGGCCAGGACAAUAUGGUCACUGCUGUACCUCUGCAUGCAGUGAUGCAAACACAUUGGUGCCAAACUGUCAACAAGCAACUAGCAAUUUUAAUGCUAGGCCCAAACUGGUCCUCUGGUAUCUCAAAAGUUUUCUUCUUCUGCAAAUGGGGCUUCCAUUUUUCUGUUUCAUUUCAUGGGCACUUCAUGAAUUUGUUUAGGGUGUAGCUUUUGAGCUGGCUGAUGUGUGUGUUCAUCUUUCUCUAGCGCUCUGCAGCUUCCCUGAUUGCCCAACAAUCUCUAAUGGAGGAUUUGCCUCAUGAUGUCUUCUCUUGGGCUUCAGUUGAGGAAGGGCUCAGUGGUAGAACAUCUGCUUUGCAUGCAGAAGGUCCCAGGCAUCUGCAAGCAGAGCCCCCUGUCUGAAACCUGAAGAAGCACUGCCAGUCAGAGUAGACAAUACUGAUAUAGAUGAACUGACAAUACUGAUAUAGAUAAAUGGUCUGAGUGUGGGCACCCAAGAAGGACGUACAGUGCAGACCCACAGUGAGAUUUGUAGAAUGUAAGAAAGGACACUCCUUUGGACCACCUCAGAAGUACAGGUGGUAUGAGAAAAGCCCUGUACUCCACCCACUGAAUUUCUUUCUCUCUCAUACAUACACACACACACACACUCACUCUGAGCAUUUUCAAUUGCAGUUUCUUUUCUCAUUCAUAGAGAGAGAAGCGGAAAUAACAUUUCUGAUGUUCUUAUUAGUGUUGAAAAUUUGACACCAACCGCAGUGGUGCUAGUAGCAACCGUGUACUACAAUUAGCCAUUCCCACAAUGGUUCCAGACUGUUUCUCGCUAUCAUUUUUAAAUAUUUGCUCCCCGCACCAAGAGAAAGUGGUGCCAGGAUACCUGGCAGUUGGCGCCCUUGGAAACAAUUGCCUGCCUCAAAUCUGCAGCUCACAAAGAAUGGGUGCUGGUGGUUGUCCUGUAAGUAGUUGGCUCACACAUGCUAUGAAUCAGGGGUCAGCAAACUUUUUCAGCAGGGGGCUGGUCCACUGUCACUCAGAUCUUGUGGGGGGCCAGAUUAUUAUUAUUUUUUUGGGGGGUGAACGAAUUCCUAUGCCCCACAAAUAACCCAGAGAUGCAUUUUAAAUAAAAGGACACAUUCUACUCAUGUAAAAACACACUGAUUCCCUGACCGUCCGCAGGCCGGAUUUAGAAGGCGAUUGGGCCGGAUCCGGCCCCCGGGCCUUAGUUUGCCUACCCAUGCUAUGGAUUAUGAACUAUAUGAAGUUGUGGGAAAUUAGCAUCCCUCACUGAAUGGCUUCCUGAAGAGCCCUAUGCAUGUGGGAAUGUGACAUCUUAAAACAGAGAGGGAGGUGAAUAUAGCCAAGGUGGAUAGAAGGUAGAUUGGGAUUUACUGGCAGAGCUCUGGGUGAUCUGUAGUAGACUGGCAAGGAUUUUAGGUCCCUGAUGGCUUUAACAGCAGCAGCAGUAGCAUUUCGCCUGCCCUAAAUUAUACUACUAAAAUGAAAAAAGCUUGGAAUAAUCAGGAUUGGGUGUAUGUGUGGAAGGACUAUGAGCUCAGUUUAUGCAUCACAAAUUACUGGGUUCUGAAUUCCUUAAUUCAAGGCCUUUUCCUUGCAAGUUGGAUGAAUUUUGAUGUUGUAGUAGCGUAACACCUGGAGGCAGCCCUGUAUAGGGAAGUUUUUAAUGUUUAAUGUUUCAUUAUGUUUUUGUAUCUGCUGGGAGCCGUUCAGAGUGGCUGGAGCAACCCAGUCAGAUGAGCAGGGGUACAAAUGUUGUUGUUGUUGUUUAUUAUAUCACAUAUGCUUGUGUGCUUUUCAUGGCUAGCCCACAACUUUUCAGAAUGAAGAGUCUGAUAGUCAGUGCUAUUUUUCUAGAAAAAGAGGUGCUGGAACUCACCUUGUUCUCUUAUAAUGGCAAUGGCACCCACCCGAGAGGUGCGGGAACUGAGUUCCGGCUGAAAAAAAAUCCUGCUGUUGACACUACACCGCAUUUUAGCAGAUUUUGUAAACUAAGUUCUGGAUUUAAUGCAUGAGCAAUGACUUAACAAAGCAUAAAGCCUGUGGCGAUCUUGAAUCUAUUUCUAGUUGCGCUUGGAACUAUUUAAUGCUGAAACCAAUACAGUAGCGCCCCAAUUAUAGUAUUCUCCACAUUACCAGGUUUACUCUCUUAUUUUUUGUUUUCUAUAUAAGCUCAGCAGCGCAGUGUAACUGGCCAAAGAGCUCUGUUUUAUUGAUUUUGGCCAAGGCUCUCCACUCAAGUUCUCAGACACAUUUCUACCUCAAGGUAGAAAAACCUUGCAUAGCCAAGGUCUUUUUUACCUUGUUCUCCAUUACCGGUUUCACUUGUACACUUUCUAAAAAAAGUUGGCUGCUGGGUCAUUUUCUCCAACCUGUUCUCCAUCUCCUUCACUGGGCUGUGCUAGGUGCUUCUCUUCCUCAUCAUGGCCCUCAGGCUCCCUCAGGUAGGGCUGGCAAUUGUGCCACACCAAGGCCAGUGAAGUUGUUUUGGUGCCUGAGGCUGAAAAUCCCACAAGCACCUUCCCCGCUUCUUUGGCAAGAAAAGAUGACGAUAAUAAAUUGAAUAACGAACAGUGCACUGCCCUUUCUGACACCCCAAACAACUGCCUGAGGGGAAUAUCUUACUCUGCUUAACGGUGAAAUUGUGUCCUAGAUAAGUGAAGAUGCACCUGAAACACUGAAGGAGAACUACACCCCUUGUCUUAGACCUGGAAAUAAGACGCCCCCAUGUAUAAGGCGCCCCCUAUUUUGGGGGACUCAGAUUUAAGAAAAUGUGAGGAGAUGGCUCAGAGUAUGAUGCCCCCUAAUUUUUGACAUUAUUUUUAGGGGGGGGGAGGAAACCUAGUCUUGUACACGAAAAAAUACGGUAAUUUCAGGCCAUACUUGUCCCAGUGCUGUAUGAAUCUGCCAUUUUUCAUCCGUUAAAAAUUACCCGUUUUUUGGAUACAGUCUUUCAUGGCCCCAGCUUCUGCUUUGUGGUGCUGUGUGGUAUCUUGGCAGGCUUCAACGUGUGUAGGUUGAGAAACUGCUCAAUAAAACCUCCUGUUACUCUCAAUACGAAUGGAUGCAAGGAAGAGGAGAUUGGGCAGGGGGGAUUUUGCAGCUGUGGUAAAUCCUUGGUUUCCGGCUACUCUCAAAGUACAGGAAAUAUGGAUGAGGUUUGUCUCUUUAAAAAAAUGCUUAGCACAUUCUGCUAACACUUUUGUGAAACAGCUUGGAAAUUAGAGACUAUUUGUAAGUACUUAAGAGUUGUUGGUGUGUGUGUAUGUAUGUGUCUUUUUGGUUAUAAAAACAACGCUUUGUUGCCUCAGUUGAAGCUUCAAGAAUACGUGUAAAAAUAGAAUGUUGUGAUGUGUGUAUUUUUAAAAUUUGAAAGCAUACUUUCUGAGAGUCAUGGAAAAUGAUUUAGAUUUUUACAGCAACUGUAACAACCCCAGUUGUCCAAAAAGAAUGACAUUCAUAUACUAUAAAUGGAUUUUUAAGGAGAAUAUGCAUGUACACACACAUACACAAUAUUUAAUGUCCAUUUUCAGGGUGCUAUAAUGGAAGAUAGCAUGAGUGACACUUGGUUAUGUAUUCAGUCUAUAGACAGAUUCUGAUUCUACUGAGGGUCAUGGUGAUUUUGCUUCAGUCAAACAUUUGAAUCCUAUAAUUCCUCCAAGGACCGUAGCAUUCAAGUAGUUAUGCCAGGGGUAGGGACCUCUGACCCACGAGCCAGUCUUGGCUUGCCAGGGGGUUCAGUUUGGCCUGCCAGGCAGUUUUUACCAAUCCACACUCACCCAUCUAUCAGCUGACAUAUCUAUGGAUGGAUGAGAGGACAGGGUUUAAUCUUGCAUCUGCUGCUCUGCCCAUUGCCCAGCAGGGAACAGGAUCAUGCAGCCUAGGGAGCAGGAUCAAAUCUCUGGGCAUCAGUUGACGAGUGGAGAUUAAAGAUCAGCAUGAGAUUGGGAAUUUAGAAGGGAGUAGGCGAAACUCUCAAAGACUUCCCAUGCAAACCUCUUCCCUUCCAAAUUCCCAAACUCGGAGAGUUGGCGGAGGCUUGCAAAAGCCUUUGGAGUCUCCCCACUUUUGUUCUAAAUCCCCAAUUUCACCCUGAUCUUAAAACGUGUGUGUAUGAGGGAGACUCCCAAAGGCUUUUGGAUGCUUCCUUCAGCUUCCCUUUUAAAUUAACUCGGCUCACAGGACUACUGGAUUAAGGUAGGGUGAGAGAUAGUGACUUUGCCCUGUGAGCUUCAUGGCUGAGCAGGUGUUUCCAGUCAUAGACCUGGAACAGACCUCAGCAGCCUUCUGAUGCAGAAAACCCACUGUUUCAGCAUCCUUGAUAGGUGGUUCUCCAGCCCUUGAUUUGAUACCUAUCAUACAUUGAAAGAAAAUGGCUUCCCUCCAAUAAUCCUGGGAAUCGUAGUUUAACUCUUGCAGAUCUCCAGCACCCUUAACAAACACAGUUCCCAGGAUUCUUUGGGGGAAGUCAUGUGCUUUAGAUGUGUGAUGCGUAUCAAAUCUCUUUCCAAGUCUGAAUCAUAGCCAGUCUACCACGUCACAAAUAUUUGUCAUAGCUCAGAGAACUUGACUAGAACUAGCCUGGUGUUUCAGUCUUACGAUUCCAGGACUUGCUUGCUGAUAAAGUACAUUUUCUCAGGUGCCCUUCAGUUAUGGUCCUUGGGUACAUGGGACCCACUUUUUCCAUGAUGUGUCCCCAUGUGAUUUGCUUUGUCCUUGUGCGAUGGUGCUGUGAAAAUCAGCUCCUGCGUGGCUGAGGUUGGCAGCUGAAGGGCACCUCCAUAAUGCACAUAGUUUAUAUUUAAACUGUAAGCUUGCUUCUUGUUAAUGCAGUUGUUACUUUUAAAAUCUGCUUGGUCUUUAUCUUGCCAGCCAGGUGUUUGGUUAUGGGAUAUGUUUAAUCACGGGAAUAGCGGUGAUUAGAUAAACUGCAGUGAAAAUCUGUCAUUUGAGGUAGGCAACGUAACAGCCAGUGUGUAUUUCCUUAAUUUGCGGUCAUCUCCUCAAUUUGUGGCUACACUUCGAAAUGCAGCUAAAACUUCUGAAUGAAAACUCUCCGUUGAAUAUAUCACCAUAGAUAUAUUCCCUAAACUGCACGUGCUUAAGGCAACAAUCUGCAGCCGCUUAGUUUAGUGCAAUCCCAGUGACUUUAAUUGAACUGCUCUGGAGUAAAUGGGUUGUCAAUUACAGCCCAGUUUUUUGGAGCUGCUUAGAUUUCUGAGGCACGACGGCAGUUUGCCCUGCCACUGUAAAGCCAACAUUCUCUGGUAAGCCAAUGAUCCAAAGCCAUAUGUCUCUGGCAGUGUUCGAAAUUAGCUAGGUGCCAGGAUUGCACCUAGCAUCUCCACCAUUUGGAGGUGCAUGCCUGGGGAUCAUUGGAUCUGGACCGUUUUCACACACUAGCAACACAUCCUGUAGAAUUCUAUCCACGAUAUUUUAUCUGCACCAUCAAAAUGAAUUUCAGGAACCAAAAUGCUUUUUCUGUGCAGCCUGAGCAGGAUCAGUGAACAACAUUACAGCUAAUUGUUGUAGCUGGUCUUCACCCCACCCCACUGCCCUGCUCACAAGUUGUGAAGACUAUUCUUACAGUAUGAAUGGUCCGUGUCACCAUUAAGAAAAAGAGCUAGGAAUAGGCCAAUAUAUAUGUGGACUGUCCCUGGAUUGAGUGACUUUUCGAAUUCUCAAAACUGUAGCAGCAUAGUGGAUUUAGAAGCUGACAUAGGAAAGGGUUGCUUGUCUUCUAAACAGUUGAAGAAGGCAAGUUGUCAGCCUGCAGGCACAUUGCAUUGUUAGUCUCUUACUGUGGCUGAAGCCUGAUCUGCCUUGAAUUAGGAAGUCUUGGCAAGGUUUUACAGUGGUGCCUCACAAGACGAAAUUAAUUCGUUCUGCGAGUUUUUUCAUCUUGCGAAUUUUUUGUCUUGCGAAGCACGGUUUCCCAUAGGGUAUUAACGGUUUUAAGAAAAAGGAAACAAACUUGCAAGACGUUUUCGUUUUUCGUCUUGCGAAGCAAGCCCAUAGGGAAAUUCGUCUUGCGAAGCAACUCAAAAAAUGAAAAACUCUUUCGUCUUGCGAGGCAUUCGUCUUGCGAGUGUAUUGCCUGUGUGUGAGAGAGGUCAGCUAGAGAUCUUUGCAUGCCUUUGGUAUACUUUUGAGAGAUCAAGGGUUGAGCUUUUUGCACAAUAACUUUAGCAACUGUCUUCAGGUGGGAACAGUAUCUAAAGGUUUUGUAUUUUCUUGUGAGCUCCAGCAGCUGCCCCUUUAACUGAAGAAAGGGCAUAAUUUGGAGAAAUGCAUGUGGCUGUUUAUAGAAGUUCUUGAGAUAUAAUUGUGGCGUAAGCAAUUGUGUUGCCUAACCACAGUUUGGCUGCUGGAUGGCUGUAUGCCCCCUCCGAGAUCAGACAUGCCGUGCCUAUUAAUACAGGUAUGCUGGGAAGCAGAAGUAGGAGAGAGUUAUUAUUGUCCUCACAUCCUGCUUGUAGGUUUCUCAGAAGCAUCUGAUUGACCACUGUAAGAUAUAGGGUGCUGGACUUCAUAGGCCUUGUGUCUGCUCCAGCAAGGCCACUUUUAUGUUUUUAAGCUUGAAAGAUGAAUUCCAGUUUCUGAGGGAUUACUGUACUGUAGGAAUGCAUAAAUGCAAGAAAGAAGCUAGCUUGCGGCAUCUCUGCAUUUCAGGAGGCAGCUAUGAUUCAGUAAAACAGGUUUAUUGUUUUCACUCCAGAGGAUUUUCUUGCAACAAGUAUUGUCCUGUCCUAGUCAAAUUAUUUUGACCAUAAGAGCCUGCUCAUGCUUGCUUAAAAGCUGAUAGGAACGCUAGUUGAUAAAUCUAACCAAUUACCAUUUUAAAGCUUAAUAAUAAUAAUAAUUCUAUUAUUUAUAUGCCACCCAUCUGACUGGGUUGCCUCAGCCAUUCUGGGCAGCUCCCAACAGUAUUAAAAACACAAUAAAAACUUUAAAAACUUCCCUAUACAGGGCUGCCUUCAGAUGUCUUCUAAAAGUCAGAUAGUUGUUUAUUUCCUUGACAUCUGAUGGGAGGGCGUUCCAUAAGGAGGGUGCUACUGCCAAGAAGGCGCUCUGCCUGGUUUUCUGUAACUUCACUUUUUGCAGUGAGGGAACCAGCAAUAGGCCCUUGGAGCUGGACUUCAGAAUACCUAUGUCUGCAGAUGUAUGUGUUGCUGUUGCAUCUCUGGCAUGAGAAGGAGAGAGGAAAAGGGAAGAAUUCUCCUAGGCCACUGUAUGAAAAAACCCAUUAAAAUAUUUGAGGUAAUAAAAAUAAACUAUGUGAAAGUGAGCAUCCUACUUGGAAGGAAUCCCGCCGUGUUAAUUAGUGCUUGCUCUCAGGUAAGUUUGCCUUGCAGCCAUCUUCUUUUACAAAGGGUAUCAGACAAAUUCUAGCAAACUAUUUAAUUCUGCCCUAGUCCAUCCCCCCAUUAGUUUUUCCACAGAGCCAGAAUAGCCAGCUGAAGAAGAAUAAUGCUGACAUCUUAAAGGGGAGGCAACAUUGAUGGACUGCUCAUUCCCACUUACAAUUAGUCUGGCAGUUCAGUUUUAUUUAUUGAGGUGGUGAGUUCCCCCAUUUGUCUGAUGAAAGACCAUCUCUCUGCUGUAUAAAGAGACAUCUCGUGGCAGGGAUGGAGGGAGAGGGAGAGAGAAUAUAAAAGUGAUUGGUUGGUAGUAUCUGCCUGUAUUUUAUAGGCUGUAAAAUUUGUGGGAGUGUCAUUGUGUGUGCACUCUGAUUAAUUUUAAGAUGCGUUAAUGUGUUUCACAGCUUUAGUUUGUGCUGAACAUCAUGGCUGACUUCGCUCAAUAUUGUGACAGUCCUGCCAGGCACCUUGUUUUAAACAUUUCAGUUUAGAGCUUGUUUAAAAACAAAAACUUAGCUUUCAAGCAGACAUCUUCUCCAGAAUCACAUUAAAUAGGGUGGUGAUGGCAAAACUAUCAGUGUCGGUGAUACCUUCAUUCUCUCAUGUGCAUCAUGCUUCUGGAGAGAGAGAAUCAAUUAGGAAGAUAAAAUCCCAGCUACUGUAUACAUUUAGUUUGGAUUUUGCACAUCUAAAAGUGCUUAUUUUUAUUAGCUGAGAUUUAAGUAAGCUGCUUCUCAGUAUAUCAUGAUGUGCAGUGCUAUUUUUCUAGAAAAAAAAAAGAGGUGCUGGAACUCACCAGGAAAACCUUCCCCAUUCUCUUAGAAUGGCAUUGGUGCCCCCCUAAGAGGUGCCAGAAUUGAAUUCCAGGGAGUUCCAGCUGAAAAAAGGCCUGAUGAUAUGGUUUUAGCAGGGAAGCAAGGGCACCUAUUGGGACGCAGGUGGCGCUGUGGGUUAAACCACAGAGCCUAGGACUUGCCGAUCAGAAGGUCGGCGGUUUGAAUCCCCGCGACGGGGUGAGCUCCCGUUGCUCGGUGCCUGCUCCUGCCAACCUAGCAGUUCAAAAGCACGUCAAAGUGCAAGUAGAUAAAUAGGUACCGCUCCGGUGGGAAGGUAAACGGCGUUUCCGUGCGCUGCUCUGGUUCGCCAGAAGCGGCUUAGUCAUGCUGGUCACAUGACCCGGAAGCUGUACGCCGGCUCCCUCGGCCAAUAAAGCGAGAUGAGCGCCGCAACCCGAGUCGGCCACAACUGGACCUAAUGGUCAGGGGUCCCUUUACCUUAAAGGGCACCUAUGUGCAGUUUAGACAUAAUUUUAUCCAUCUAGUUUUUUCUUGAGUGUAUGUAUGUACACAAGUACAUCUAUAUACAUAGUGUUUUCUUACUCCUUGCUAUUAUUAUUAUUUAUUAAGUUUGAACUGGGCCUAGAAACUAAUCGGCAGACAGUGCAGUCGGGCCAGGAUCAGACUGCCGCCGAAUUCUGCACUAGCUGGAGUUUCCGAACCAUCUUCAGAGGCAGCCCUGCAUAUAAUGCGUUGCGGCAAUUUCACCAGAAGCGAGGUAAUGUUGACAUUGCUGCAUGGUCAAUGGCUGUAUCUAUCCACCCACCUGCUCUCCCUCCUCCCUGUUGGAAAUGUUCUGGUACUUAAUUGGAAACUCGAAACCUUCUUGAAAGUAUGGAUGUCUAGUACGAUGUUUUAUUUAUUUAUUUAAAGAGAAGGUAAAUUGCAUCUCCCUCUUGUGACUUGAUGUAAUCUUGCUUCUGGUAAUAUAGUUGUGUUGCAUUACCCAAUGUUGAUUGCUAUGCAAACAUGCCUUAUUUACUGAAACCAGGAUUACCUGGGUGGCGUGGUUUGGAAGGACGGUUGCAUCCUGCGAAACUGGGCUUAAUCUUGGAGGCUCACCCUUGUAUAUAAUGUUCUUGAGGUUUUGGGUCAGUCCUCCAUCCGCUUGGCUGUUGAAUGGACACAAUAUUAAUUUUAAGAUAAGCAUCUUUCUUCUCCCUUUUGUCGUUCAACCUGUUGCUGCUCUUGGAAGCAGUGUGCUAGAUUUUAGCAGAGUCCUGCACAUGCACGAGCAAGGGGCUUAGCCUAGCCCCAGUUACCUGGGAGAAAACCUCACUGAAUUCUGAGUAGACACUCGGGUUUGCACUGUAAGCAAGUGUUGGAUGCAUUUUGGCAACAGGGGCUGUUUUGCAGUCUUCUCGCCAUCAGGUAACGAACUUGUUUGGGCACAUUUAUUAACCUUUCCUCCUACUGUUAGUAUGUGCACGCAUGUGUUUUCAUGUGUCAGAGACGCUGGCCAAUGUAGGGUGCUGGAUAAAAAUGUUCCAAUUGUUUGUGAAGGAUCCAUACCCAAAUUCCUACAGACUCAUGAAUCUGGCUGGGGGUUGUCUCUGUCUACUUACCGACUUACCGGACAGAUAGCAAAGGGGAACAAGGGAAUUUGCAAAGCACUUCACAGACAGAAAACAGCCAUAGGCAGUUUCUGUCACACAGUAGUGUGUGUGCUCUCUCUCUCUCUCUCUCUCACACACACACACACACACACACACACACACACACAAAAUCACACACACGAAAAUACCCAUUCUCCCAACUGGCAACUGAUAUGAUGGGAAAUGCCUUUUUGUGAUGCCAGGAUGUGGUAGUGCUGUGCUACUCAGUUCAGUAACUCAUUUCAGCUACAAAAUGGGUUGCAUGCAGACUGGGCUAUAUAAAAAUACGAAAGCUGUGCAUUUCUGUUCCUUUUCCAGGGUCUUCUGCCUCAGCCUCCUACUUAAGAAGCAGAGGAAGUACACUAAGGACUCAUUUAAAAGGCCCGCUUUUGAGAACAGUUUCAGCCCAUAACAUUUUCAAACCCAUCGCCAAGCCUAGAAUCAUAAGAGUUGGAAGGGACCUUGAAAGUCAUUUAGCCCAAUCCUCUUUUCAGUUAUGGAUCUGCAGUUUUUAGGGAACUUCUAGGGAAAUUUUUAAUGUUUAAUCUGUAUUGUGUUUAUAAUAUUUGAUUGGGAGCCGCCCAGAAUGGCUGGGGAAACCCAGCCAGGUGGGCGGGGUAUAAAUAAAUUAUUAUUAUUAUUAUUAUUAUUAUUAUUUAUUGAGUGUGUGUUGCAGCUACUGUGUCCUUGACAUAUAGUUGUCCAGCCUCUCUUGUAUGACUCUCUCCAGGUAGAGAGAGCCCAUUACCUCUUGAGGCAGUCUGCAGUCUCUCCUAAUGGGAUCUGCUUCCCUUCAAUUUCCACCCAUUAGCUCUGCUCCUGCCCUCUGAAGCAGCAGAGAAGAAGCCUGCUUCAUCUUCUGCAUCACAGCCCUUCAGGUAUUUGAAGGCCGCAAUUAUGUCUCCCAUUAAAUUUCUCCUCUCCAGGCUAUAUUUCAUCGUACUAAGUAAGCAAGCUCAGGCCUUUUGAAGAUGUAACAUGCACAGAGACCAACGCUUGUCGCGCGCAGCUGAAAGUUGGGUUUUGGAAUUAGGAGAAAUCGUCAUUGUUCACACUAGUGGAUUUCUGCUUGCGGCAGAUUUCUCAUCUAGAUCGCUUGGAAACAUCCCACAUUGUGUGCUGCUUUUGUAGAAUCUUGGAAUUGAAGGGACUUUGAGGGUCAUCUGUAGUGUAAUCCCCUGCAAUGCAGGAAUGUGCAGCUAUUCCACAGGGGGAUCGAAACUGCAACCUUGGCAUUAUCAGCACCACACUCUAACCAACUGAACUCUCCAGGUCCUCAUUUCUAUUAUAAAAUAAUGAUGCCAGCAUAAAAUCCCUUCAUCAGGUAAUAUUGCCAUGAACAAAAGGUUCAGGAUUAGGGGCAUAUAUUUUUCUUCAGAUAUGUUCAUAACUGGCUUCCCUCCUUCCUAGAGGGAAAGGAGCAGGUGCUAAACAGGUGAUUUACAUAGAAACAAAAAGAUGGCACAGAUUUACAUGAAACUUUGGCUAUGUUUUGAUGAGAAUUAGAGAUGAUUACUAUAACUUAAAUAGCAAUGCCAUACACUUUACCAUAGUGAGGAAGGUUGCAGAAAGUUGAUCUGCCUGUAUAGCUCAGUCAGCAGAGCAUGAGAUUCUUAAUCUCAGGGUUGUGGGUUUGAGCCCCACGUUAGGCAAAAGAUUCUUGCAUUGUAGGGGGUUGGACUAGAUGACCCUCGUGGUCCCUUCCAACUCUACAAUUCUAUGCUAUCCAGGUGCUAACUUCUGGUGAGAAUCUCAAGGCUUAGCUGCUUCGGGUUUUUAAAAACAUUUUAAUCUGGCUUGAACCAGGCAGCGCUUCUUCAGAGAGAGGUGUGCCCUCUGUAAAACAGGACACCUUGUCACCCUGGACUAAAAGUUAAUUAAGGAUCUGUUGAAAUGAAGUACAAUGUUAGUAUGAAUUUAGCUUAGGGGAAAGGAGGAUUUCAGCAGCUGAUCAAUACAGAUGGCUACUGAAGAAAUUGCUAAUCUUAAAAUGUGCUUUGGGUUAUGGAUGAGGAAUACUUUACAAGAGGAAUAACAUUUGGCAUUAUGAGAUUAUCAGAUUAUCAGUCCAACGUAGGACAUAGAGUGACAAUAUCGAACGAGACUCCAAAGCCUUGCCAUGUAGGUUAAUGUCUUGUUUGUGCAAUUUUUUAAUGGGUUUCAGGUAACCUAUUAAGUAAUUCAUUGGUCAAACUGCUUUUAAUAACUACCUUAUACAGCAUGUAGAAAUGGAGAGCAAAGUCCACCUAAGUCUCAGCCUGGUUUGUGAAAUCCUUUCCCAAUUCCAGGAAGCUUAUUUGUAUGUCAUAAUAUUUCUCCUUGGUUUAAAUUAGCUUAUCUUCUGCCUUGCCCCAAAACAAAAUGCACACUCCUUGAUUGCAUCAGUUCCUUUCUUUUUAAAAAAAUAAAUAAAUGUGUGCGUAUGGGGAGGGAAACCCAGACACAAUUCUUAAGUGUUUUCCUAAUUGACUCCUAGAAAUAUAGUAGUGAGCGGCAGGUAUAAUUUAUAAGUGCAUGGCUAAUGCUGAUACUUGACUGCUCUUUGAAAGCACCAAGAUGCAAGAACAAAGCUUUUCUUUACACACAAAUGGACCGCAGUCAUAGUUCCUCCUUUUAAAAUUCCCUUGUGUUGAAAAAGAAACAAGUUCAUUAUAGCAAUUUAACUAUAGGUUUAUAGUACAGUAUGUUAUAGAGUUAAAAUGCAAGUAUGGGGAAGGAGGUUGUUCCUUCGUUUCUCCAACUCUGAGAGCACUUCCCUCUUUUUCCCUGGCAUCUUAACUUGGCUAGGUCCUUUAACCACUGGAGCUGUCCCAUGGUUGAUGUGGUGCAGUGGUUAGAGCAUGAGCCUUGGACCGGGCUUGCUCUUUGGGCUGUUUGCAGGGGGAAUUACCUUCCCCCCCACCCAAAAGAAGUACUUCUACAAACCUUGAGGUUCCACCAAGCAUGCUGGUACUUCCCUCUUCUUCCUCAGUGUUCCCUUGUUUUCUGUACAAGCAAUUCUCAACUUACGCUAGGGUUAUGCUCCGGGGAUAGAGCAUAAAUCACGUACAGUCAAAGCACGUUGGGUUCAGUGGUGGGUGGGAUUGCCAAAGUAUUUCACCCCCGGACACCCGCCUUCUUUCUGCCUCCUUUUUAAUUUUCUUUUUGCCAAGUGCAUAAAGCUGAACACGCAAAAGUUAAAUGUGCACAAGUUGUGAGUUACCUGUCCAAGCCUGGCAGCGGUGCUUGCCAGCUGCAUUUGCUAUUAGAAUAAUGGAAGAUGAAUAUAUCCAGAUUAAGAAAAUUUGCGUUUUAACCUGAAAAUAUUUCUCUUCCAUUAAGAUAAAUGAGAUUUGUAAGACAGUAGGGUUCUUCAUGGUUUUAUUGCAUCAUCAUCUUGAGGAAAUGUGUGUGCUGGGUCCCCGUUUGAGGAUGUGCUAUUUUCCUUGUGAUUGGUGAUACAGUGGUACCUCGGGUUACAGACGUUUCAGGUUACAGACACUUCAGGUUACAGACUCUGCUAACCCAGAAAUAGUACCUCGGGUUAAGAACUUUGCUUCAGGAUGAGAACAGAAACCGUGCGGCGGCGGCACAGCGGCAGUGGGAGGCCCCAUUAGCUAAAGUGGUGUCUCAGGUUAAGAACAGUUUCAGGUUAAGAACGGACCUCCAGAACGAGUUAAGUUCUUAACCCCAGGUACCACUGUGCAUGGACUCUCCACUAGCCAUUCUAAGGGAGCAUAAGAAGAGGAAGAGGAAGCCACCUUUUCUUCCUUCUCCUCUCCUAACUGGAAUAUCAAAACAACCUAAGACUGGCUCCCAUAUUCGACUAACUUAUAGUUUCUGUGAAACUAGCACUGGAGAACUUGUUUGGCAACUUUUGUAGGUGUGGCAAGUAAAGGGGAUUAAUGUUGUCACCUUCCCUUCCAGAAAAGAGACCAGCUUUGUCUCUUUAAAUGUGUGUGUGUGUGUGUGUGUGUGUGUGUGUGUGUGUGUAUGGUCAGAAGAAACAUCAGUGGAUAUUUGGUGAACGCAGUAUGCAGCAUCACCUUAAUCCACAAUUAAAGAGAAGUAAUCCUCAACUGAGUUUCUAGUGAGACUAGUGAAGAUGUGAGGUAGCUUCUUUACUGGAGGUGAAAACAGGUCUAUAGAUGUGAAGUAACAUGUUAGCUUCAUUGUUUUCUGGAACCCUAUACUGUAAGCUGCCUUGGGUACGGUAAGAUAGGAAGGAGGUCUGCAUAUUAAAAAUGAAAUAGUUGGAUGUAAGUGACAAUGAAUACACACCUUUUUUUUUUACUCUGAAUAUACACUUGAGAUUACUUAGGACUUGGAUUCAGUGAGUUUCUGUGCCUAAUAAGUUCAUACAUUCAUACGAACCAUGUGAAUGUAUUCAUAGCAUCUGUACAUUAUUGAUGACACAAAAAAACUUACUAAAAUCCACAGGUUUGCAAAGAUGUUUUGGGAAAAUAGUGUCUAGAGAUGGAAUUAUGGGCCCUUUGGUGUUUCCUCAUAAUAUGGAAUGGUUUACUUUGAUAUCCUUCACUGCUUUCCUAGGGCAGAUAAUAUGUACAGUAUGUCUCUGUGAUAUUCAUACUGGACAUGAAGAGCUGUGACCUUCUGGUUUGUAUUUCUAUAAGCCAUAGACUUCACUUCGGUGAGUCAACAAAGACAAGUCUGGUUCUGUCUCUGUGAACACAGGGAAGGAAGUCUGACACAUCUCCCUUCACUAGGCUUUUCUGUGGCUUGUUUUUGUGUUGUGAGCCUACUUUGCCCAUGUUUUCUUCCAUUUUUAAUACCAAUUAGAUUUGUUUACUAGGUAGAGAUGGAGUUGUAUCCUUUCACCUGUGCAACAUCAUUUAUAGCCGUUGAAUGGCUGUUUACAAAAUCCUGCAUCUUUCAUACAACGGUAUAUGAAGCCCAACUCUGAUUUCUGAGUUUUUUCAUAUGGACCUUUGCUUCUUUGCCUUUUUUUAAAAAAUAAAAUAAAGGUGUGUGAUAAUACAAAAGCCAUGUUACUCGGGUGAAAGGAGAUCUUUCCCAUUGCCCUUCCCAAAUAACAAUCCAUUUUGUGUUGUUGGUAUUGAACCUAUCACCUCUGUUCAGGAACACAAUCAUUACUGGAAACAGACUGAGGUGAGGCACAAGCUGAGAAGGUUAAUUAAAAAAAACAUUUUUCACCCUGGGUGACUCACAGGUACUCCACAGUUUUUCCCGAGUUUCAAAAGUCUGAAGAUAAGGAGCUGGUUUUUAUGCCAAAGACCCAUCUAUUUUCUGUUAGGAAAGUAUGUAUGAUGCCUGUGUGCUGUGUGGAAUCUGGCAAAGCCUAUUCUAACAUUCUGUCCUGAGACUCCUGACUAUAAACGAAGGCUAGAACUGUACUUGGCGGUGGAGGAGAACACAAGUAUUUUACAUGCCUGUGGCUGGUUGUGCCAGUGCUCUUGCAGCGUAGUUUAAAAUCCCAUUUCAGUUAAGAGUUUGUGGUUUGCUGUGCUUUGGCUAUAUUGCUUCCAGAAGUUGGAAACGAAAGACAAAAUAAAAAGUACCCAACUGAAAUUUUCUUUUUGGGGAUAUUCCUGGACCUCUCUUCAGUAAGACCGCAGAGCAGUUAACGAGCAAUAACCAUUUUCCUCUUCCUUUCAUUUUAGAAUGUAGAAGGGACCAGAAUAAAGUGGUUCUUAGGAUGGCAUUGUCUUGCAACUCCUCCUCACCUAAAUAUUUCCAGUAUAAACCUGAAAACAGUGUCCCACUUCUCAGAUAGAGAUCCUCCUAUUUGGAUGAAGAUCCAAAUUUACUGUUAGAAACUGAACUUUGAAUUAUUGCAGUCACAGAUUUGGAAAGCUACCUAUUGAAUGCACAGGCUUCCUGUAAGAAGAUAACUGCAGAGCUGAAAAUGUGCACAGUAUCUUUUAAUUUAUUGAGUUUUAGGCUACCUACAUACAUUUAAAGCAUGCUGACACCCAAGGAUCUUGGGAACUGUAGUGUACACCUAGCAGAGGCAUAAUUCCCAGCAUUCUUAACACACUACAGUUUCUAAGAUUAUUAUUAUUUUUUAAGGGAGAACAUGCUUUGUAUGUUAUUGUGCAUACAUAACUUUAUGUAAUAACAAACCUGUUGCCCACCCAUCAAGUGAAAAUUGUUAACAGCAGAAUACAGGACUACAGAUCUUUAACAUGUUAUCCUGCUGGUACAUAGAAAAAAUGAGUGUUGCAAGCAAUGACUCUUAUUCAAAGAGGAUAAAAAAAAAUCUCAAGAGGGUAUAAUUACAGCUAAUACAGAUUUCAGGGGAGGAGUGUGCUUUCUUAAAUCGCAUUAAUUCCCCCCCCCCCGCACUACCCACAAUUUCUUGCUUCAUGCCUUAGCCCUGUCUCUUGUACAAUGCUUCCUCUGAAUUACAUUCCCCCCCCCUUUUCCCAUCUUCCUGCUUUGACUGCAAGAUUAAAAACAAAAGGAACACUCCUGUUUACUCACCCCUGAAUGUUGGCAACAGUGCUAUGAAAACUGUCAACUGGCUGAAAGAAAGCAUUUGGUGGAGCUGGGCAAGGCAUAGGGAUUUGCCAAAAAAAUUCCAAAGCGCACAAAGAUGGAUAGGGAUUUUGCAGCACUAAAUCUGCGGCAGGGUGUGUCCUUGCCAAUAGUGUGUAUCAGAUUUGGGGGAUAAAAACAUGUCCUGUCCUGAACAGCGUUUAUAGACUUGCAAAACAAUACUUUUAAUUCAUUGCCCUCCUCCUUGCCAUUAUUCUGCCCUUUCCUAGCCUGUCAACUGCCAGGGACCAGUGGAGGGAUGAAAGAGAAGAGAUUUGCAUACUUGUUACCCGGCUUUCAGUGCUCAGUGUUGGAUGGGCCACAGUCAGUAGCAGAUGAGAAGGGCACUUUUGGGAUGGGGUUGAUUGAAGAGGAGACUACUAGCAACUUUUUAAGUUCCUAUCACACAGGAAGGUGAGGUUUAGUUUAUUUACUUGUUCGUGGCAUUAUGGAUUUCCAAACUGGCAAACAAAGGCAUCCUAUGAUGACAGGUGUAAUAAUGUGGCUGAAAAUUCUGAAUGCUUAUUUUGGCCUCCUUGUGAGGCCGCAGCUUGGGUGAUGAAUGGAAGCCUGUUUUUGCCCCUGAGUUGAUGUUUUGAGGCUGCAAUCCUAAUCAAGUUUAUGAGGGAGUAAAUGUCAUACUUGGUGGUAUUUUAUUCCAAGCAGAACAUGCAUCCUGUGACCCAGGAUAUACAGCCUGUGCUAAAAGAUCGCUUAUAUAGUUCUUAGCACACAAAGUCUCUGAGUUCAGCGGCCGCGGCAGAUUUCAGUUGGCUUCCUGCGAGCUUCAGAAUGCUGCAUUUGCAUGCAAUGGCAAUGUUAGGGGCUGGCUGGAGUGAGUGAUGGCUGGAUACUUAUACCGGGAGAAAGGGGACUGGAGUCUAACUUGGAAGGAAGGGAUCAGUGACCUGUAGCCUGAAGAAGAGGUGAUAGGUCAGGCUGGUGUAGAGUCAAAGGCUUCCACACAUCUACCUUCUGCUCCCAACUCUCCUGCUCCACUGUCUCCUAGGACCAGUUGAGGAUUGAAGAGGGAGCAGCAGAAAUAGGUUACACACAGGCAUGGUUUUCACCUGCUUGUGUGCAGCUCAGGUCUCUGUUGCUGCCACUGCCUCAUUGGAUAGGAGUAGCUGAAAGGUGUUGGGUCGGUGGACAUGGCUUUUUCUAAGUUGUAAGUGUACUUUUAACAGUCAACAGUUACUUCCUCACUCUGGACAUUCCUUGCCUGGCAGCGCCAUGGCAGGCAAGCUUAAUGAAUCAUAAUGUGCACAAGCUUCAUGCUACUGAUCUGAUUCUCUCCUGGAUAUACCAGGUGCAUGGAACUUGUAGCAGUGCAGAUGCUCUUGAACUCCAGUUCCCAUCAAUCCCAGCCAGCAUGGUCAGCAAGCCGAGUUGUAGCCCAGCAGCAGGAAGUCCUCAGGUUCCCUACCCCUGGGAUAAACCAAUCAGGAAAGGGCUAGCUUAGCAACCCCCCGGGAUCAAAGUUCAUUUCACCCUAGCAAAGCGCAGAUCAAUAAACCAAUAACAAAUCAUGAUUUAAGGCUGCCUAGUGAUUCUGGUUUGUUAGGACAAAAGAAACCAUGAUUCCAGGUUUGGGUGUAAUUCUAAGCUACUCCCCUUCCUGGUAUGUUUCCCUGUUGCUGGGGAAGAGCAGAGCAGGAGUGAUCUGACUGAAACCUUGGCUCCCCAUUAUGGGUGGUGGCAGCCUGCUCAGCCAAUUAUCAGUAUGUCUGCGCUGGGAUGUCCCAAUGCACAAUCAAAAUGUCUGUAAAAUCUGCACAUGGUCCUGGUAAUGUUUUCGGUAAGGAGUCUGGUUUCCUAGCUUUGUUGUUGAAACACUGGCACUACUUUAAUGAUGUUGCUCAUUAUUUCUAGAUAGACACGACAGAGAAAGUAGUCCCCAUUAGCUUGCUGCUCAGAUUAGCAUGGAAGGAUGUCUCCUUAUAAGUGAUUAAGACUAUUUAGCCUGCAGUCCUGUAUCACUUAUGUGGGACUAAACCCCAUUGAACUCAUGGGACUGAAGUUUUAGCAGGUUUGUAUAGGACUGCACUGUUAAUGUGGCCUGCUAAGAAUUUGGCUAGAGUAUUUUCCAGCAAGUAAUCUAUUUGGCAGGAGGCAACCUGGGCAAGGUUGGCUAAAUAUUUUUGCCUUUUAAAAAAGUUCGCUCACGUUCACCUCUGUGUCCUCCUUUCUCUCCCUGCUGUUGCCCAAAAGAAAUGAGCUUGCAAGGAAAGGAGAUAAAAAAUUAUGAAAGCUGAUCUUGCCUCCUCGCUUCGUUCUGAUAGACGAGGUGGAAGAGAGAGUCACACAGCAGCAAAGGAAGGUAGACCGGGCGAGAAGGUACUUUCUCAGUGUUUCUCUUCAAUUGUGUGCAAGGAAGAGGAAGUGACAUUUCAGUAGAUGAUACUAUUGUGAAUAAAUGGCCGUGAAGAUUAUGUCUUAUGUCUGAAAAUUAAUUGGAAAGUGUAUGGGGCAGAGGAGGCAAUUCUUCCUCUCUGAGAAGGAAAUGACUUGCAAGUGGCCAUUUUACAAGGGGUGGGGGAACCUCCUCCCCACUUCUUCCUCAGAGUGCAUCCCUGAGACAAUCGAAUUGCUGACGUGUGCAUUGUACCAGUAUGGAGGCAGUGGUGUUCUGAGUCAAUGUGUAGAUUCGGAACAUCUUACCAUAGACUUCCAACCUUUAAAUACGCCCAAAUCGUAGGCAGCUAUGUCAGUCCAUUGGGGAAUAGUUCAAAAUCAACAGUAGGGCAAUGCCUUUAUUAGGCCCUACUACGAGUCUCAGAGUAGCGAGAAGGCUUUUGAGCUGUGGAAGCCACAUCUUCAAUAUGGAUAUUAAGCAAUCAAUAAUGUGAGGAGGACAAAAAAACCUGGUAAAGAUGGGGGGGGGGACACACCAAAGUCUUCUGUUUGUCUCAAGACAGAAUGCUGGGAAUAUUAUCCAGGUUUAAUGGGAUUAGAACAGACAUAGACAAACUCUGGCCCUCCAGAUGUUUGGGACUACAAUUCCCAGCAUCCCUGACCACUGGUCCUGUUAGCUAGGGAUGAUGGGAAUUGUAGUCCCAAACAUCUGGAGGGCCGGAGUUUGCCUAUGUCUGGAUUAGAACAUGCUAUUUGACAUUUUGAUAAAUAAACAUAUCUGGGUGAAAAUGUCCAUGUUGCAAACAGAGUUUAAAACACUAUUUAAGUGGAGCUGUUUUUACUAUGGAAAUAUUCUUGCUGGAACACAAUGUGAUUGAGCAACCCUAACCAUAAUACAGGGUGCAUGAACUUUCUUUAGUCUCUGUAAGUCAUGUUCAGGAUUGAUGUCUUAAUAGCUGCACUGUUUUCAUCGCAACUGUUGAUAGCAGGCAAGCAGGUAUGGUUCAGUUUUUUUAAAAAAAAGAUUUCCUGGGUAACAAACAUAUAAAUAUUCUAAUAAACUGGAGUACUGUUUGUUUAGAGCAAAUGAAAUUUUAUUAUAUUAUUAUGCUGCUUCUUGACCAGAUGGUCGAAAAAUUAGGCAUGCUGCCAAAUCAGCGAGUUGCUUUGUAUAUAAGUCCUGGUGGGCAACUAGUUUCAAUUGGAGGCCUCCGAUCCAAUUUCCUACUGCGUAGCUGCAGCUAUACUUCUGAGUAGGUUGGCUACAGGAGAACUUACAAGUCCAUUUUCUUAGCCAUUCUCUGGCACAGUUCAGAUGCACUGCUAAGACAAACCAUGGCCUAGCAUGAGCAUGUGGGCUCCUGGAAAGGCGAUGGCAGCCCCUGUGCUUUUCUUCUGGGUCUGUGACGCCACGUUACAUGAAGCUAAUCCAUGGUUUGGUUUAGCAUGUUGUCUGAACCUGGGCUCAUGGUUUGUCUCCUCCAAACAAACCAUGAGCUGUGAACCAAGAUCAAACCUUGGUUACAGCUUCUAGGAACCCACACACUCGUGCAUUUGACUUUGUCUUACAUGCGAACCGAGUUUCGGUUUAUAGUUUUCCUGCUAAUUUGAGUCUUUAAGUUGAGUAAUGAGCUCAUUCUGCAAGAGGUGGAAAUGAGACCAUGCCCAGUAACUGCUAGCGUGUGGAUGGCAUGGGCAACAUGUGUAGAGAUGAGCCUGCUGUUUCUGCUAUGUGCCCCCCACCAAAUGACGUGGAACCCAAAUCAAUCUGGGUUCUACAUCUUUGGAAGGGCUUGUAUACAUAGAUCAGGCUCUGCUUUGUAGACAUGCUGCCUCGAUAAGUGAAUGGGGUGUAGGAUCAGUGAAUACCAAUCAACUCCCGGCUCCCGCAACUUGUUAUUCGCUUAAGAAUGACUGGACAGGGCUUUGCACUUCCAGCUCACAGAAAGGGUUGAGAUUAAGGCCUUUAAAGAAACUUCAUUACAAAUUCUCUCCAUAGCUGUCAACUUUCAGAUUUGAAAAUAAGGGAUCAGCAGCCUCACCUGUCCCAGGGACAGUCUACGGGAUAUCUAACAAUCCGGGAUAGUAGCGGGAAGCAGCAGGAAAUGGUGCUGGAAUAAGGGAAUUUCCCGCAAAAAAAGGAAGGUUGACAGCUAUGAUUCUCUCUGUGCUAGGUUAUGGGGUAUGGAAACUGUGGACUCCGUCUCCCAUCAGUGCUAGAAACUCAGAUAUAUAAGCUAGACACCAAAUAGCUCCUUAAACCAGGGUUACAGUCGCCAAAAUGGAAUGCCUAGUUUGCCAUUUUGGGGCCAGAAAGUCGUAUAUUUCAAUAUGGCUUUUUGGUUCCUGAAAUUCAGUCUGAUUGUGCGGAUAAAAUACCACAGAGAGAAUUCCACAGGAUGCAUUGCUGGUGUGUGAAAACAGUCAAGAUCCAAGGAUCCCCAGGCAUGCAUCUCCAGAUGGUGGAGGCCUCAGGCUUGGCAUCUUCACUUGUUCGCGAGUGGUCAAUAGCUAGGUGCAAAAUGCACCUAGCCCCCGGCGAAUUUCUAAUGCUGCUUCCCAUCUGCCACAGGCAGUGUGGCCAGUGGCGAGGGGGAUGAUGGAAAUUGUAGUCCAACCCGAUGUGAAGUUGAUAGGAGCUGCAAUAUGAACUCCAGUAGCUGAAACUAAAGCAGCAGAGCCCAAACUGCAGUGGUAGAACCUCUUCUGCCUCCCUUCUGUCAAGUUGCGUUGAUUCAGUUCAUAUGCAUGCUUCCUUCAGGCAGUAGUCAGCUGCUACAUUAUCCUCCCAAGGACACAGCGAGUGAGCUGUACUGAAAGAGAAGGUCAUAGCUAGGUAACUUUGACUGCACUGGUCUUCAGUUUUUGCCUGGGAUAUUCCAGAUAGGUUUUUCAUUACAAAUCUGUACUUCGUUGCUGAGUACUCGAGUGUUGCAGAUGGUUUCUGGCCAUGGAGUCACUGAGGUGCCAGUCAUGCUUUCUUACACUUUAAUGGUUCAGAAGAGAAUAAAAAUUAUGAAGACUCUGCAGCAGAACUGUGAACAAGUAAUUACCUCCGUUUCCAAACCCAGUGGUUAGGAGCCAAUCAAACCAGAUCAAAGAUCCCUGAAUAAUGCUUGUCUGGUGAAUAUUAAGGAGAUUAUCUCCACAGCCACCUAAAGAUAAAUAAAUUUGCAAGAGUAAAUUGCCAGUGGUAAUCUACUAUAUUCUUUCUUUCUCAAAUCAGAAGCCGCUUUCCCCCGAAUUCCCUUUGCAGUGUUUCUCUUGAGGAGUAGUUCAGCUUAACUCCUUGUUAGCACAGUUUUGUGUCAGUAAAUUGCACUAUAAUGAAUACCUAUUCAGUCUGCUGUAGGGAUGAGUAAUGUUGUGGCUUGUUAGACAAGCAUAAAUCUGUGGAAUCUCUGUGCUGUGUUACUGACAGCUUUCUUUUCUCCUUAUUAGGCAUGGGAAGGAGAACUAAAACUGAUCAAGAGAUAAUAUCCUCAUAAAAGACAGAUAAAUGUAUUUGCAAAUUGAUGCCAAGAGUGUUCCAUGCUUACGAAUGCCAGAAUUUAUAGCAUUAACCACAUGCUGUUCCUUUUUCAAAAGGGACUGCAUUACACGUUGAGUGUAUUGGCAAGUAGAAAAAUGAGAUAAUGCGGCCCUGUAAUUAGUUCCCCACCCGAGAACAGCAAAGCUCCUCUGAGUAGCCAGCUCCAUUAUUCCGUGUGCCAUGGUGGGGAGGACUGAGCCAGACAAAAAAUUUGGGAGCUGGUAAAAAGCUUUCGGCUUACCUGUGUGGCUGACAUUCAAGAGAAACACAAAAGAAUGCACUGGAAGAACUAAGCAUGUACUCAGCAAGGGCUCUCAAGUUUGGCUGCUGCAUCAUUCAUGCACUAUGAUUUUAUCCUAGAGGAAUGCAUUCUAAAACUCUACCUUCUCCGUGAACCCUUUGGGGGAAACCCCUGGAGCAGCAACAGCUAACCUGUGGCUCUCCAGAUAUUGUUUGUCAGGGACAGGCUGGAUGAGGAGGAGUGAUGGAGCUGCCAGCCCAAGAGCCCCCCAGGGAGGACUCCAAAGACGACACCCUAGAGCCCGGAGCCUGGUGGUAGGACAUCAAGGAGCAGUCGGCAGAAGGGAUGAGCUGGGAGCUGAUAGAAGCAGGAGACUUGAGUGAUCAAGGGGGAGUCAGGAGAAGGAGGGUCCUCUAGGACAUGAUUAGAAGCUGAGAGUCACUCUGUAUAUGUGGACAGUCUCACUCCUGCUGUCUCUCCUCCCGCUCUGACCCCCAGCUCCAGGAGGGUCCUGCACGUUGCUGAGCAAUGCGUCCAGGACCAGACGAGGAGCCCACUUGCUCAACACAGUCUGCUUGGGAGGGAUCCAGAGUGAGAGGCUAGAAGGAAAGGGAAUGCCCGGAGCUUAGUUUCAGUAACGCCUUUGUUGAGUUAAGACAAACCAAGGACACUGCAGUCUUGUUUUUUUCCUGCUAAUAAAAAGCUACAGUGGUACCUUGAGCUAAGAACUUAAUUCGUUCCGGAGGUCUGUUCUUAACCUGAAACUGUUCUUAACCUGAAGCACCACUUUAGCUAAUGGGGCCUCCUGCUGCUGCCAUGCCGCCGGAGCCCAAUUUCUGUUCUUAUCCUGAAGCAAAGUUCUUAACCCGAGGUACUAUUUCUGGGUUAGCAGAGUCUGUAACCUGAAGCGUCUGUAACCCGAGGUACCACUGUAAUUGCAUCCUGAGUCUUCUGUGUGUAUGCCUGCCUGGUGGAUGACCUGGCUCAUGGACAGCUCCUUGAAAUUGUUGAACUCCCAUUUCCAAUCAACUUUAGCUUGCAUUGAGUCAGGGUUGAAUGGAGUUGGAGUCCAGGAACAUCUGGAGAGCAACCAGUUCCCUACUCCUUCCACCAUCAUCAUCAUCAUCAUCAUAUUUAUACCCCGCCCAUCCGACUGGGUUGCUCCAGUCCCUCCGGGUGGCUUCCAACACAUACAAAAACAUAAUAAAACGUCAAACAUUAAAAACUUCCAAAUGCAGGGCUGCCUUCAGUAUGGGUCCUAUACACCAGUAGUAGCUAAUCUGUUUCAUCCAAAGGACAGUAUUGACAGUCAUCCAUCUCUCCAAGACCACAUAGCAGCAUUAUAGGCAAUCUAUGGACACUGCAGUCACACAUCGUUCUCCCCGUCUUUCACACACCUUGCGCCCACAAAACCAUCAUUUCCAGCCCCCACCCCAGCAGUUUGAAUCCCCGUGAUGGGGUGAGCUCCCAUUGCUCUUUCCCAGCUCCUGCCAACCUAGCAGUUUGAAAGCACGUCAAAGUGCAAGUAGAUAAGUAGGUACCGCUCCGGCGGGAAGGUAAAUGGCGUUUCUGUGCGUUGCUGUGGUUCGCCAGAAGCGGCUUAGUCAUGCUGGCCACAUGACCCGGAAGCUGUACGCCGGCUCCCUCGGCCAAUAAAGCGAGAUGAGCGCCGCAACCCCAGAGUCGUCUGCGACUGGACCUAACGGUCAGGGGUCCCUUUAACUUUUAGGGAUAGAAUUACUCUUCACUACAGGACCUGUCAAAGUAAAAUGCAGAGUUUCCACCCAUCCCCACUCCAUCGUUGAGCUGGGGGCAAAUGCUGCCUUUUGCUCCACAAGAGCAGUUGGAAUGUUUUGUCUCUAAUCUUUGCGCUGUGGUGCUUUGCGCUGAGAUGGAGAUAAAAGAUCCCCCUGUGACGGGCAGAUAAAGCACUCUUGUCUGCCCUUUAGAGAUUUAUCUCCCAGCCAAAUGGAAAUAUAAAGCUGUGGGGACUGGGAGGCCACUUUCUGUGGCUUGGUGGCCAUGUUGUCACUCGUGGCUUGGCCACCCAUGCUAUGCAUGCUUACUCACUCACUCAGGCGCUAUGGGAAACUAUGGUUAAUGAAAACUUCCUGGGUUACCCAGCACACUGAGGAGAGAUGGGGCCUGAAGGCACAAUGGCUUAUGCACAUCUUGGCUUAUUGUGCUGAAAUAUGGUUGGCUGAAUGCAGCCUGUGGCAGACGCAAGGUCCAAAAUACUGACUUCACAGGUCACUCUUGGAUGUGCAAACUAUCUGCAGCCUUCUAGCUUUGAAUGCAACUGCAGGGGGUAUGCUUGCCCUCUUCUGCGUUAUUUAUUUAUUUCGUACACCUAGCAAAAUCUGAAAGUUUUCUCUUGCUACAAGGGGCAAAGAAUAUGCCCACGGAAAUUUGUGAAACAAAGAUCCAGUAGCUGCUCUGGUUUCUGUUUUCUUUUAAAUGAAAAACAGCUUUUUAGUGAGAGUCAUUUUGAGCAAAGAAUUGGCUAGGGGUGGUAGUGCUUGCCUUACCCCCUCCCUUUGCCUGCUUCUGUUUUACCCAUCCAGAUCACUCCCAAGUUGUCAUCCCCCACUCCCCAAUGCUCUAGUUGCCACUCCCCUCAUGGGCGUAGCCAGGGGAGGCAGGGGGGGGUCAGCUGCCUCCCCACCCCAAUCAAUAAAAUUCAAUAAAAAACAUAGCAAACUGAGGUUCUCCCCCCCCCAGGCCUCCCCCCCCCAAAAAAAGAAUCCUGGCUACUCCCAUGUCUCCACUCCUCAGCAUUGUCCCUCCCAAAGCUUGCUUUUCAUUUAAAAAUCAAGGAAACAUGCGCUGGAGUGCAAUGUGUUUGCCUAUCAAUAAAUGGCAGCUAAUUCAUUUGUAAGUCGGUCUGCCAUAUUGUCUCUGUCUGGAUUCCAGAAUCCAAUUAGUACUGGAAAGUGAUGAUACCUGAGCUUUUAUGCCUUUCAGAUUAACAAGGGAGGACAGCAGGCUAUAAAAUAUUUAAGAGCCCUAGCAAAAGGACAUAACAGCCAUGCACUAAAUAAGAGAAAGGGCUGAUCACUUUGUUCAAGUGUUUUCAAAUUGACACUCUUCAAGUCUGAAAGGCAGCAUUUGUGUGUUUUGAAGAAGCAUGCUUGCUCAAAGAAGAGUGAUGUAUGAACGCUAUCAGCCCAAUGGGGAAGCUCACUUUGUUUAGGGUGUGAAUCGGAAAUGGACAAGCUAUGUUUCGAAAAUCCAAGCAAGUUAUUUUUAUGACUGUGGAAUGUAUUGGAGGUUAAUGGGGGCAGAUGGUUGCGUUUGCAACGCACAAGCCGUUCUUCCUCAGUCUAAGCUGUAUAAAAGCACCUUCUGGCAGUUGUGCUAACUUAGACGCACUGCAAGGAUGAGUACAAUCUGAUAAGCUGGUAAGGAAACCCAUUGCAGGAUGCAAGCAGCACGGACUGCUCACAUUUCGCUGUUAGGUAUCUCAGGCAGAGAAACUGAAGAUGAAAUCGGCACAGGAGGAGAUGGUAAGGCAGGAUGGGUUCCAGUAGGCUAGCAGAGGCAUGGAACCUGAUAAUGGGGAAUCUCUGGUCCUCCAGGUGUUGCUGAAUUACAACUCCCAUCAUCAUUGACUGUUGGUCGUGCAGGCCAAUAGAAUUUGGAUUCCAACAACAUCAAGAGGGCCAGAGACUCUCCGAGUUAAAGCAAGAUGAAAGAUGAGGUUGCUGUGCGGAGUAGUAGACUGAGGCAUCAAGAAGGAAUGAUUGGGCCCAACAAGAGAGGAGACUGUGGACCAAAGGAGCAGAAUGGCAGCAACAAAAGAGACAUGCAUUUGUAACUGGAAGGGAUGACGGAUGCAGCUAAUGCUCUUGUUCCUGGGGAGAGAACCCAACACAGCCAAAGAGAACUUUCUGCUUAAGGAAGUAAGGCAGCAAGUAGCACAGAGACUCAGGGUGGAUGGGGAAUUUCUGAGCCUGUGGGGCAAGAAAGGCAUACGAGGAUGAUCAUUGUACCUAUGUUGUUGUUGUUUAGUCGUUUAGUGGUGUCCGACUCUUCAUCACCCCAUGGACCAGAGCACUCCAGGCACUUCUGUCUUCUACUGCCUCCCGCAACUUGGUCAAACUCAUGCUGGUAGCUUCAAGAAUACUGUCCAACCAUCUCGUCCUCUGUCGUCCCCUUCUCCUUGUGCCCUCCAUCUUUCCCAACAUCAGGGUCUUUUCCAGGGAGUCUUCUCUUCUCAUGAGGUGGCCAAAGUAUUGGAGCCUCAGCUUCAGGAUCUGUCCUUCCAGUGAGCACUCAGGGCUGAUUUCCUUAAGAAUGGAUACAUUUGAUCUUCUUGCAGUCCAUGGGACUCUCAAGAGUCUCCUCCAGCACCAUAAUUCAAAAGCAUAUUGUACCUUUAGCUAUGGCUGUUUCAAAAAAGAGCUUGCAAACGGUUGCCAAGACUCAGCAGUGAUAGAAACGUGGAAUCUUAUGGUGUAGAACUAUUCCCUGUGAGUCCUGGGGGAGGGGGACGGACAGUCAUUUCUAGGACUCAAAAGACCUUGCAUCCAGAUGAACCCCACACACUGAUUGAUAAGCUGCUCUUAUUAUGAGCUGAGCAGCAUGGCGAUCAAGCCGUUAGGAUUACCUGAAGCCAUGUAUGAGUUAGUGCCAUGCUGAAAAUUUCUCUGGCAGUUUCUUUUCUUUGUAACCAUUCUGCAUCAAUCGACAAGAAAACAAAUUGCCUUCAAAAAUUAUCAGAGGGGAGAGAUUUUUUUUUUUUUUUAAUGAAGUUCUCAUAAGUGGGUGUGUGGGAUUUUGGUUGCACCUACCUUACAGGUGUGGUGUCCUGAGGGGUUUUGUGUGUCCUUUCAUUCUGCAAGCCAUCUCAGUAGCCUGCAGCCUUCCCCAGUCCACCCACUUUCCCCUUUGGCCCCACCCACCACGAGACUUUGUUCGGAAGGGAAUGUGGAAACCUUGGGCUAAGAGAGAUUCUGCAGCCCUGGUUUACUGGGAAGAAACGCACAUCCUAGUACACAGGGGGUUAAAAAAUAAAAAUUUGACUGUUCUGUUUUUCCUCUGUUGCUUGGAAUGACCAGGGUAAGAGCAGAUGCUAGCAGAACACACCAGUUGUAGCCAAAUUGUACUUGAAUUUCUAUUUUUAGUUUCCUACCUGCUUAGGGAUGUGUGGUGCAUUUUGGGAAAGCUCAUCAGUUCUUCAUAAUAGAUUCCAUAUGGCUGGCAAAAGGGUGGGGGUGGGGUGUCCAGGGUAUUUAAGGAAUAACAAAAUUAAAAGGGGAGGGGGAAGGAAAUGCUGGUCAACUGGUGCUUAGGGGCUGUUAAUAGAUUAUAAGUAAACUAAUACAAAAUGUGGUGUUGCUAACCAACCCAUUUAAAUGAUUUUUUUUUUUAAUUUAAAGAGAGAGAAAUCCAUUUUGUUUCCUUUGUCCUUGUGAGGUCUUCUGUCAAAAUCUUGAAAUGAGCAACCUGAUGGAACAUAACUGAGUUGAUUUUUGUGGAUGUCCUGGAGCUGGUCACGUUGGGAAUCCAUUACUACUCUCCUUUUAGCUACUUAAAAUACUCUGUGUAGACAAGACCUGAAAAUGAGUGUGUUUUCUUUGUUAUUUAAGGAAGAAUUGCAUGAAUGAUCAAGCAGGUUGUAUUUAUAGAUACAGUUUUGUAUAUUCUAAAAAUACAGUGGAUAACUACUGGGUUAGAGAUGAGCCAUAAUUUCUAAAGAGCUGUAGAAAGUGCUAAGCAACAACAAAAAAUUAUAACUGCUCCAUGGCAACUCCACCGUCAGCUUUUCCCUCUAAUAUUUCUUUCAGAGGAUCUGAGAGCGAAGUCACGCAUUGCUAUGUAAUAAUAGUACAACAGAUUGUAACAGUGAAGCAUUGUGACCAUGAAUGCAAAGGCAUACCAAAAUAGUUUGUGUCUUGUUGAAAUUAUUGAAAUUUUUAGAUAUAUUUGGAACUUGAGUGUAUCGACCAGGGAGGGGGUGGCAGCUGUUCAGAUAUUUUUGCUGUUUUUUCAACUUGCAUGCUGCUUCAAUUAGGAACAUUUUAUUAGGACCCCCUCCACAAAAAAACCCCCAACCAACGCAACCAUUCAAUAAACUUGAAGUAUGAUGCAAAUAACCUGCCACAUCACAUGACCCGCUUCCGUAAAGAACUUGUGGUCACAUGCAGGUGAAAACUGAAAGUGUGUGGAGCAGAAAUUUGAAGAUUGCUGAAACAAUUCUCUGGAGCGAAUUCUGUGGCCUUGCUGCUGCUUAAUGAUUUCAAGAACUGUCUGAAACACCUGCAUAGGCAUAUGUCUGCCUUCUUUAUCCUGAGAGAUGCUUUAUGCUAUAAAGUUCUCUGCUGCGUGGUUUUCCCCCUCCCCCUUUCUUGUUUUCAGAACAAUUAGAAAGAGUGUUGAAAAUAGAAAGGCAGAGCUCAUUAACCUCUAGGAGGCAUUUGUGCAGUUUCCCAUAUGAAACGCCUAAGCAAUAAUAAAUUCAGACAGCAGAGCAUGAUUGUACCUCUGCCCCAAGACUAAAUUCUUGCAGCUGAAGAUGCUGCUGAAUUUUGUUGAUGCAGGAGGUACUGUUUCAUGGUAACAGAAAGUGAAAUGGGUUUCACCAGGCCUUGACAGUUGAAAUAGGUAAUUAGAGGAUUGGCUCUUCCAAAAGAGCUCUUGGGAACAAACGGAGAGUUCCUUUUUAGAACCUCUAAAAAGAGAGGAAUUGGUGCUUUAAAAGUAAACCUUGAAUCAUAAUGGAAGAGCCUUAUUCUGCUAACCGAGAAUAAGCUCCGGAUCUGCACAUAUGGCUAUGCCAGAGAGUCCUGUCCACUCACUAGCAACAGUUAGCCAGCGUGGCACACGAUUCCUUUGCACACUUGGACUCGUGGUGUCAGGAUCUUGGGCAAAAAUAAUCAAUUCAAGAGAUCCGUAGCUGGCCAUACAGAUGCAUCAGUGCAUAACUGCAGGUGUCUGUAGUUUUUCAGCUGUUGAGUACAGUGGUACCUUGGUUGGCGAACAGCUUGGCUCCCGAACAAAUCGGCUCCCGAACACUGCAAACCCGGAAGUAAGUGUUCCGGAUUAAGUUUGACAACCAAGGUACCACCGUAUUGCAACCACAUUAGGCAACUUUAUAGCAGAGUUUUAAAAUAUCCCAGUGGUGCUUCUUAAAUGUUGGUUGCUGCAUACAAGCUAUUGGCAGCCAUUCACAAAGGCACUUGAGAUGUUGUUGGUUUUUUAAAUAGAAGAACGAUGUAGUGUUUAGAUCCCAGCACUUACAAUGAGAUGCCUUCUCCUUUCCAUAUCCCACUGAAUAGGAAGAAGACAAAUGGGGCCUUCAACAAAAUCUUGUACAGUGGUACCCCGCAAGACGAACGCCUCGCAAGACGGAAAACCCGCUAGACGAAAGGGUUUUCCGUUUUGGAGGCGCUUCAUAAACGAAUUUCCUAUGGGCUUGCUUCGCAAGACGACAGCCCAUAGGGAAAUCUCAGGGACAGCGGGGAAGCGCAGCGCGUCUUCCUCACUGUCCUCGGACCUCCUCCGAAGCCUGGCGGCGGGGCGGGGACACCUCCUCCCGCCGCCGCCGGGCUCGGAAGGCUCCUCCGAAGCCGGGCGGGGGGAGGGAACACCUAGCCGCCGCCGCCCGGCCUCGGAACGGUGCCCGGCCGGGCGGGGGAGGGAACACCUGCCGCCGCCGCCCGGCUUCGGAACGGUGCUCCGGCCGGGCGGGGGGAGGGAACACCUGCCGCCGCCGCCCGGCUUCGGGAACGGUGCCCGGCCGGGCGGGGGAGGGAAGACCUCCGCCGCCGCCCGGCUCGGAACGGUGCUCCGGCCGGGCGGGGGAGGGAAGACCUCCUGCCGCCGCCCCGCAUCGGGACGGUGCUCCGUAGCCGGGCGGGGGGGAGGAAGACCUCCCGCCGCCCGGCUUCGGAACGGUGCUCCGGCCGGGCGGGGGAGGGAAGACCUGCCGCUGCCGCCGCCCGGCUUCGGAACGGUGCCCGGCCGGGCGGUGGGGAGGGAAGACCUCCCCGCCGCCCGGCUCGGAACGGUGCUCCGGCCGGGCGGGGGGAGGGAACACCUCCGCCGCCGCCCGGCUCGGGAACGGUGCCCGGCCGGGCGGUGGGAGGGAAGACCUCCGCCGCGCCCGGCUCGGAACGGUGCCCGGGCCGGGCGGGGGAGGGAACACCUGCCGCCGCCGCCCGGCUCGGAACGGUGCUCCGGGCCGGGCGGGGGAGGGAAGACCUCCGCCGCCGCCCGGCUUCGGAACGGUGCCCGGCCGGGCGGGGGGAGGGAAGACCUCCGCUCUGCCCGGCUUCGGAACGGUGCUCCGGCCGGGCGGUGGGGAGGGAAGACCUCCCGCUCUGCCCGGCUUCGGAACGGUGCCCGGCCGGGCGGGGGAGGGAAGACCUCCGCCGCCGCCCGGCUUCGGAACGGUGCCCGGCCGGGCGGGGAGGGAAGACCUCCCGCCGCCGCCCGGCUUCGGAACGGUGCUCCGGCCGGGCGGGGGAGGGAAGACCUUCUGAAGGCGGGCGGGGGCGAAAGUCUUUGCUCCCCUGCCUGCCUGUCCCGGAGGGCUUUUGAAGGCGGGGAGCAAGACUUUCGCCCGCCCGCCUUCAGAAGAGGUCCAGGACCUCUUCUGAAGGCUGGCGGGGGCAAAGUCUUUGUCCCCCUGCCUGCCUUCCCAGGGGCUUUAAAUUGCCCCGGACAGCGGAGAAGUCCUCCGCUGUCCCGGGGUGAUUUUAAAAUGCCGCCCGCCAGCAUUUUAAGAUCGCCCGGACAGCGGAGAAGUCCUCCGCUGUCCCGGGGUUUUUUAAAAUGCUGGGGGUGGGAAGAAAGGCCCUUGCCCCCCCCCCAGCCUUCAGAAGAGGUCCGGGGACAGACUGUCCCCGGACCUGGUCUGAAGGCGGCUUCCCUGGAACGCAUUAAUUGAUUUUCAAUGCAUUCCUAUGGGAAACCGUGCAUCGCAAGACGAAAAACUCGCAAGACGAAGAGACUUGCGGAACGAAUUAAUUUCGUCUUGCGAGGCACCACUGUAGUUGCAUUCUUUCCCCUUUCCCAAUGGCUGGACUCCUAUAAGGUGUGGUAAGGCUAAAGCAGGCCGAUUCAUUCAUCUCUAUUUACCAGUUGGUUUUCUUUUCCAAUUGCCAACAUUCCAUGGUCCCUGGAAUGCAUGAGCAAUACUCAAUCUUCACUGGACUGUUUCAGAAGGUGUUCAGAUGUUUUGUACUUCCUCAUACCUCGGGGUUCAGCGGAACAUGCUGCUUUUUCUUCCUUGUUUCUCAGUAAUCCACAUUUCGACGCCAGUGCUGUUGGCACUCAACCACCUGAGUUCACUGUUGGAGGGAAUGAUGACAGAUCUGGCGCCGGAUUCACUGAAGCAGACCUUGCCAUAUGUUGUCACUCAGGCAGCUUGGGUGAAUAAAUGUAGCCAUGGUUCUUAAUUCAGCACCAACUAGCCAGGCAUGUAAUGCAACACUUGCUGCAGACAAAAAAACCAAGGUGAACUGGGGUUGUCUGGGGAGCAAGUUAGUAGAACCCACUGCAUGAGGCAUAAGACCAUAAAACCUGAUUUUAGCAAGAGCAUAUUCUGUGGCCAUUGUGCAGACACUAAGAACAGGAAAAACUCCAGCGCUGGUAUCUGAGCAUUUUUUAAAAAGCAAACUCUAUAAUCUGUAAACUAGACAUUGGUGCAUGGUAUUAAAAUGAUUGGAUUUCAUAUCCUGAAAAGAGUUGUUGGCAAGACAUAAGAAAUGCUUUGCUUAGAUUGUUUAUAUAUUGUCAGCUUAUAUAUUGUCAGCACUACUAGAGUCCAAGAGGACAAGAUCAAAGUUAAAUAUUGAUCAGUAUUCUGAACCCUCCCCCAUGUAUUACAUGUUACAUAUUACAUUACGUAUUCUGACCACUGUUGAAUGAUACAAUAUUUUGUGUAAUAGUACAGUAAGAGACUUUCUUACCCUCGAGUUUGUGAAAGGUGUUGCCCUUUAGUCUAGCUUUUGUGAAGUGGGAAGAAUCUGUUGCCAUGGUUACUCUGGCUCACGUUUUCUACAUUGUCACUGGGACUACCAGCAAGGUUCUCGAUGCAGACUACCACCUUAGUGCUGCUAUUAAAUAUUGUUUUCUGCCAGACUCGACAACAGAUGCCUACUUAAAUACCUGACCUCAUCAUGCACUGGGAUUGCUAUUGUGCGGCAGUUCAAGGUGUUGUGUUCUUCGGGGCGGCAAUUUCCAUAAAUUGGUUUUCCACCAAUCUUAUUGACAUUGUUAAUACCUUUGCCUCCUUCUCUAUGGAGGUCAGUUAUUGCUCUCUAAUCAUUUCCUGUGGAUAUUUUCUGUUGUUUAUCUAUGCAUAGCUGACAGGUUUUUAAAUGUCCACACCUUUAAGUGCUGCUUCGAUAAUUGGGCAAAAAACACAACAUUUUUAAACAACAACUUGGAUGUGUUUAAAAGGUGAAAAUGACUCACCUGAUCACCUAUAAAGAUAAGGUGGUCCUAGAAGUAUUGUCUUCUGGUAGAGGUAUGGUCUGUGAGCUCUGUGUAUCUGAAUGGAUGCAUCAGGACAGGCAUCCCCAAACUCGGCCCUCCAGAUGUUUUGGGACUACAACUCCCAUCAGCCCUAGCUAACAGGACCAGUGGUCAGGGAUGAUGGGAGUUGUAGUCCCAAGACAUCUGAAGGGCCAAGUUUGGGGAUGCCUGCAUCAGAAGGUCCAAAUCUCUCACCUGAACAUCUCUGCACAUGGAAUCCAGGCAGAUCCAAGAGCUGGGAAGCGUUCCCACAAAUCAUCCCACCCAUAUCUCUGCCCCAUAACUAAAACAUAGUUAAGGGCUGACAUAGUGUACUGGCUUAAGCAUGUGGGUUUGAAGACCCUGGUUCAGAUCUUAGCUUUGGGCAUAAACACAGUGGGGCUUGCUGCAAUUAACAAGGGCUUAUCCACGCUUAACUUUUCCUCGGCACUAUUGAGACAUGGUCUGUCCUUUAAAGCUUUAUGUCUGAGUGCCCUUUCUUUUGCUCCAGAGCUUUCCCACAAAAAAUAUGUUCUUUAAAGCGGGGAAAGUUUGGGUGUGUGUGUGUGUGUGUGUGGCCAGGAAUGCUCAGCCAUGGAGUUUUAAAUUGCGGACCAUGCCUGGAAAGAGUGGAGGAAAGUAUGGAUAAGCCUCAAUAUGAAGUGUUAUGAAAUACACUCCGGCACUAUAUAAAUUAUUUUUCUAUUGUUAAUUAUUUAAAUUCUCCCCCCCCCUUCAGAGCAAGCUCUCUCAAUGAUGCUCGUGAAUAAAAGAUAAAAUGAUAUUUCAUGAUAAAGAAAUGUACAAGAAUUAAAACUUCAGCAGGUAAUAAACCUUAAAGUGAAAAAGAAAGAAAACCCUGCCAGUCUUUAUUUUCCGACCACUUCUAUAAACUGUCCGAGAAGUGGGGUUAACAGGUUGUUUCUCAGUAAUCAAAGGCUGUAUGUAUCCCUAAUAUUACCUGGUUCCUAUUCAGUUUCUUUUUGAAUGCCUCCGAAAAAGGUAGAACAUUACACUAAAUAAUACUUCAUGUCCAUCUGUCUUCCCAUUCUUUUGAGACCUAUUUCAAUACUACUCAUCAAGUCUUGAAUGGUACCCUUCAUAGCUUAUUGGUUUGCUAAUUUUAUAGCAAUGGUGUCACGUUGCAUUGCUGAAAAUGUGAACUCUUUAUUGUUGUUGGAAUUCCUCUUGACUAAAAUUGAUAAUGUGCUGUUGUCUCCUUUUCCUCCCCUCACCCUCCUGCUCUGCUUUCUUUUUUAGGAAUUUCCUUUGAGCACCACGAGCGCCGCUGGAAUGCAUUUGGAGAUGCGAUGACUCUUGCCUUUCUCUCCCAUGUCUUCUCGUUUUGUCGUUGAAUUGGUACAGAAGAAACUCUUUCGGAGACCAUGACUGAAGAAAAGAAUCUUGGUGUGUCUCAGAAAGUCUUGUCGCCUUCAAGAAGUACCAGUAGCUGCUCCUCUAAGCAGGGGAGUAGACAGGUAAAUUUAAAGUGUUUUUAUCAUCCCCAGUGUGGUGUAGUGGUUAAGAGCGGUAGACACAUAAUCUGGUGAACUGGGUUCGCUUCCCCGCUCCUCCACAUGCAGCUGCUGGGUGACCUUAGACUAGUCAUACUUCUUUGAAGUCUCUCAGCCUCACUCACCUCGCAGAACGUUUGCUGUGGGAGAGGAAGGGAAAGGGGAUUGUUAGCCACUUUGAGACUCCUUAAGGGGAGUGAAAGGCAGGAUAUCAAGUCCCAACUCUUCUUUGUUUAACACCACAUUGAUUGAAAAAUAUAGAUCAAGAUCUGUGUAGAAAUAUAGAUCAAGGUUGGAAACCUGUGGCCCUCCAGCUGUUGUUGGUAUGACCAAUGGUCAGGGAUGAUGCGAGUUGUAGUCCAACAACCUCUGGAGGUACCACUGUUUCCCCACUCCUGUUGCAGAUGAUUCACUUCCUGAUUGCUUGCCCUUUUUCACUGUUUCUGGUACUUAGGAUUAAUUCACAUGACCAAGCUGGUGUUCUGAGUAUGUGGGUUGAGUAGAUCUGUAGUGAGUUGGUUCUGCCUUGGUUUCAAACAACAGGCCAAGUUCACAACCUGGCUUUCAGUAAUGUUUUAAUUGGCACUGCUAGUUCCCGCCCCCCCGUGGAUUUCAAUAGUAAUAUUUCAUUUUCAAUUGUGCCAGAAAGUUCAUUUGUAUAAAAGAGAACAUGAUGCCACAUUCUUAGGCUGUGUGUGGUUGAGCGGAGACGUAUAAAAAAAUUGGCUAUGUAUGCAUGGUAUAGAUAAUUGCAGACCAGCUAAAGAAAGUUGAUUAUGCAAGGACAUAAGAGCGUGCUGGAUCAGGCCAGUGGCACAUCUAGUCCAGCAUCCUGUUUUCUCUGUGACCAACCCGUUUCCUGUGGGAAACCUGCAAGCAGGACCUGAGUUAGUGCAAAAAGCAAUCUUCUCUCCUGCAGGUUCCAGAUAAUAUGGUUUCAUAUUAUCAUGGCCCUUGCAAAUUCCUUUAGAAAACCAAGAGCAUGCUGAUACUGGCUUUUGUUGUAAAGAUCCGCUAAAAUCCAUGGCACUUUUACCACACAUCCACACUUGAGUGGACGUUCAGAACUUGGUCACACACUUGCAAUCCUAAGGACUGGAACCUUUUUUAACAAUCAAAAGAGGCAGAAGAGGAGAGGUAUGAUGGAUUAACCAAAGAUCUGUAUCAUCCAGCGUUUUGUUUCUAAAUGCUAGCCAUCCAAAUGCUUCUGGGAAGCUUAUAAGUUCACUCUUGUUUGCCCCCAGCAUCUGUUACUUAAAAGAGAGAGAGAGAGGGAGAUUCUGAGCACAAAGAUCUCAUAUUAAAGUGAAAGCUGAGAUUCUCAAACACAUUUCUGAAUGUUUAUAAAGUAAAAACACACACACAUAUAAUUUUGAAUCAAAAUCAGUGCAAGAACCCGCCCACCCCACCUUAUUUAUGAAUAUUUAGAGAUUUAGCAAGAGUUGCACUUUUCCUCUUCUGUUCCAUUUAGCGUAGUUGCCCCCCCCCCUUCAAGCACAUACAAAUACUGGUUUUAGCCGGACUUUCUGCUUUCUUAUUAACCGGCCAAGUUGUCUGGGAACAUUUCCCACUUUUUCACACUGUCUGUGCCGCUGAUCAGAUUAAGUAAAUCAGAUUAUGUGGAAGAAGACUGUAUAAACAGCUUCAAGGGAUAACAGGAAGUGGGCAGACAUUUUGUUUAUGUUUCGAGGCAUCCCUUUCCAGUGGUUGAGCGCAAGCAUAUAUCUUUGCUGUUAGGGUUGCCAGGGCAACCAGGAUGUGGGAUCUAUCCUUGGCUGAAGCCCAAUCUGUCUGCGGUUGGAUUUGGUCACUUUAUUAACCACCUUCCUAUGUUGUCUGGAUGAAGGGGGGCACCACGUGAUUAUUGGGGAGUUGGGGUGCACUCCUGGUCCCCAUGCUGCCUGUCUCUGCUGGAGACAUCCAUAUUUUAGUGUGGUUGUCUGUAAUGAAGAAGCCCAUGCACAUGUAGCCAUUGAGGCUGGCCAAUUGAGAUAAAUGGGGCACUGCCUUACCAACCUCAACCAGCCUACACCUGCCUGCCUUCUUACUUACAGUAUUUUUUUGCUCUAUAAGACUCACUUUAAACCACAGCGCCACCCGCGUCCCAAAUACAGGCUACAUCCCUGUAAAUUGCUGUAGCUGGGGAAAGCUAACUCCCCAGCAAGGAUCCUUGGGCAGUGGGGUUCAUGUUGUGUGUUGGGCUUCCCUACAAUCAUUUGUUUAGGUGCAACCGUUUUCCCCCUCUUCAUCGCAUGCCUCCAUGUAUGUCUUCCUAUAUUGGGGUUUUGAUAGCUGCCCAAUAUCCUAAGUUCUGAAAUUGAUUCAAAGCUUUGGGCAUGGCCCACUUUGCUUCUGAUUGCUUCAGAUACAACCUGCUUCACUUCAGCAGAAGUCCAAAUGCCUGCAACAUGACCCUCUUCAGUACAGUGUUUGGCUUUAUCCAAAACAGAUGCACCCCCCUACUAUAGAAGGUGAAUUACUGAGUUUGUUUCUUGUCACUCAAAACAAGCAAGCAAGCAAUCAUUUUAUUUGUAUGCCGCCUUUCCAAAGUUAAAACCAGGCUCAAGGUGGCUUACAACAUACUAUAAAACAUGGAAUUAGACAUAAACAAUAAAUGCAAACCUCAAAAAGUGCACAACCAAAUCGAACCAUUUCCACAUAAGUCAUAAGAUCUAAAAUAAAGAGACAAAAAAUUAAUAUCAAUAAUGGCAACAAUAGCCCAAUGGUCUGUUAAGGAGCCUCAGCUUUUGUAGUUGGAGUCAGUCCCUCCCUGGUCAGGUGGGAAAAGGCCUGCAAGGCAGGGAGCAGGUCUUCCAGGACUCAGAGCCAAGACAGUCUCUGGCCUCUUCAGCAGCCUCAUCUUUUGUAACUGGAGUAUCUCUCGAUCUGCUUUAGAUUUUUUAUAGAACUUUAACGCUGUCUGGACUGUAAAUAUGAAACCCAGGGGAUUCGCAUCUGGUUACGCUGGGAUUUAUUUCAGCUUAACUUGCAGACCUCUUUAGCUUUAUUGUGUUAGGUGUUUUGUCUGGGGAGAAUUCUUACCUUGCAACAUUCAAGGAUUGUGGCUGUCUGCUGAUGUUUUUAUAUUCCAGAAAUGUGCUAGAUGUGAAUUGGAGGAAUUACUGUUGGCAGGAUACUGGAAGGGAGCAAGACCCUGUUUGAAUUAUUACUGUUUGGGUCCCCAUUUAUUACCUUUCCCCCCCUUCCACCUUGGCUACUCAUAAAACCAAAUCUGGCUUCUGCCCCCAUCAUGGUGACUAAACUUUUUGUAUCACUUGGAAGACUCUGACGGUGGAUUCCAUUUCUUUAUUGUAGUUCACUGUAACAGUAGCUACUAAUGCAAGGCAAUAUUUGCUACUGCCCCUGUAUUCUGAAUUUAAGAGUCAGUGACUUUGCUAAGCUGCAGAAUGGAAAGUAGCAAAUCAGUCCUGUGCCCUUUUCUUCAAAACUAAAUCCCAGUGAGUUCCAAGUAAGUGUUCUUACAGGCAUAGAUGCUUAAGAGUGUAUACUAAUGACAAAAAAGAACAAUAUUGAGAAUAUUUGGGUCACGUGUGGUACCAAAGAGAAAGUGUAGCAAUGGCUCUGGUGGGAGUAAAAAAGAAAAUUUAAAUUUAAAAUCAUUUGUGCCAAUUUUAUGAACCGUAGCAAAUGUUGGUGCUGCUGAUGUAAAACCCUGUCUUCCCCCGCAAAGAUGCUUUCUAUUUUUGGCGCUUGCAAAUAUUCACUACAACAGACUGCGUUUUAUUCUAGACAGAAGUCUGGCGCUGUCAUCUGGUACGUUCAAGGAGCUAUAAGAACAAAUUUCAGUCUGAUAGUUAUUCUGGUUCAUCGCUUCAUUCUUUCGAUAUGGCUUCUACACAGUAUGCAUACUGUGCAUUGGAAAAUGGGUGGCUUCUAGCUUUUUGCAUUUAAUAUCAUUUUAGCAUCCAGGGCUUUUAGAAAUGGGCUAUAAUUGUCUUACUAGAUCACUCCAGCAAUCCAUCUUGUCUAGCAUUCUGUCUCUAUGGCUAAAUGCCUACAUAAGCUAACACAUAGGACAUGAUGGAGAUAAUAUGGGGAAUGGGCUGGCUCCCAGCAUCCUUCAGUACAUGAACGUUCCACCUUAAUUAUAAUGACUAAAGAGCAUUGAUAGAUGUGUUAUCCAUUAAUUUGUACAAUCCUUUUAAAAGCCAUCUGAGUUUCUGGCCAUCACCUUUUUGGGCCGUCAGCUCGUCUCAUGGCAGGAAAUAAUUUCAACAGUUUGUAGUGUUUCCUUAUAACAACAAUACAGUUUGGUCAUUCUGGUCCAGCAUUGGACUGACUGGGUGUUGCAAUUAUAGAAUUAUUCAUAUGGUAUCUGUUCUGUCUCCUAAUACAUCAAAUAUGCAUGGUGAAGGGAGCAGAAGGCCGGUGGUGAUCCUGGUGUUUCAAAGAAGAGGCUAUGGUAUUUGAAAGAAGAAAGGCUGGAGCAAUGUUUACUUUCCUCUGGGCUUCAGCCUGACGUUUCCAGAGGUUGUAUAAUGUUGGGCUGUGAUUAGAUAUGUGUCUGGGAUGUGAACUGGCCACAAAUUGCAUAUUGCAAGAUGAUAAUUUUCCCGGCAGAAAUCUGACAUGAACUGAAAUCCUCAUCGUGAAGUGCUAGUAUCUAUUUCAUGAACCUUACUUGUUGUCCUAGAAUCCCACAUGCUGCUAAAUGAAUAUUUUUAAUGACAGGGUUUUGAUUUUCUGAUCCUUCACCUGGGAUGUGUGGCACCAUUUCCACUAUCUUGCAUCCAGGAGCCAGGAAUACCUGCAGAUAUUCCGACAGUCUUGCUGCCUAGUAGCAGCAAUUAGAUCCAUUGUAUUCAGCGUGCGAUUAAAUCGAUUGUAUGGGGCACUCGGCUAGUAGCUGAACUCAAAAUCUGAAGAGGCAAUUUAUAAUGCAUCAUAUUGGCUAAUUUUAACGGAGAAAUCCAUGUAAACAGUGAAGCACUUCUAUUCCCACAACAAACAAUUUGGUGCAAUUGUGCUCUUUUUAAUGUAUUCAGUUGUUGUACAGGUAAUGACAGGUUUCGUAAACUGGUCCUAGUCUAAAUAUUAUAUAUUUAUGUGGGAAAAUGUUAGGAGACCUCUAUUCCCUUCAGCGAGCUGGUUGCCAGAGUCCUCCCAGAAAAGGGAUUGAUUUUUAAACUACUCUGGGAAUUGUAGCUCUCUGAGAGGAAUAGAGGUCUCCCUGCAACUUACAUCAACCUUAAAAAAUUUCUGUUCCCAUGAUGUUUUAUGGUGGGGGAGCAUUGUUUAACAUGAUAUGACACUGAUUUAAAUGCUUAGUGAGAAAGGGAAUCAUUGUAUAUGUGUGUGCAAAAUCUUGCACUCAAGGAUAGAACUACCCUGUUAAGAUCAUGCAUCAUUUGGCCUGAAGUCAGUCUUUAACUGCGGAAUUUUAGGUUUCAAGAGAAUACCGUAUUUUUUGCUCUAUAAGACUCACUUUUUCCCUCCUAAAAAGUAAGGGGAAAUGUGUGUGCGUCUUAUGGAGCGAAUGCAGGCUGCGCAGCUAUCCCAAAAGCCAGAACAGCAAGAGGGAUUGCUGCUUUCACUGCGCAGCGAUGCCUCUUGCUGUUCUGGCUUCUGAGAUUCAGAAUAUUUUUUUCUUGUUUUCCUCCUCCAAAAACUAGGUGCGUCUUGUGGUCUGGUGCGUCUUAUAGAGCGAAAAAUACGGUACUUUCAUGCAGAACAACUCUAUCUUUAACUGAAAUGGAGCUUAGUUUUGUGACUUUCUUUCUUUCUUUCUUUCUUUCUUUCUUUCUUUCUUUCAUUCAUUAAAGGACAGAUCUACUUUUAUAAUAGUCCUCUUCUGCUCUAUAUAACGCAUGUUUUCAGACACCUAGAUAUCUUUUGCCUCUGUGGUGACUGAUACUUCAGGCUCCAAGUGACAGGCGCCAUAUCUUUUGUCUGCUGAGAAUUGGUAAUCUGCCCCCUCAGUCCCAUUUUAAUUAGGUAUUGUCAGUUUUAAUGAAAAGGCUCAUUGGCAGGAAAUCUGAUGAAAUAUGAACCUUCAAGCAUCCACAAAGACUCUUGAGUUGUAGUCUUUUUUCCCCCUUUUCCCUCCUUCCACAGCAAAAUAGUGGAUGGGGAAGCCAAAACGUCCCUCUCUGAACUAUAGCCAUUUAUUCCUGAGGGCCUCGUCCCACAUGUUCAUUUUGUUUUCUGGCACAGGUAUCUGACAGCCAUACCCUCCUGUCCGUUGAAAAUGCAUGCAUUUAUAUUGCUACUUUCGCCCCUGCGCAAAGCCAUUCUUUGCAAUUUCGCUGAGGAAAGCCCUGAUUUUAAGUGUACAUGCACCAUUCCCUACAGAAGAUGUGAGGAUCUGUUUUGUGCUCUGGUACCUGCGCCAGACUAUAAAAGCGCAAAAAUGAGAAAACAGUCUCCCAGGAACAUGUUUCGGAUGCGAAGCCGUUCUCGCUGUUCUUUGUUUUUAAUUUGCUGCUCACAGGCUGUUCUGCUGGCCCAGGCAACCUAGUGAGAUUACAGGGGUUUCUCAAAGGCAUUGUUAAAAGGUUAGACUUCAGACAGUGGAACCCAUGUUGCUCAAAAUGUUGAGGUCUUCCUGGCUUUUAAAAGGUUUGUGUCCCUCAUACAUGGCAGCUCCUGGAAUGGAAAUGUUUCCUAUUCCCCUUUAACCCAUCCUAGGAAGCUCCCUUCCAGGAGACCUAUCUGCCUCUCUCGUGGGGACUGGGCCUUCAGGCCUGAGAUUCUCUGACGCUCAUGAACUCCAAACAAAGCAUUUGUCCCAUUUCAUUUCACUUUAUCAAAUCCUUUGCAAGAUUAAAUUACAAUUUUGAAGAAGGCAAGGACAGGUGGCCGAGGGGGAUUUGCCUUUGGCCUUGCUGUUUCCCAGCCACUUUCAGUGAUUUGUCCCUGUUUUCCAUGAUGAAUAUGUUCCCUCCUAUCUUGUGAAAUUAAUGUUAGCAUUCUUUUGUUACUACUUCUUAAUGCAUUUAUAUACAGUGGUUUGCAGUGUUAAAAUGCUACAGCAAAUAAAUGAUAUUUUAAAAAUGGACCGUUUGCCCGGGUUGAGAUGGUUUCAAAUGACUAAUUUUUAACUUGUAGGAGUUAUUCCACUGACGUUUCCGCAAACUUUGUUGCCAAUUUGAAAUGUGAUCAGUUCAGUAACUCCUGUUGCUCAUUGCUUUCUCAUUUGUUGGGUUUGAUCUGGGCUCUGAAUGUUGUCAUACGCGUUUUGCAGCUCUAAAAUGUGGAAUAAGCAGUUACUUUUCUGCAUGCAUAUUUCAUUUGAGGCAACAGAGCAUUUUAGGCUUUGUUGUUAAAAUCUCUCUUUCAUUAUUCAGAAAUGGGGGAAGGGAAAUGGGUAAUAAACAUUCAAAAAUUUACAAGGAUCUUCUGGGCACAAAAUAUCACAUAUAGUAGGAGCGGAUGAGAUUACAAAAGGUAGUUUAGUAUGGAAUAUUCACACUACCAUGAGAGCAUACAAUGAUCAUUGUUGUUGUAUUGAUAAAAACAUUAAAAAUAUUCCUGUGUAUUGCUGUAUUAAUGUACUUCAUGAUACUGUGUCUGUGUACAUUCAUUAUGGAAAUGAGCCUGGGAGCUUUAGGGUUGCAGGCUCUCUUUCUAUGGUACAACUACGAAAGGCAGAUCAGAAGCUUUUGCUUCUUCUUUUUUUGACAAACCACAGUUUACCAUUAUGAACUUGGAGAAUGUCUGGAUUUGGACAAACCAUGGUUAGUCUUAAUCAUGGUCCAUUAAAACAAUUUCCGUUUUAAUAGACCAUAACUAGAUUAGACACAGGGGUUUUUCUGCAGUUAUAGAGGUAUAAUUUCUGUUUUCUCCAGAUUUUUUAGCACACUGCCACAUGACAUUAUUAUUCAUCUAGUGUUCUGGAACAAAGACCACUUUUUUCUUCUGACCUACGAUUCUUAAUAGUUUCCAUUUGUGUACAAGUAUUGCCCCAGUUUUUGUGUGGAGGUAAGGUUGGUGAGCAUGGUUUGUGAAACAUCUGUUUCACUCCACUUCCUUAUGACGGUGCAAGCUGUCAGUUUGCGAGCUCAGUUCAGAGGAGAGAGAUUGCAGACUGAGAUGGUGAUAAUGAUUCAGAGUUUUGCCCAUGACAGCAAAAAUUAGCUGCGGACAAUAUUCCUCACAAUAACUAGGUUCACCAGACACAAUAGUUCCUCUUCUUAUCUGCUAUACUAUUAGAAUUCCAGAACACCGUGAAUUAAAUACAAAAAAAGAGCCACAAAAGUGAUAUUCCUUGGACAUGUUCAUAAUUCUGACAUUUACCAGAGGAAUAAGAGAGUACAUAAGAGGUGUGACUGGAGCCACAGAACUUUUUUCAGUUCAGGUACAACCUACUAUUGUAGAAAGAAAUUCUUUACUUGUACCUUUCUAAUAACAGCAACAUGUGGCCAAAGGUGCAGACUAUCGGCUACAAAUUCACUCUUAAAAACAUUGGACCAAACAGCAACUCGACCAGGCAUAGGCAAACUCGGCCCUUCAGAUGUUUUGGGACUAGAACUCCCAUGAUCCCUAGCUAACAGGAUCAGUGGGCAGGGAUGAUGGGAAUUGUAGUCCCAAAACAUCCGGAGGGCCGAGUUUGCCUAUACCUGAACUAGACCACCACAAAGAGUAAGUGCAGAAAGACCCACAAGUUCUCACAUUUCACUGAACUGCGCAGAAGUGAAAACAGAAGCAAAAACUUCCAAACUUUCCCUCCUGGUUGUGCCUGAGGAGUAAAAGGAAGGGGGCAUGCCCUAUUCCAAGGCUUACUUAGACUUGCUCCCAUAACCAUUCAAUAUAGUUUAUUGUUUCAUCUGAAUGCAGCUGUUGCAUAUUAAAAAGUGUUUAAUUUACUUGGCAUGCUGGUAGAUGGGAAUUCAGAACACCAGGUUGGCAAAGACUGCUCCAAACAAAUGGAUUUAUAUGCACCUUUUAGUAUUCUGUCCAUAAUGGCAGUUCAGCUCACAGCCCAUUUAGACUGAAUUAGCUGCACUCAAUCUGGAAGCCCAGUGGGGCAGCCAUCUUAAACCCAAGUGACCCCAGUCUGCUUGGGUUGGGAUUUUUUUUUUCCAAAAUUUGUUUUAUUAGUUUUCCAAAUUUAUAACAAACAAAUAGAAAGAAAACAUCAAAAAACAAACAAACAUUUAUCCUAACUGUAAUAAUUCCACUUUUGUUAACAUUGUUGGGUGACUUCCUCGAGUCCCCCUGGCUGAGUUUCCAUAUAAAUCAUUGUAGCAGUUUUCCAAAACUAUUUUCACAUAAAAUUUACUUUGUUGGGAUUUUGGCCUGCUGUUAGCAUGUUAAAGUUGCUGCUUUUGUCACUGUCCUCUCAUUUGACGAAGGAGAAAAAAUACACUGUUAUAUAUUCUGGGCCUUGUUUCUGAACAGGACAGCUGGGAAAUUGUAGAAGGACUACGGGGAGCCAUGAAUUACACGCAGGAACCACCGAAACAGGAAGGCUACCUGCUGAAAAAGAGGAAAUGGCCUCUGAAAGGUUGGCACAAGGUGAGGACAUCUGUCAUUGUUGUUUGUUCCCAUUAACAUUUAAGUCUCUUAGUCUGGUGCCCUUGUUGAAAGGCUGGGUGAAGGAGUAUUACAGCUCCUCAAGGAACAGUCGCACUGUCUUACGCUUCCUAACUAAAAGAGUUUUCUUUGCAUUACAGAGAUGCUUCUUUCUGGAUAAAGGGAUUUUGAAGUAUGCAAAGAGCCCAGCUGACGUAAGUACCUCAAAGACACAUUGUGCAAACGUUGCGUGAAUUAAUUUGAUGUCUGCUUAGGUUUUUGUGAAAGAAAUCAGUGAUUGUUUGAAAGGAUAUCAGUAGGCAGAAAGAGGUAAUCCUGAAAGUCGGGGUUUUUUUGUGGGGUUUUUUUGCUGUCCUCUCCCUGAAUUGAAAUAGUUAUUUUUAAUGACUCUUGACAGAUAGCGCGAGGGAAGCUGCAUGGGUGUAUAGACGUUGGGCUUUCGGUGAUGUCUGUGAAGAAGUCAACAAAAUGUAUAGAUUUGGAUACAGAAGAGCACAUUUAUCAUUUAAAGGUAAUCCUGUUGUUAAGUAAUAUCAGAGUGUCGUUCUGGUGCUGGAAAAGAUUGCAUUCAACCUAGAGAUCUCCAUCUGUUUCCCCAGAAUCCUGUUGAAUUUGCUAUAUUUUGCCCUAUUUUGCCCAGUUCGCUUAAAAUGCAAUCUUACUCUCAACUUGCUGCAAGGUCAUAUCUUACUCUAAGCUUGAACCGAAGGUGUCGUAUAUGGCUUUGAAAGCAAUAGUUUAACUUGAAUUCCCACACAUGGGAAGAAAGUUUGAAGAACAGCAUAGUUUUAACUACUUAAUAUUAUUUUGAUGCUUAAUAUACAUUUUAAGUAUGUAAUAGUGCCAAAGAUAUAUUAUUAAUAGGCUAAAGCUUAUUAUAUGCUUUUCAGUGUGAACGAUCGUGAUUUUGCAUGUUAAUAUCAAAGGAUGUUAUAUAUCAAAGGAUAUGGGCAUAGUGUAGUCUGCUGCAGCACGGUGCGUCAAAAAAUCAGAGUUACACAAGAUCUGCUUUUAAUCUUCGGAGGGGUGAUUGGACUGAGUGAACUAGAACCUCUUUUGCCUGUCAGUAAUAUGUGUGUAGCUAAGGGAAAUCACGCUUCUGCAGUUGCCACUGCUGUUUUCCCAUGGUGUUCAGUACUCUGCUUUCAAAGAUACAUAUACAGUUUAACUUUAUGUUAUCAAUUUUUAGCUGUAGGGUAUUUCUUAAAAGCCUUUUGAUCAGAGCAACCCUGGGGGAUAGAAGCUGAAGCUGGAAUUUGUAUUUAGCGUUGGCUCCAGAUGAACCCACAGAAAAGGAAUAAUGAUUUGAAGUGGAGCCGCAACUGAGUCACAAGCCAUAGAAGACAAAAUUGGCUGAUGGGGGGUGCAUAUAAGAAACUCUGCCUUAAGACAGACAUUGAUUUGUUUUUGUUUUAUGCGUGACUAGAGUGUGAUGUAUUUAAUAUGUUUUAAAUCAUUAUAAACAUGAGUCUGACCAAACUGCGGGAGGCAGUGGAAGAUAGGAGUGCCUGGCGUGCUCUGGUCCAUGGGGUCACGAAGAGUCGGACACGACUAAACGACUAAACAACAACAACAACAAACUUAUAUAAUUAAGUUGGACUUGGGAUCCAAAUUGCUGCCCGGGAACUUCAGACUCUAACUUCGGUUCAAAGAAUUUGUGUUGAUCAGUACAGAAUACAACUUGCAUAUAUGGCAAACUCAAAAAGAAAUGCAAUAGGAGCUGAGUAUUAUUGUGCAGAAUCCGUUGCUACUUUAACUUUGGUUUGCUGGUCUGAUUGGUUAUUUGGAACAGGACAGGCUGCCCAUGGUCUCUGUGUCACCCUUUGGUUUUUACACUUAGCCUAUAGCUUUCCCUUUGUUCUGUAGAUGCCUGGGCCAGGCCCUGUUUGCUACCAUAGAGCACUGUGUUCGCUGCCUUUCGUCCUUCCUGCAGCUCAGCAUCCCCUGCAUCACUAGGUUGAGAAGUAGAAACAAGUUACCAGGACCUCACUAGGAUAAUUCCCUUCCAUCUACUGCAGCAAAACCUCCUCUGUCAUUCGGUUCAAAGGAGUGGUGUAGGAAGACUGGUGUUGCACUCAUGUCCUGUUUCUGGCCGCUGUGAGAACAGAAUGCUAGACUAGUUGGGCCUUGCUAGGUGUGGCCCAGCAGGUUGCUUCCUAUGUAGGUUUACCAGGUGGCAAAGCAGUCCUGGACUGCAGAAUUAUUCAUUUAGUAAGGACUUUGAACCAAUUGAGGGGAGAUAAAUGAGCUCUUUCAUCCCACUUAUGCUGGGUAGUAGUAAUGUGGAAAAAUAUAACUCUUGUUUUUAUAACUCUUGUUUUCCUCUAGGCAAAAUCUCAGGAAGUCUUUGAUGAAUGGGUAGCAAAGCUACGCCAUCAUAGAAUGUAUCGUCAAAAUGAAAUUUCCAUGUUUCCGCAUGACAUCAACAACCAUUUCUUUCCAGCAUCAGCUUCUGUUACAGACUCCGUAACUGGCUUUCUGGAAUCCACGGCAAGCAGAAAGGUAGAAACCGCAGGAAUGACAUGAUGGGCUUCCCUUGGGGCUUAAUUUGGUCUGACCUCUGUGUGCAGAAUAAAACAAGGAAUAGAGCUGAUAUUUGAGGAAUAAACGCAAUAUGUUCCUUUCAAAAAACCACUGUAGUGCUCAUUCUUUUUCCAGUACCAGUGGAGGUAAAGAAUGAAUGUCAACAAAAGUUGAGUGUUUUGUGACGAUUUGGGAAUUUGGUGGCUUCAAAAUAAAACGUAAAGAAAUCAAAACAAAGCUUCAUCCAAGUCAAUUGAUACUAAGCAGCACAGUUUACGUUUACAUUAACUGAAGAAAGGGCCACUUUUCAUGCUCUCUUUAUGUGCUGUGUGACCUGAUGAGUAUUUAUAUGGAUAAGCAACAUGGUGCCCUUCAGAUAUUGUCAGACUACAACUCCCAUCAUCCCUUCCCAUUGUCCUAGCUGAUUGAAACUGAUGAGAGUUGGAGUGCAGAACAUCUGGAACACACCAAUUUGGCUAGCCUUGUUCUGUGAUGUUUGGUAGGCUACAAAGUGCACUAUAGCCCAUCUCAUUCUUGUUGUUCACUUUCCUCACUUCCUGUUGUUCCUGGCAACAACCUGGUCAUUUAGGUAGAGAAACUGUCUUCACCAGGGCUGUCCAGUUGACUUCCUGACAGACCAUGGAUUUUCUUUGCCCAAAUGUCCAUAAUAGCCUGAUGGCCAUUGACAGGAAAUGUCAAUGGUGAAGCAGUUGGGAAGUAUUUGCAUUUUUGGCUUGUGGAACUGACAGCAUUAAUGGGUCUUUAUUAGUAUGUAAGAAUUUAGCUUGAAAUUCAGUAAUUUUAGUGGGACAGGGCCUCUGAGUGUACUUUAUCUUUCAGCCAACCUGCAGACUAGCAGUGGUGCAGGUUGAGUUUUACUUCAGGGAUGGAGAACCUGUGGCUGCCCAGGUGUUGGACUCCAACUCCCAUCAGCCCCCGCCCCAGGUUUCCCAUUCCUGCUUUAAUAUUUGGGGAAAUUGCUUUUGCAAAGCCUUUCACGCCUGAAGUUAAAUAUCUGUACUUGCUUUUAAGUGUCAUUCACCGUAACAAACCAUGCAAAGUAUUUCUCCCCUUACUGGAAUAUUUUUUAUUGAUGAUGUAAUCCUGUUUCCACGCAACAGCGAGGCAGCAUGACUCAGCAGAAUUCAUUGCAGACUGGAAGUAGUUUGUCAUUCUCCUGCUCAAACAAUGACUCAAGGAUCCCACCUUGGCUGCAGUCUUCGGAGGAUAUGGAAAGAUGUUCAAAAGGUAACUUUUCUCUAGUAGAAAUUAAGUCUUCUAAGUUACUUAGCGUUUGCAGGACGUUCUUCAUGGUUCUCUGUCCUGAUGCAACAUCUGCCUUAAAGUCUCGGAAAGCAAUUUUUAAAGCAAGCGUUGACAAUAGACCAUGUGACUCUGAAGUUAGGGUUACUUCUCCUCCUCUGAGAGCCAGUGUGGUGUAGUGGUUAAGAGCGGUAGUCUCGUAAUCUGGGGGACCGGGUUCACGUCUCCGCUCCUCCACAUGCAGCUGCUGGGUGACCUUGGGCUAGUCACACUUCUCUGAAGUCUCUCAGCCACACUCACCCCACAGGGUGUUUGUUGUGGGGGAGGAAGGGAAAGGAGAAUGUUAGCCGCUUUGAGACUCCUGAAGGGGAUACGUGUUUAAAUACGUGUUUAAAAGGCGGGAUAUCAAAUCCAAACUCUUCUUCUCUCCAUUUCAAGAGCCUAUCACCUGCCUUGUCAAUUGCUUCAGCCUAUAAAAAGGACUGGACUCCAAAUAACAGGUGACUGAAGUUCAAAUGGAGAGUUUGAAAUAACUUGUUCCUAGGUGGGACAUAGAUGGGUGGUGGAAAGAUGUGUAAAGUGUGUGUGUGUGUGUGUGUGCACCCCCUGGAGUGAAAAUGGGGGUGGGGGGUUGGUUCCUUUACAGCCUUUGGGCUGGAGUUCCUUGGGCUAAAGGUGAUAUUGUCAGAGGUGUUACAAAACAUAAGUUAGGCACCAUAGCUAAUGAUCAGGGUUGGUGAGAACUGCAGAGCAAGAGGUGCCCCGACCCGGGUGUAAAUCAUUGUCCUAGCAUUAUGCUCCUGCUCACCCCAGCUGCAGGACUCCUCACUUCUUUUUUUAAAAACAAACAAGCUCUGUUUGCUGCUAGUGUCCUUUUUAGGCUAGGAAGGAAUGAGGAACGUGCGGUUGAGUACUCUCAGCAUGGGGAGAAAGGCAGAGAGGACGUGCAGGUGCAUAGGAACUGAAACUUGGUUUCAGAGCAGAUUAGGAACAUAGGCAGCAGCCUUAUAGUGAGUCAAGCCACGGAGCUACAGCCCUUCCUUGGUUUGAGAAGAACAGAUGGAGGACGAUUAGAAUGCCCCUGAAAAAAAGAUUUGUUCCAAAACACACUGAGCCUAAUAAAUCCUUUUCCUAUGUACUUUGGGGUAUACUCCAUUUUCCUUCCUGUGACUGGGGUCUUCCUCGCUUCUGAGUACUGCCAGCAUACUGGCAUCUUCUGUUAUGUGUUCCUCUCUGCUUUCCUACCCAAAACUCUCCCAGGAGCUCUCCUUGAGAAAGCAACUGGGUCAGGCAUGUGAGCUACCUUUAAAAUACCUUUUUCUCCUAGCCUCUGUUUUCUAAUGGAGUGUGUAUGGGUUUGUUUGGGGGUUUUUUGGUGUGGAUGGAGAGGGAGGGAGAAAUCCAACCGUUCAAGAAAGACUAGCCCCCAGAGCCUAGUUUAUGUGGAACAUCUUCUCCAGUCUUGUUUAUACCUCACUCAGUUUUACUGCUUCGGUUUUUGAUAGGGCUGUUUCAAGUCACAUUCUUGUAAGAGAGUGCUAACUUAGCUGUGUAUUAAGAAUUAGACAAUCUCAUCCAGUCCCUCGAGGAAGCUAAUAAUUACAAGGCGAAUAAUGCUUUAUGGUGCUAUUAGCCUAAAGAAAUGGAAUAAAGGAGGGCCAGGACUCCCUCUGAAGGCGGUGGACUCUCCUUCCUUGAAGGUUUUAAAGUAGAGGUUGGAUGGCCAUCUGUCAGGCAUGCUUAGCUGAGAUUCCUGCCUUAUGCUCAAAGAUGCUGCUUAAACCCUUUUCUCCCUGGAAACCUUAAUGCAACCUGUGAGGUGAGAGUGUGGUUGCUCACAAAGAUAACAGCCAGGACUCCGGCCUGUCUUUACAGGUUUUAUUGAGUGCAAAACUUAUGAACAGUGCAGAAGUCCAAAAACCAUGUCUGCCUUAAUCGCUAACAGAUUCCGGAAGUGCCUUCUUCCUGUUUGCCCUCCAGCAUAAAAGCCCGGGUAAACCUCCUCUUUUCCUUACGUGAAAUUCCCUGGCGAAAACUAUGCGACAGAAGAGGCACAUCCACUUCCCUGGGAGUAGUGUCCCUCCGCCUGACUGAGCCUUUGCCUCGUCCCCCCCUUUUGUCAUCCGUGUCUCCUGAAGGCUCCCCCUCCCCAGACUCUGACAAAAUGCAGCUGCUCAACAGAGGAGGAGGCUGUCUGUACGUUCCUGUCUCUCCCCCCUCCCCUGAACGCAGACCCCUGACACAGCCCUUUUAAACAUGGAUCAUAUAUUUCAUAGGUGGUACGUUUUUGCUCCACUGUUUUGUGUGUGCUAAAAUCCUACCCGCCUAUUCGUAAGCUUCACUUUUAAUAGCUGUUUCAACAAAUCCUGGGCGAGUAACCACAGAAUCAGAAUGUAACUGACAGCCAGACACAUCCCUCAUAAUCUUCUGAAUUACCUAGUAAUCAGUUACCAUUAGAGUUCUGCUGAAAGAUACUUUGUGCAUACACUAGAUAAAUGGAGGGGUAGGUAACCUCUUCCUCCCCUCCCCUCCCCCUCUCUUUUACAAAGCACUGAAAAUCGUUUCUUUCUUCCCAACAGACCUCUCCCACUGUCAUAACUAUCUGCUGGAAAUGAGCCAGCUUCUGCAAAGCAUGGAAGUUCUCCACAGGACAUACUCAGCGCCCGCCAUAAAUGCCAUGCAGGUUAGUUGUGGAAAUUGCUACCUCUGUUCGGUCAUGCUGCUAGCUCGUGUCAGCUUUCUUCCUAGAUUUGUGAUAAAUGCCGUUCUUCUCUUUCCCGUGUGCUGUUCUAAAGGGCAUCCCCUUUGAAAGUCCUAAAAAGGAAAAAAGAACACACAGGAGGUGGCGUUCCCGAGGUCUUAGUAAAGAUGCGAAAGGAAUGUUGCAGGUAACCAGCCUCUCUUCACCCAUCCCCUUCCAGGCUUAUCCUAAAAAUGUAGUGUGGAUGAUCUGGUGAAAACUCAUUUUCUCCAAUAUAAUUGAUGGUCUUAGUAAUUGCUCUCGGUGACAGAUGGUGAUUCCGUUCUGCUGGUGUGAUAUAAGCAGAGGGUGCUGCAUUCACUAAUCUAUUGAGCCUUUCGUUCGCUGAACUUUUGACAGCAUAAUAAAUAACAUUUAUAUCCAAGAUUGGCUCCAUCCAUCUGGAGAAUGCACAUUUAUUUGGGUUGCUGAGUUUACAGGGGGCUGCAGAAGGGUGAAAGGGGUAGCGCAGUCGUAAGAGUACACAAUUUGCAUGCAUAGUAUCUCACGCCAAUGCCAAGCAUUUCCCAUUAAAGAAUAUCUGGUAGUGGUUUCUUAAGCCUUAGAAAGCUGUAUUCAUUUUGGGGUAGGGGAACUAGGCUAGUAUUGGUCUGACGCAGAUGAGGGUAGGGUUGUCAUGCUGGUCAAUUGAUUGGUCAAAUACGAUUAAUUGGCUGCAGUCAAACAUGUUAGGAGCACCCUGAGUGACUAACAGCUUUCUGUUGCAUCCCAGUGUCAUCUGACAGCAAUACAAACAGUGAGAGUCCCUUGCUGUGGAGCCCUGAAGGAAUCAGGGCUGCGCAUGCGAGUCCACUCCUCACUUUUUGGAACAACUGUUCCUUGACUUCCUGCCUUCUCCCUCACUUUUGAGCAGCAUGAGCGAGCUUCUCCUACUAGUCACAUAUUGUAACCACAGCCAUAUUUGAACAGGAACUCAUGCUUCAGGAUGGGAAGCAUCAAGGAAACAUACACAAACAGUCCUCAUGGAAGAGACACUGGUCUAAGCUUACCGGCUAGCCAGAAACUGACCCUGUAGCACAGGGAUGAAGAAACCUUUUCAGGCCAAGAUCCUCAUCACCCCAUGGCAGUCUGUUGGGGGAAGAGGACAUUCCAGUAGCAGGUGGGACCAGACCCACACACCAUUGCACAACAAUAGAUCUGUUUUUAUUAUCUAAACUUCACUAUCAUUAGGUCUUUCGAGAAUCCACUGCUUAUAUUUCAAAUCCUGCCCGCAACUUCAUGUCUGGGUGAUACUUUGAUAGAUAGUCCCAAUUCCUCCUUAGUCAUGAUGUCCUCUUAGUUUGGCAGUUAAUUUUGCCGUUUCAGCCUAGUCCAUCAGUUUCAUAAGCCAUUAUUCCUUUGAAUUGUUUGCAUUUCCUGUGGGGAGGAAGGGCUUCGAGUGUUCUUUCAUAGUGCUCUAUAAAGCUUCUGGGAGGUCCCCUAGUUCUUUGGGCAACUAGCAAAUUCUCUUUAUAGCAUACGUGUUUAAAUGCUUGUCUAUUAUUUGGCCAGUCAAUUGACCAAGUUUUAUGUUUUUGUUUCAUUUUUUUUAUGUUCUUGACCGGUCAAAUACCACCCCCCUAAUAUACUGGCCAAUGCGCUUUCUGCCAUGUCCGUACUCCAGCCUAGCAAUCCCACCACCCCUUACCUUUUCCUUCCCCAUACCUCCAAUCCUCUGAAUUCAGCAAGGCAUUUAAUGAGGAGCAUGAGCACAUCCUUUCAGGUGAGUGAUUGACAACUUCCUCCGCAGCUUAGGUGGGGACUUUCUGAAAGAGAGCAGGAAGCUUGAAUAAAGCUAGGAAAGGAGACAGUUUAACUGGGGGGGGGGGGGUUUGCAUAGAUUGACAGAGGAGGGGAGGAUUGAAUCCUGGACCAGAAAAGAGAGUUGAAUGGUGUACUCUGUAAUCACCUUUUAACCACGAGUUAAUUGACAUUUGUGAUGGGUAUUGGCAUGGCCUCAAAUUAACCUCAGGUCCCCCCCCCCCCCAUGCACAAGCAAAUCCCACAGUACUUACAUUUAUUUAAUGUUGUUUUUGCUAAGAAUAUAACAUUUGGGCUUUCAUGGGGUUCUUUUGCAAAGAGUCUGUAAAGAACAUAGAAAGGAUCGCAUUAGGCCCAAGCACAUGGCUUGGCAUUUCAUGUUUCAAUUGUAAGCUGCUGUGGGCAUCUGCUUGUGAAGUGGGGAAUAAAUUUUGUUAAAUCAAGAAAUAAGGAGAAGGGAAGGAAGAGCUCAAGGGGUGGUAAAUAAGUAGUGAGGUUAAGUAAAGGGGAAAGCGAGGCGUGGUAUAGCCGUCGUUCCCAGUGAUACUGGGAUUGUUCAACCAUGGUUUUGCUUGAAAAUGUGGGUAUUGAGGGAGGAGAAAGUGAUGGUGUUCAAGGAAUAAGGAAGUUCCCAGGCAAAGGAGGCAGAAGGAAAUUGUUGGCAAAUGACUCUGGGUAGACUAGAGUGAGCAAGUGAAGGAACUAUAAUUGUGAAUAGGGAGCAGGAGAGUUUUCAGGGUGAGGUCUAGGGAAGGAAACUGGAGCAGAGGGUUCAGGAUAGAGGGGAUAACUUAAUGGGAAGAGAGGAGCUCAGCAUCGAUUUUCUGAGCAAUCUGAAGUGAGAAGAGAAACAGCAGGAAGGAAAGCUUCAAUGCGGAAGGUGCAGAGAUGAAGAGCACCACUUGAAAUGCUCAAGCGAAACUUCAAAACCCUUAACUAAGGGUUUGGGUAAGCUACAAGGACAAAUCUGUGGCGUAAAAUGUGGGUGCAGUAGGGGACGGGGGGUUCUUCUGGUUUGCAAGUGGCAAUGGUCUGCUUCAGAUCAAUGUCUUUCCCUUCCUUUCUGAAUCUUGAAUGUAAGUUGCUGGCAACCUGGAACCUUUUGUACUAAUAUCGCACCGCCGGUGUGUGCUCCUUAUAGGUACCAACUGUUCUUUCUGCUCCAUUGAGACUGCAUGCUUCCAACCCCAAUUUAUCCACAUUAGAUUUUGGCGAAGAGAAAAUUUACUCUAAUGGUUCCGAAACAACAUCGGAAUUCUCUAAAAUGCAAGAGGACUUGUGUCACAUAGCACACAAAGGUAAAUGGGACAAUUUUUUUUAAAAAAACCCAACAACAUGGAAGUUAGUGGUGGGGUUUGUGAGAAAUCCAGUAAAAAAGUGAUGUGCAGUUAAUGUUGUAAGAAUUCAGUUGCUUUUAAAAUGCCUCUUGCACAAUGAAAGAGUUAUCGAAGUAUGGCAUUGUGAUUUGAGCUUUGGACCUUCUUUUGAACAGCUUGAACCAGACUAAUUACUGUUUCUUUCAGUCUUAUCUGAAUUAAUGCAUAACUUUAUGUGCACAUAUUAAGGAGGCAUCUAGAAAAGAACGCUCAGGUCCGUUUUGCAAACCCUCCCCAUUCAUCAUCAUUCUCUGAAGCUGGCCCUCAUCCAACACCCCUCAUGAAUAUUUGUGGCAAUCUAAUCCAUUUUUGAACUGUUUAUGUAAGUCUAGGGAAUCUUCUAGCCUGAAGAUCAGUUGUGAAAGCCUUUAUCUGAAAAUGCAGCUGCAUAUUGCAUCUGGUUUAUGUGUACAGAUGUUGAACGUAGCUUCCUGAAUUUUAGAGUUGGCAUUUGUGAUGUAAGGGGGUUGCUAUGGUAGUAACCUAUUUUUAGUGGAUGCCGAAGAGAGGGGGGGAAAUCAUUUUAAGGCGCUAUGAGGCCAGCUCAAGCUGGCACUAGUCAGCCCUUUUGCGAGAUUAAUAAAUAAACCAGCAGCUCACACGUUAUUAGUAUGUCUGCUAAAUCGUACCAUCUGUAUUCAUUUUAACAGUGUUCUAGUUGAAAAGGGAAAGGGAACCUUGGAAAUGACAGAGAUAAUUAUUCAAGUCUUUUAUAAAAAGGAUUUUAAAAAAACAACACCAUUUCAUUAAUCACAGAAAAUAUUCCGCAACCUUUUCCACCUCACACCAUCUUUUUUGUAGGUAAAACUCUGGCUUUUUGAAGCUGCUUUAAAUCCCCAUGUUGCUUUGUAUGAUUAAAUCCAUUAUUUAGUUCAGUCUUUGCUCAGGGUUAGGUGGUGAAGCUGUGUUUGUGCAGAAUCACAGAACUGUAGAGUUGGAAGGGACCCCCAAGGAUCAUCAAGUCCAACUCCCUGCAGUGCAGGAAUAUUUCCCCCCAACAUGGGACUCAGAACCACCACCUAGAGAUCGAGAGUCUCAUGCUCUACCAAUUGAGCUAUCCCGGCAUAGGGGAACAUGGGUGGCGCUGUGGUCUAAACCACUGAGCCUCUCGGGCUUGCCGAUUGGAAGGUUGGUGGUUCAAAUCCUCGCAACGGAGUGAGCUCCCAUUGCUCUGCCCCAGCUCCUGCCAACCUAGAAGUUUGAAAGCAUGCCAGUGCAAGUAGAAAAAUAGGUACCACUGUGGCAGGAAGGUAAACGGCGUUUCUGUGCGCUCUAGUUUCGGUCAUGGUGUUCCGUUGCACGAGAAGCAGUUUAAUCAUGUUGGCCACAUGACCCAGAAAGCUGUCUGUGGACAAACGCCGGCUCCCUCGGCCUGAAAGCGAGAUGAUUGUCGCACCUCAUAGUCGCCUUUGGCUGGACUUAACCGUCCAGGGGUCCUUUACCUUUACUUGUCAUCAGCAUAAUGAUGAAAUACUUAAUUAUGCACCCAGAGAAGCCAUGCCUCAGAGGUAUCUUGGUUCCUCCUGCCGCCAUCCCUCCCUGUAUCGUCGUUAGUAUACAUUUGUAGUCUGUCCCUCUUACAAAGGAUUCAGGUUAACACAUUCAUAUAAGGACUGAAACUGUGACCUAGAGCCCUGUAGCUGUCAUUACAUGGUGACUUUGAACAUUGACUUCAGCUGGGAAAAGUGCCCAAUGACGAGGUUACAAUUAAGCAGUGGGUAGUUACGUCACGCAGGUCCACCAUUAGCUGGUGUUACAUAUUUCCUGGUAUCUUGCAGUGAUAACAUGUCAAGUUAUUUUUUGCUCAAGGCUGCAGAUGUACAUAACAUGAAAAUAACUAACCUAACCCUGAGCUUUGCAUUCCUUACUUGCUGUUCAUUUGUAUUCUGUUGUUUAGAAAAGGAAGGCACCAAAGAUCAGUGCUCUUUAAACUCAUUUCCGUUUAGGUGCUUAUUGCUUUUUAUAUUGCUGAGAAGCAGCCUGGUGCAGCAGUUUGUGUUGGACCUAGGCUCCAAUCCCCACUCGGCUGCGAUAUCUCAGCUUAACCCUAUCCCACAGAGGAUAGAGUGGGAUAACUCCAAAUAUAGUGCCAAAUACAGAUACAAAAGUUAUUAGAUCAGUAGAGAAGCCUUGCAAACAAGCCCAGAAAAGUUACUAAGCUGCAGGGCUUCUAGUAGCCUGCUAAGAAGCCUCGUGCCUAGUGGUGUGUCAGGGGAAGCAGGCCUCUGUAAAUCAGUUGCUGGGAUUCACAAGGGGUGAAAGCACUGUUGCACCCAGGUCCUGCUUCCAGGCUUCCCAUAGGCUGUCAUCUUGUGCUGGACUAGAUGGGCCUUUGGUCUGAUCCAGCAGAGAGAGCUCUUCUCAUGCUCUGAGGUUUUUUAAUUGUGGGUUUCCCGCUGUUUUGAAAAUUGUGCAAAGCAGCAAGAUAAAUGAAUAGUAGAUUGCAUUUCCAUACUGUCCAUAGAAGACGGAAAACCAUCUCUUCUCUAGCCAGCAUGGAAACUUGAGCUACCAAUUGCUCAGGCAAAGGAGGGAUGGAUUGCUCUGUCUCUUGUGUCAGCUCUUGCAUUUCCCUAUUGACCACCGAGGGAACAGGCUGGUGGGCUGGAGCGAUCUGUUGCUUCUCUGCCAGCCUGCUCACUCACCUGCAUGAAAUUCAUUAAAGCUGCCAAGUGAGUAAUUAAAUACAAGGCUUAUCUGGUCAUGAGCAAAUAAUCAUAAUCAUUGCCCACAGUUGCAUUACAUUGUGGAUUUGGUGUGUGUGUGUUUAUUUUAUGAAUCUGUAUUUCCCCAACCCCUUUUACAUUAAAAUCUUGCAAAGCACUUUGCUUUGUAUUUAUGAAAUCAGCAACAGAAAUGUUUUCAUUUUCACUGUUUGCCGUGCUGUGUUUGUCUCUCCAGCUGCUCUUCUGCACACAUUUUGCCCUUGUGUCGUUUCUGUAACUUUGACUAUUUUCUAUAGUGUACUUCACCUUAAAGUCGGCUUUCAGUACGAUCUCGACGGAGAGAGAGAAGCUGCAGCAGAUGUUUGAACAUGAUUCAGCCUCAUCUCCAUCUGCGCAAAUAGCUGGACUGAAGAAUGCCUUAUCAUCUGUAAGUGACCCAUAUCGAUUGCUCUGAUGUUCAGAGGCAUGCCUCAUAAAUCACUUGCUUAUCUCGUCUUGGUUUGAUCUUUGCCUGUGUUUACAACUCACUGAAAUGAGACCGAUGGAAUGCCAUCGAAUGCAUGAGGCGCCUUUCGUGUCCUGAACCUUUUGAUGUGUGCAUAUUCAUUUCUUUCGGUCAUGAGUUGUCCAUCAUUGGAAUGCCAGGUUGCAUAUGAACAACGUUGUAUGUCUAAGGGGUGUUCAAAGGAGACACGAUGUUUGUCUGUGUGCUGCACAUACAUAUUUAUGUUGCAAAUCCCUAAACCAACCUUCCCCAACUUGGGGUCCUUGAGAUAUUUUGGACCAUAAAUCAUGCUGGCACAGCUAAUAGUUGAGGAUCAUGGGAGUUGUGGUCCAAAACAACUUGAGGGUACCUGGUUGGGAAAGACUCCUCUACACAUCGUGUGAGCAGGUCUUGCAUCUUCAGCAAUGUUGCGUCCCAAGUGCUUUCCUUUUUCCUCAUGGGAAUGAACGAUAGCCUUUCUGCUACAUGGCGGAAUGAGAAGUAGAGUAGUUGAAAGCAACAAUAAGGGCUACUUGAGACAUGAAUCUGAUUAUGUCCAGAGUGUGUUCCCAACACGCUCUGAUUUUAGCCCUUUUUUCUUUGCUUUAUAUAGUUCAUUGAGAGAUACUGAGAACUAUCUGCAUAGCUCUGGUGUGUGCUCUGCUUCUUGGCUGAGUCUGCUAUUUUUCUGGGCCAUGGGAUCAGGUGACAGAACUCAAGGCAGCUUUGUAAUACACAGAGAGAUUUUUGGGGGGUUAAAGUAGACGAAACCAAGUAUGUCCAUUGUUGGAAUCCGUCUGUCUCGAGAGACAUUGGACUUCACCUCCAGGGGUGAGGUUAAACUGCUGGAGAAUCACAGCGCCUGUUGUGGCUGCAGAGACUAGUUACUCAUAACUGCUGCUUCCAGCAUUGUUUUUGCUGUGUUAGCAGCACUGAAGUGAGCACAUGCCUGGGCAGAGUGUAUGGAGGUCCUGGGCUGUCCAGAUGGCAAGACACACACCCCUCCCCAGCCUCGCUUGUGGGCCAAAGGAAAGCAGAGCAAUACAUUUGGCAUCAACUUGGCUAUAGGAGUUGGAAGAAGGAGACGCACAAGGCACCAUCCAACCGUCUUAGGGACUUCACUCUAGAUUUGUGUAGGGUUUACUCCUUAACCCUUUUGUCUCCCCAAAAUAUCCCACAAGGCAAUGGGUAGGGAUUUUUCCUUGGGGUUUGCUCCCAAAGCCUUUCUCACCAAUGAGUAUAGCUGCAAAGCAAGUCGAGGUUUAGGUUCGGAGUUCUCCUUCUCCUCCCUGACACCAGGUGUAUCAGUGAUGGAUUUCUCAGCAUUAGUUUCUUACUUGACAGAUGUAGUUCGGCAAUAGGGCCCAUGACCAAGAUGGGUAGUGGGCUCUUGCUCACUCUUCCACAGUCUUCAUGCAGAGGCUGGAUUAUGGAGGAUACGCAAACUCUGGAUUUUCUGCAUUGAGCACUAGAGGCCCCCUAUAACUCAAAAGACUCUAGGCAAGCAAUAUGUGGGCAUUGUAUAAAUAUUAAUAAACUUGCUCAGUACCUAUAAAGUAGUUUUUAGAAAUUGUGGGGAAUUAGUCAACAACAGAUUAAACUGAGUAUUUCUCAAAGUCCAUGUAGGUGUAGUUCAUUUUUAAAAUAAUAAUAUAAUAAUAAUUUAUUAUUUAUACCCUGCCCAUCUGGCUGGGUUUCCCCAGCCACUCUGGGUGGCUUCCAACCGAAUAUUAAAAACAAUACAGCAUCAGACAUUAAAAACUUCCCUAAACAGUUGUCUUUUAAAAGUAAAAUAGUUGUUUAUUGCCUUGACAUCUGCUGGGAGGGCGUUCCACAGGGCAGAUUCCACUACUGAGAAGGCCCUCUGCCUGGUUCCCUGUAACCUCACUUCUCGCAACGAGGGAACUGCCAGAAGGCCCUCAGCACUGGACCUCACUGGAUGAUGGGGGUGGAGACGCUCCUUCAGGUAUACAGGACCGAGGCCAUUUAGGGCUUUAAAAGGCUGUUUUACUUUUAUUGUGAAUUUUUUUAGUAUGUGCCGUGUCUGCAAUGCUAUGUGUGGGUAGAAUGCAUUUCACACUAUCUUUCUUUUUGUGAUAACAAAAUCGCUAUCUUUCUUUUUGUGAUAACAAAAUCAGGCAAGGUUUUUGCUAACUUGAUGCUACUGCCGCUAAACAAGCUGGAGCUUAAAAACCGGAUUACUCUUCUUCCUUGGAUGCUCUAUGACAUUCCAGCAUUCACCUGCUCUCCUUGCUCUGUUCUCUUGGCAAACCUACGAUGUUGGCUUACAGCUUAGGUCCUGCGUUGGAAACCAGCCUGAGACCUGGGGAAUAUGAGAAGAUGACUUACCGUUUUAUGUAUUUUUAUUACGUGCGUGGCUUUCUUCCCAGGAGGCAUCUCGAAGUGAUUAGCAGUGAAGUUUGGCUUCAGAAUACCUUCUGCUUGGGCUGCCUGUGAUGUGAGUCAUCAGGUUAAGGGUUGUUAGCUUUGACAGGGGAAAGAACGGCAUCUGCUGCUCUCCUAGGUUAGAACAUAUGGCAUGCACUUGUAGUUGGAAGGCAGGAAUGAAUCAAGGACCGGUUAACUUGACAGAAAUGCAUAUUCAGCUGGAGUAGAUGCAGAGUGGCAGCUACUGCUCAUUUGGUAGUUGCUUUCUGAACACUUUUAAGGUUGCAAGCAUUUGGAUUUAUCUGCACCUUAGGCCUCUGCAUGGAGCAGGAUGAACUGGUAGGAUCCUGUAGAUCCAGCUUGAAGGGGGUGGGCCCUUUUUCAUGCUCCCCUUAGGUAUGUCAUUGAAGCAAAUAAAAAAACCAAGUACAUCAGGAAAAGGGGUUCUAGACCAGUCCUCUAGUUUUCUGCUGGCUUGUAUAUGGUUGUGCAGAGAAGAAGAACAUUUUUUAAAAGAUAGCACUCCCUAUCUGAAAGGAUGCUGUCCAUCUACCACUUCAUGACUCUUAUUCCCUCUUUAUGCUGCCGCAUUUAUAGGCCAGGCAUGAAUCGGAGAGCAUCACUUCCUAGCACUAGUUCAAGUUCAGUUUCUUAGCCAUUUUAGCCACUGACUUUUGUAAAGAUGGAUGAGAAAACGGCAACAAGCAACAUUAAAAUUUUACUCGCUUUCUAGAAUAAAAACAGCCAUAGAGUGCAUAAAAGUGUUACUGUAUGUACAGGAAGAUUACUGUUCUCCAAAGGUCCCACGAAAUGGAGUUAUAAAAUCAUUUAAAAACACAGUACUAUUAAAUUCACGGCACAGUAAUCGUGCACUAAUGCUGCGUCCCGUUUGUCUGGCUUAAAUAUUCUGCAUCCUGCAGCUCUUGAUUGCUGUACACUCUUGUUCUGGAUACAAUACCUUGGCUUUUGUGAAGAGCUUUAAAAAUGUGUUCGGGGAUUUUUCCUAGAAUAAAAACUCAGGCUGAGUGCCAAACUAUUCAGCCAUAUUUUACGGAACUCUGUUGGAAGUACAACCUUUCAGCUGCCUGUUUCUCCUUUCAGCUCUGCCCAGCCUUGGCAAGCUGGUAUUUGUGCCUGAACCAGCAAAAUGCACAGGGGUUGUCAGUGGCAGAUGGUUUCUCCCCCCAAAGCAGGAAUGCUGCAAGUCCCACACAGACUUCUUAAGAAACUUCUUUCUGCUCCGUCUUAUCAAAAGCCUCUCUACUAAAAUCUCCACCCAUAGGUAGAUUCUAUCAGCCAUAAUAACUAAAUUGAGCUUCCAAGAUCAGGGGCAUUAUGUCUGCAGAGAGGAGCAACAGUGAGCGUGGAACUAGAUAUGAUUUGCCUAGGCCCUAGGACAACUAGUGAUGUGAGGUGAGAAUAUUCUCCGGACAACAAAGCAGGCACAAGGCAUGGGUGGAUUUCGAACCCCGAGCAGUUAUCACUCUCUUCCCUGCCGUUUGUUGCUGUUGGACAUGCUCUGGAGUUAUUUCCUCUCUCCUGCGCCUUUCUGCGCAAGAAAAAUGAGUUCAGGCAGUGUUAUGAAGCAAUACUGCAGACAUUUUUUCCUGCAACACAUCAUGUAACUUAACCGAAUUCACAGCCACGAGGCACAGUGAUGAAGUCCUACCAGUAAAUGUUGUUUCAUACUACAUAUUUUUCCUGAAUGUUUUAACACUUGGUGUUUGGUGCUGUCUAUUUAAGACACUCGGUCAAGCAGAUUUCGUUGGUUUGCUUUUCUCUGUCCAAACAUAAUGGGAGGGAAGAUGAGCACCUUCCUUUUCUUUCUUAUCUCAGAAAAGAGUAUUGUAUUCUUCCUUCUCUUACUCUUUCACAAACAAAGUCUGCCAUUAUUGAGACAGUAGUAACUGGAAACCUUGCCAGAUACCUGUUGGUGCUGAUCCUGAACACUCUACCCUGCACACAAACAUACACACUCCUAUUCUCUCCUUUCUCCUUGGUUCAUAGUAGCUAUAGCUUGUCAGUGCGACCAGAUCAGUUACUGUAAACAAUGGUUUACCUCCGAAAUGGUUUGGGAGUCCAAAACAGGCCUUGGAAUACUGUUUCAAGCUGCUGAACGCGCCUUAUUGCAGCUUGUUUUUUGGCCAUGUAAACACAUGCAGACAGUGUUUGGUCUGACAAGUCACAGACAAGAAAUGGCCUUGAAACACCUGGAUGUAUUCCUAGAAGAAAUAUUGACUAUAGCUAAAAGUCUCCAGGAAAUGCUGUGGAGGAAGUGCUUGGCAAAAAAGGUGUAAACACGGUUGACCCUGCCAAAUGCCCCCAGGAAUGAGAGGAUACAAUUCAAAAGCAGUUAAUGAAAGUGGUCCUCUGGCAUUAUUCCCAGCCACAUAGGAAAGAUUUGAUGCCUGAUGAGAAAUGGAUGCUUGGAGUACCGGCGUAGGGAAGGAGACCCACCCCCCUUAACUACUGACUGGUUUCGAAGGCCGCAGAAGGAAGGGCUGUGAUUUUCUCAGGGAAAUGGAGUGUGUUGGGUUUCGUGUUGGGCGCUCAAUAAUUCUAAUACUCUGGUAAAUGUUAGGUGUACUUCGAGCUCUUUCUCCCCAAAGAACUAUCACAGUUCAGUAAAUAGAACUGGCACCAGCCAGGGAGCUAAAGUCCCUGUUUACUGCUGGACAGUUUUGACAGAUUUUAAAACAUAUUUUAAAUUGUGUGUGUCUGGGGGGCAGGGGCGGGUAUUGAUAGAAGAAUGCGGUAUCUUGAUUUACAAGUGUUAAAGGAGGGCUUCAGCAUUGCCUCCACAUUCAUAGCUUCUUGUUGACAUCUAAGGUUAUUAAAAGCCUGAAACAAUAAAUGCCAUGGCAUUUUCCUUUGCCGCUUCUUUAAUAGCAACAUCGAGUUCCUUUGAAAUUUCAUUCUGUAUAUGUAAAAGUGCCUAACGAUGGGACAUGAGAUAGAAUGGACGAAAGAGUAAAAUUUAUUAUCUUGAGAAGAGUAUGGAGCAUCUCCAACUAUCUCAAAAAUAAAAUAAAAUAUGGAGACAGGAUGGGGAUCCUCUGACCCGUGAGUAGAAUGCUUUCCACCCAGCCACCAGGACUCAACUCCCUUCGGGCUACUGAGAGAAAGGAAAAGCAGGGGCAUAAUAGUAGUAGUAGUAGUAGUAGUAGUAGUAAACCAGAUGUGGAUUGGGAAGCUGAGGUAGGUGAUAGAAGGGCUCUAAACCUUUCCUCUCUGCUAGGAUCUCAGUCCAGAUUAGGGGGGCCCCACGCCUGCGGAUUUGCAUUGUCAAAAAACAACCCCAUGAUGAAAGGGAUCCCACAGCUCAAUUCCCUUUUUGCCAAUGCAAGGCCUGGGGAUCAUUCUGGAUCUGUUAUGUGCACUGGUGGAAAAACUCCAAUUGCAGUGUGUGUAUUUUGUGUGUUUAGGUAAGUAGGUAUGAAGGUACAUGGAUGGCUAGUUGGAUGGAUGGAUGGAUGGAUAGAUGCACAGAGAGACAGACAGACAGAGAAUUGUGUGUGUGUGCAUAAAGGAGACUGAGUAGAUCAAGGAUUCCCAACCUUUUUUUGGCCAUGCCCCACUUAAACAUCUCUAAAAUCCUGAUUCCUACCCCCACCCCAGUGACAUAUAAUUCUUAUUAUUCAAAAAGUGAACUCCUAUUCACAUGGAGGAAGCCUAAAAGGCCAUUAACUGUUAAUAACUCAUUCUCAAAUUGCCCCCCUGUGGGGCGUGUGCCCCACGUUGGGAACCACAGGAGUAGAUGGUGGAUCAAGGGGGUGUUCUUGUUGAGACAGAUUGAUAGGGAUGGUGCUUGUGAAUGUGAGAGAUGCCCACAUUUGACUCCACCCUGGGAUCCAGCCCCUGACACAUUUCCCCUGAGCUAAGAUUAGUCUGUAGCUGAAUAUAGAUCAGACCACAUUAAUGGGCCAUUUAAGGUUGCCAGGUCCUAAACUGACCAACUUGAGAGCCCAGGGGAUUUUAGGACUACACAUUGGUUAAUAGCAUAGCUUGCAGCUGAAACAGGUUGGUUUUUUAAAAAAUUUAAUCUGUGGGGGAGGAGUGAUUUGCAUCAGGACUAGUGCCCAGGGAGAAAAGGUUUAACCCUUCUCUCCCCAGCCAGGACCCUGCCAAUGUGAUCCUGUUGUGGCAGUGAGUCUGAAGGGGAAAAGUCUUCCUAGUGCCAGUGGGAGUUUUUUCCAUUGCCUCUUGCAGCACAUGGGUCACUUUUCAUCAAGUAGGAUUAAACUUGACCUCCUCAUGCACUGGAGUACCAAUGAAAAUCCAGGGAUCGGGCUUAUUUUUAAAAACAACAACUUGAUAUUACAGUUAAGCUCCAAUCCUAAAGGGAACUGGUACCUUUUUAUCUAGAUGCAUUUGGGCUCGAAAUGACCCCUUAAAGAUCAGAGCAAAAGUCUUAAUUAACCAAUUUUUGCCUCACCUGAUUUUAUCAAUAAAGGAGGGGCAGACAUACACACUUGGAAAAUUCAGAUGUUUUCAACUUUUCCAUCAAGUUGAGGUAUCAUCCUAGCUCUGAAGAUCUCAGGACAUUUGCCAUUCUGGGGACAAAGUGGUUUUUCGUUGAAUCGGAGCAAAUGGCAACCGGGUUUUCUGUGGGUUGCUGUUGGUUUCGAUUUAGCACUAAAGAGCAGGCUUUCUGGGGGAAAGUCAAAACCGCUUGUACCUACUCAUAGAACUACAUUGGCUCAUAGAAUCCUAGAGUAGAAAGGGACCCCGAUGAUCAUCUAGUCCAACCCCCUGCAAUGCAGGAAUAUGCAGCUGCCCUGUACGGGGAUCAAACCCACAACCUUGGCAUGAUCAGCAUUAAUCUCUAGCCAGCUGAGUUAACGCUACUUGUCCAGAAGCAGAAGUGUGGGUGAGCCCUUAGUUUCAUUCAAAAUAUGUCUUUCUUUCUUUUUAAAGCUAAGUAGAAUAAUUUAAAAAUAUAAAUUCUCAAGUGAUUCGUCAUGCUUGCCCUAAAAAACCUAUUCUGUUUGACGAAAGCAAGUGUUUACUCCCACUUGCUGAAGAGGCAUGUUUGAUCUUGCCCUGGUUAUUCAUAAAUCAGCUUUAAUGUCAGUUCGUUAUUACCAUCUGAGAGUGCUUUUCCUGUCUUUCACAGGCUUUGUAAUGGGUUUGGCUACAUGCCAAGGCCACUAGAACUUUUCUAUAGAAGCAGGGCUGGUUUAGAUAUUAGUUGGCCUCAUGCUUUUAACCCAUUGUCUUCUCCGGUCUCCUUUAACUGGUCUAAAUUUGAAGAUUGACAGGAGAAAAGUAACCUUGUAAGUGGCAUUUUCACCCAGAUGCUAUAAUGCCCAUUACAGUUUUCUAAUGCAAAGCACGGUAAGUGCUCACUGGUAGAUGUUUGGUUAUUUGGUGUGUGCUGAUCUGUAACAGAGAACCCUGUGUAGAAAAUAAAUAGCCAAUGUAAAUUCCAAAGUAGUUAGUCAUAUUCCAUUCUAAGGAAGCAAAUGAAUGUGAGGAAAUGGGUGUUGCAAUGGUUUGAGACGAAGAUAUAACCCAGAAAAAUGUGUGUGUGUAUUUACCAAGUAUCUAAUGAAGGGCCUUAUCUGAAGUCACUUGCUAUGUCUCCUACCUUCGUACAUUCCAAAGGCGAAUUUCAAUGUCUUCAGGUGAGACAGAGCACACAAGAACCACUUUAAAUGUUACAGUGUGCAAUAGGAAUACAAUAGUUUCGCUUAAGCCCAAUGUUAACCACACUUUUUGUGUCUAGAAAUUAGUAUAAAAUAUGUAGCACAGUAAGUUUCUAAGCAGCUAAAGUGCAACUUCCCGUCACCUAAAUCUACUCUUUACUUUAGAGGAAAGGAGAAACUCUUUGAAUUAAUUGACGGUGCAAAAAGACCCAUAAAGAAACAUGUGGGGUUGUUUUUUCCCCCCUUUCAAAUAUUUUUAGAGCACUAAACUGUCUGUGUUUUGAACCAUAAAGGCAACCAUAUAAGAUCAGCUGAGACACCUUAAUAGCCCAAAUGUACUUUUUUUUUUUUUUGUCUUAAACAUUUCAGGCCAUAGCACAAAACACAGAUCUUAAAGACCGGUUACGCAGAAUACAUGCCGAAUCUGUGCUUCUUGAUUCAGCAGCUAAUGCAAAAUCCAGCCCUGAUUUGGCAAAGGUGGGUAUAGAUUUUUCUGCCCUGGUUUGGCAAAGGUGGGUAUAGAUUCCCUGUCCUUCUGCAAAGCUGCUUGCUGCUUCUCUCCCCCACCUCAGCCCAACCAAUACCCUGCUUCUUUUUUCCACCCCAUUCAGCUGCUCCUUUUCCUGUGCUUAUGACUCAUCUGUUGUGACAUGAAUUAUUGUGCAUACUUCCCAUAGAACAGUUUUAUUUCCAAGCAUGUUUUCGGUGCUUUUUGCUGACAGCCAAGUUGCUGCCCUUCCGCUGCUAGAGUUUUGUUAGCAAAAGUUGUCCUGUCGUUUUCUUUGGUGUCGCUGAACAGUUUUGUGUCUCUAACUAGUUUUCUAUAGUUCCUUCCAUUACAGCUUUUGCGUGUGCGCUCACACACACACCUCGCGUGUCAUGAGACACAACUUGCAUUCUGUUUUGUAAAUAGCCGAAGUAGAAUAUUUUAACACUGCUCAUCAGCCUGAAAAGCACAUCUCUCAAAAGCUACUGGGGGGGAAAGUGCUAUAAUAUGCCAAUGCGCCAGCAUCCUGCCAGGUUCUUGAUAUUUGGAAGAAUAAGGUGAAAUCACAAAGCAUCGCUGGAGCUUCAGAGUCUCCCAGCCAGUAGCCAAGUUUACCUCUUUGCUUGAACGUCUCUCUGGCACUUGCAACUGCGAUUUCCAUAAAGCUGAACAGAAAUAUAUUUAUAAAUCAUAGCAGGUAGAUAGCGGCUAUUUUAAUGAAGGAAGCGGGGCUGUAUUACUUACAACACGCUCUCUAAAUUUUGACUAGCACAAUAACUUAGUCUGAUCUCAUGUAAUACUUUUUGAGAAGCCAGAUAGAAAUUGGUAGGCUGAUUUAACAUUGACUGACAUUUUGAGUAAACAGGUGGUGCCGGUGAGCACCUCGCGAUUAAACUCUGGAACGUACCGUGUUAUGACUUGGAAGGGAGGCAAGAUCAAAAAUUAAUGACCUUGUUGGCACGUAGUGCUGGGUCAGUAGUGCUUCCUAUGUACUUUUUUCGCUGAUAACACAGAGACUCACAAUAACACCACAUUCACAAGAGGCAGCAGAGAAUGCAUGCAAGGGCUGUGACAGCCGCCAACAUAGAUAGAUGGUUUUAAAAGAGGAUCAUACAAAUUCAUGGAGGACAAAACGAUCAAUGGUGCUAGCCCUAAUGGCUGCUGGCAGUAGUGGCUACGGUGUACCUCAGAGGCAGGAUGUCUUUGAAUACUGUUUGCUGGAAAUGACAGGGACGGGAUUACCAUUUUGCUUAGGUUCAGCUUGUGGGCUUCCCAUGGGCAUCUUUUGCACACUCUGAAUAUCAUGCUUUGUGUGUUCUUACACCCCCACUACGUUCUGUCCACAGUAGUAGGCAUAACAUAACCGUAUUUUUUGGGGGGGCGGGAUAAAAAUACACGCAAGGGCACAGUUUUAGCUGUGAGUUAAUUCUUUAAAUAUAUAUAUUUUUAGAUUCGUGCCAAAAUGCUUCUUUGAUUUUGUGCAAAUUUUAAAAUCUUUUGAAAACUAAACACAUCUUCUUAAAACAUCACUAUCUAUAAAGAAUUAUAAUGGAGGUGUGUGAAAAGAAGAGAGGUGGAAAAUAGGGCUCAACCUGAUGAGAAGUUUAAAAAAGAUGGAAGGAUUUGCACUAACUUCUUCAUUUGCAGAAACUCUGCUACUGUUCCAUUUUAUUUUAUUUUAAGCCGGCGUUUGUGAAUGUUCAAAAGAAACAGGCAGGAGAACAACUGUUUGCUCACUUUUUAGGGGCUGUCUGUGUGAUGUUGUCAUCAAAGUAGCAAUUCCAGAACCUGCUCUGAUUGUUGAUCAGGAUGAUGUGCAUAGACUUCACCAGUUCUGAACACGUGAUUUGAUUUAUUAGACUUGUAUAUCAAUUUAUGGGACACGGGUGGCACUGUGGGUUAAACCACAGAGCCUAGGACUUGCCGAUCAGAAGGUCGGCGGUUUGAAUCCCCGCGACGGGGUGAGCUCCCGUUGCUCGGUCCCUGCUGCUGCCAACCUAGCAGUUCAAAAGCAUGUCAAAGUGCAAGGUACUACCUUCUGGUGGGAAGGUAAACGGCGUUUCCGUGCACUGCUCUGGUUCGCCAGAAGCAGCUUAGUCAUGCUGGCCACAUGACCCAGAAGCUGUACGCCGGCUCCCUCGGCCAAUAAAGCAAGAUGAGCGCCGCAACCCCAGACUCGGCCAUGACUGGACCUAAUGGUCAGGGGUCCCUUUACCUUUACCUAUCAAUUUAUACUUAAAAAAAAAAAAGAAGUAUCAAAAUGAUGUACAGUGGUACCUGGGGUUAAGAACUUAAUUCGUUCCAGAGGACCAUACUUAACCUGAAACUUUCUGAAGCAAAGUUCUUAACCUGAAGCACUGUUUCUGGGUUAGUAGAGUCUGUAACCUGAAGCGUAUGUAACCUGAGGUACCACUGUACAAUAUUUUUAAUACACCGAAGCAUGAUAAAACAUAUUAACAUAGGAAACUGCCACAUACAGAGUCAGACCAAUGGUCCGUGUAGUUCACUGUUGUCUACACUGACUGGUAGCUGCUCUCCAGCAGGAGUCUUUCCCAGCCCUACCUGAGAAGGUCAGGGAUUGAGUGACUGUAAUAACAAUAUCACUGAAGCUGCCCAGGACGCUAAAAACAUUUUUACGCAGCCCUGAAAUCAUAGUAAAGUAGACUCCUAUCUGGGAUAGGAGCAUUCCUAUCUGGGAAGCUCAUUGAAAAGACAGAGAAGGCAUACUCUGUAGUCACCCAUUCUCCAUACUUAUUUUGGACACAGCAAAAGGUGUGUCUCAGAUAGUCUAAGCAGGAAAAGAGACGGUCCUUAGGUAUUGGGGUUGCAGUGAGGCUGGAGGGGAAGAAGCGGGAGUUCACAGUUUAGAAUUAAAAGAUGUUACCAACAGUGGCUGGGUUUUUUUAUCCGUUAUUUUCAUAAUGCAUGCCUGGAAAAGACAUUUGAAGAGACAAUGCUUUUAGAGAAGCCUGUAAACUUUAGCCCGUCCUUGGUCUGGAUGUAUUUCAUUUUGCAGCUGAACCAUAUGACAUUAUAUUUAUAUUAGAGUUUGUAAUACGAUAUUCCAAACCCAGGUUUUGCAAAAUGGGUUUUGAGGAUGCAUUGAUUUUUCAGUUUCAAGAGAUGCAAUUGAUCUGCUUUGGAUGGAAUGUUGUUGGUGAAUUAUCCUUCACAACCGUAUAUUUCUGAUUGCUAAAGAUUAGUUGUCUUCCUUGAGCUGCAGGAACGGCCAAGCUGUGUUCUUAGGUGCAGUGUCAGGACUUUAGCCUCCCAUCAGUUUUGAACUGGCAGUGGCUUAACUUGUGCACCGCCACUGAGCUUUGUUGAAAGCAGAGAGCUUCAGGAAAUAAGCCUCAUCUGCCAAGGAAGUUUCCCUUGCACUGGUAGGGCAGUACUGGUCUGCUGAUCUUCCAUUAGCUCUGUAAAAUCUUCUGGUUCAGGACUGUUAACCAUCUAAGUUAUAAAGUGACAAGCUCUUACUAUUUGCGAACUUCCUUUCUUCCCUCUCUGUUUUUUACACGAUGGGGCUGAGGUUUAAUAUUGGGAGUUGUGUGUUUGUUUUUUUUGUUAACAGAUGGGCUAUACUAACACAGUGGUGCCUCGCAAGACGAAUGCCUCGCACGACGAAAAACUCGCAAGACGAAAUAGUUUUUCGUUUUUUGAGUUGCUUUGCAAGACGAAUUUCCCUAUGGGCUUGCUUUGCAAGACGAAAACGUCUUGCAAGUUUGUUUCCUUUUCCUUAAAACCAUUAAUACCCAGAGUGCAUUGCUUGAAGAGGUGCAGUUGCGACUUCGCAAGACGAAAAAUUCGCAAGACGAAAAAACUCGCAGAACGAAUUAAUUUCGUCUUGCGAGGCACCACUGCAUAUGGAUACCUUCCCCAGAACCUUUGGGUCACAAACCGUGAAGAAAUGGAAAAAUGAAGAGUUGUAGUGAUGUUUUAUAUGGCAUAAUCGUGGCUGUAACUGCUAUGUAUUGCAUUACACCAAAUCUAUUGGUUGAUUGAUUUUUCCAUUAAAUAGAACCAUAUUAAGCUUUAGACAUUGUCAAACGAACAAGAAACAUAUGUUUUUACCCAUCCUACUUUGGUAACAGCACCUCUUCUCCUUUCAUGAAUGCUUUGGUCCAUCAUGGUGUAUUUAUUGAUAAAGGUAAACCUAGCAGUUCAAAAGCACACUAGUGCAAGUAGAUAAAUAGGUACCACUGCAGCGGGAAGGUAAACAGAGUUUCCGUGCACUCUGGUUUCCGUCACAGUGUUCCAUUGCUCCAGAAGCGGUUUAGUCAUGCUGGCCACAUGACCCAGAAAGCUGUCUGUGGACAAACACCAGCUCCCUUGGCCUGAAAGCGAGAUGAGCGCCGCAACCUGGUUGUUGCCUUUGACGGGACUUAACUGUCCAGGGGUCCUUUACCUAUUUACUUUCUUACUUAUUGAUGCUGAGCUUCUCUUGCAUAAGGCCAAAUCUAAGAAUCCUAGUAACUUACUUGAAAGCCCACAAAAAACUAUCAGUGAUGUAGCUAAGGCUCAUGGAGGCGAGUGUUGACUUUAAUGAGUUAUUUUAAAAAUAUGUGUAGUGCCAAGGCCUGACACAUCGAAUAGCUCUUGAUAGUUAAGUGACCAAAUUAUCAGAACUAAAGCAGCAAAGCUGUUGAGUGGAAAACACUCUUGUAAAUGCCUUUUUUAAUAGAAAAAACACAUUACAGAUAAGCUUGUGGAUAAGCUAAGGACGUCAGUUUCGAUUAGCCAAGUGUGCUGCUUACUUCCCAAUCAAAAUCUGUAAAUGGCCCACAGAAUUGUAGAGUUGGAAGGAGCCUCUGCCAGAUGCCUUGGGAGGUUAAAGAACCUUUCACUGGCACAGAAAGAUUGCCCAGAUUUUACCCACCUCAAGUCUGUGUAAAAUGAAAUUAUGAAGUAGCCUUCCCCGUGCAAAUGUUUUUGGAUUACAGCUCCCAUCAUACCCAACCAUCGGCCAUGCUUGCUGAUGUUGCAUUUUGACAAGUCAACACAAGUGUAUUGAGGGGUAUUGAUACACCUGCCAAAUUCUCUGUGGUGGACAACAGGAAAAGGUUUUUAAAAAAUGAUUAAAAUGGGAGCUCGCUCGCUCCCUUUUUUUUCUUUUUGUUUUGUGAAACAAAGCAAUUAGCUUGAUUUGAUGAAGUGUCGGGGGCACUACCACUUUCCUGUCCUGCUUUAUUUUCACAAGGGACGUGCAGAAAGUUAUUCAGAGCCUCUUGUUUAUCAAGCAUUUGUUCUGAUUUGCUUGUGGGGAGUUUGUAGGACAUUUGCAUCAAGCAAUUGUUUCCUCAUACUUCCCAAUGCACAUUCCCACUAACUUAACACAAAAAGCCCCAUUUCUCAAAGCAGGUUUGUUGCACAAUCUGCUUUAACUCUUCCAUCCAAACUUGCCGUACGUAUGACUGUGUCUCAUCCAUUAAAUAAAAAAAAAACCAGUAGUAAUAGCUUGAAAGUGAUCUUAGAGCUUAAGCCUGUUGAUUUAUUGUGGGGAAGAACAAACUGAUAAGGAGUGUUCUAGCAACUGUCUUUCAGGCAGUGCAAAACAAGAUGUGAGGGCGGAAAAGAAUUAUAAGAAGUACAUGAUGCCUGCCUUUAUUUGACAUUUUGCUGAAUCCUUCUGUGCUUUUGCUUCUUGUGUCCUUUCUAAAGUGCAUGCUGCCCUCAGUUCUUUUUACUGAAGGGAGUAUCCAAGGUGCUACUUUCCAGAUGCUGGCCUUUGGCAAUGCUAGCUGAGACUGAUGUGAAUUGGAGCCCCACAUCAUCUGGAGAGCAACAGAUUAGCUACCCCUGUUUUGCAGCCUGUACUUCAGUUUUUCAGUAACAAGGCUCCUGGUCACUGGUUUUUUUUCUUCCCAUAUGAGGUUUGGCGACAUGGGGUUUCUCUUCCCUUCCCAAUUUCUCUGCAUUUCUCUCAUAGAUAGAUAGAUAAUCUUCAUUUAAUUUUCUGUUUUACAAUUUAGAAUACACAUUUAAACAUCCUUCAGAUAUCAGUGACUUCCCUUCUUCUCUUUCCAUGGUUCAUUCUGCAUAUCAUAAAUCCCUGCAUAUUUUACAUAUUCCAUUAUUACAUCCCUCAAAACUUAUUUACACUGUUGAAUUUAUCUUAAUGCUGCCAACGUUUUCAGGUGUACACAAUUUCCCCCAUAUAUUCAGUAAACAUUUUCCAAUAUUCCCUUAUGUUCUUCUUGUUCUCUUAUUCUAUACGUUAAGUCCGCCAGCUGCACAUAUUCCAUCAACUUAAGUUGCCGUUCUUCUUUAGUUGGGACCUCACUCGUUUUCCGUUUUGGGGCUGACAAAACACAGGCCACAGUAGUAGCAUACGUAAAUAACCUUUUUUUGACACCUGGGAAUUUCCGUCUGAAUGAUCCCCAAUCCAUGUUUCUCUGUGGUUGCGGUGACAGUGGAUACUCUGUUCACAUCUGCCAUUCUUUUUAUUAUGCUUGAUUUUACAUAUAGGGAAAUGUGUCUUCUGCCAGAUCAUUAGUGGACCCCACAAGCAGCAAGCAGCACUUUUAAACAAAGUAAAUGGAACCCUAUGAAGUGUGGCAGAAUGCUGGGGCUGCCUUGCUUCCUCUGCUCACCCUAUAAGCUUGUUUGAGCAAAUAGUACAGUGGUACCUUGGUUCUCAAAUGCCUCGGUACUCAAACAACUUGGAACCCAAACACUGCAAUCCUGGAAGUAAGUGUUCCAGUUUGCGAACUUUUUCCGGAAGCCGAAUGUGCUCUGUUUUGAGUGUUACGCUUCCAAUUUGAGUGUUACACUGAGGCCUGUCUGUUUUUGCUAUUUAUUUUGCCUUUUUGUUUUUGUGACUGUGUGGGACCCAGUUCAGCUAUUGACUGAUUGUGUGACUGCAGUACAUUUUUUAUUGCUUUCAUUUUAUGGAUCAGUGGUCUCGUUAGAUAGUAAAAUUCAUGUUAAAUUGCUGUUUUAGGGGUUGCUUUUAAAAGUCUGGGACAGAUUAAUCCAUUUUGCAUUACUUUCUAUGGGAAAGCGCAUAGUUGGAACGCUUUGGUUUUGGAACGGACUUCCAGAACGGAUUAAGUUUGAGAACCCAAGGUACCAUUGUAUGUGGCUUUUGGUAUCUUUGGGGCUGAAACUCAAGGGUAGGGCAUCCACUUUGAAUGCAGAAGGUCCGAGAUGCGACCCCUGAGAGUCUCUGACAGUCAAUGUCGACAUAGGGCAACUCCCUCUGUGUUCUGCACUUAACAAUGACACUUUCGCUCAAGUCUCUUUUCCGUCUCUCAUUUGCAGGAAAACUCGGACGACGAGAACAGGGGUCUAGUUCACCAGCUUUCCAACGAAAGUCGGCUGUCUAUAACAGAUUCGCUCACCGAGUUUUUUGAUGCUCAGGAAGUCUUGCUGUCUGCCAGCUCUUCAGAAAAUGAGGUCUGGGCACCGGCGUCGGAAGCAAUGGUCUCAUGUCGCUUGUUUCAAAGCUGUUUGACCUUUACCGUCUCGGCACACUAAUUGCAAACCCAGGGCAGCAAGCGACAUGUUAUGUACUAUUCAGAAUACACAAUUAUUUACCACUGCUAGGUUUAAAAAGCAGUUUGAAAAGGGGAGAGGAGGGGCUUGCAGGAAAUGCUGCUUAUAGAUGUUACCAUGAAGGUUGUUUUGUUUUGUUUUUUAAAAAAACAUAUGUUCAAAUAUUAUUUGCCCUGUGUCUGUCUGACAAAUGUUACAAAGAUUUGUGGGUGGGUGGGUAUUAAGCAUUGGGAUGUGUAUUUAGGCUUUUGUUUUGCUCCUGACACACACAAGUAGAGUCCCUAACAGCAGGGUUUUGUCGUUGCAAUAUCCAUUUCAAACUUCAUGGCCUCUUUUUAUCCACUUUUUCAGUUUCCCAAAUACUGUGGUGGUGUUCUGCAUGUUCCUUUUAAUCAGAAUGAAAGCAUAUUUCCUUCCGCCUCAGGUAUCUGAUGAUGAUUCAUACGCAAGUGAUGUGAGUGAUAACAUCUCUGAAGACAACCUAAGUAACGACAUAGAGAAUGAAAGGCAAACCCUCGGUAGGAGUUACAAAUUUCUUUGUGGUCUGUCCUGAGGGUUUCUGCUUUCUCUUUACCAGAAACUUGCAGUGCAGAAAUGAAGAUGCAGACACGUUCAGGAUUGUGUUUCCUUUUAAAGGAUUAUUUUUGCAACAGUGAAAUGGCACACAGUGAUCUCUCCCCAUGUAGGAGAAACCACCUGGAAAUAAUAAUAAUAAUAAUAAUAAUAAUAAUAAUAAUAAUAUAAUACCACCAUAUACCCGCAGGUCUCAGGGCGGUUCACAACAUGAAAUCACAAUACAAAUGCGCAAAAUACAUAAUAUGAAUAAAAACAAGAACCACAGAGCUCAGAGGUUCUUGCCCUCCCUUUCCCAUCCCCUCUGUAUAGGCUUUGGAGCCUGUACACAAAUCCUUCAUCCCUAGUAAUGGCCUGAUGCGCUGCAGCACACAAGGUCAAAGAAGGUGUGGGGAGGAACAUAGCUCCAUUGACUCCCAUGACAUUGCUUCCAAACGCACAGCACUUAAGUGGGGAUGGAUUGUGCCCCAAGGCCUUAGUCCAGUAAGCAUGCAGCAGUUACCCACUUUUGUCACACAAGGCCCAGGUGUUUCCAUUCCAGGCUGUGCUCUUGCUGAAGUGAUAUUUCUUUCCCCUUCCGCUUGAUCGAGAGGUGCCAACUGCAAUAAAAUAUGGCGGGGCAGGUAAGCCCCCCCCCCCCAUGAUGGAUCACAAGGCUUGGCAGACACACAACAUUUUAAUGGCAAUACCCAUCAACUUGUCAGGAGUUCAGCCUACACUUGAGUAGGACUCUAGCAGAGACACAUGCCCGACUGGCAUGUUCCCUUCCUCCUGGUCGAUCGUUUGGGAGCUUCAUAAGCUUUCUUCAGUCCAAACAUCACAACAACCGAUGCCAACUGACACCGGCACACUUAGGGAUCUGCAGAGUUUGUGCACCUUGCGUGACAGACCUCAGCAACUCAGCAUUUUGGCUAAUCUACUUUAUUUACAUAUAAACACACACGGAGCACUGCAACAUAGCUCCCUCUAGCAUCAGACAGCAAAGAGAAAAAGAACAAGGGACAAUAGUCCCACUUCACAGAACACAGUAAUACAAACAUCCUGUUUCCGUCACUUCCCACUCUGUGGAGUCAAAACAUAUACCAUCAUGUGAAAGACAGAAAUCCCAUGACUGCAAUCAUAGAUCAGGAAUUCUAACACAACUUUGGGGAGGGCCGGCCCCCUCAAAUAUUUUAUGGGUGGGGGGCCAAAAGGAGUUGGCUCUUAUGCACUACAUUUACUGGUUGUUGUUUUCUCUUUCUUCACAAAGGAGGCAGAACAAACAGAACGGUCCAUACCUAUCAAACAUAUAUGCUUUCCCUGGAAUAAAAAGUCCUGCUUAAAAUGUGGCAGGGUGUUGUUGUUGUUUUUAAAAAAGUGUAGCUGAUAAAACAUAUGGCACCUUUGGGAUUCUUCUCCAUGGUUCUGGACUGGCAAUUAGCUGCACUGGUCCCACGUUGCGCAUCGUUGGUGCUGGAAUUUAAAAACUAAUUUCCUACUUCAGUACACAGAGAUGAUCUUCCCAAUUCAGGCAAAAUUAAACACUUGCUUAAAAUGGGGAGCAAUUUAGUUUCAGGGAAACAGAUGGGGGGAAUAGAGAGCCAAUUUGGUGCAAUGGCUGAGGAGUCUCAAAUUCCUGCACAGUUAUGAAACUUUGCUGGUUGGUCUUGGGCAAGCCAUAACCUACAUCCUCUUCAGGACUGUGUUGAAAGGAAGCCUCUUUGUGUUUUGCUACAACUGCAAAAGUGUGGAUAUUAACCAUGGGAUGUUGCCAAAUUUAAUCCUGGCCUCUGUCUUCUAGACAGUGUUCCCGACGACAGCUUGGAAUGCCAUUCUAAGCGGAGGACGUGUCUGCCGGCUCCGUGUCCCAACACUAGUAACAUCAGCCUCUGGAACAUUUUGCGGAACAACAUCGGGAAAGACCUCUCCAAGGUGGCCAUGCCAGUGGAGCUGAACGAACCGCUGAACACUUUGCAGCGCCUCUGCGAGGAAUUGGAGUACAGCGAAUUGUUGGAUAAAGCGGCACGUACGCCCAACCUGUUUGAGAGGAUGGUAAGAGGAAAUUGGGUCCCUCGGCAGCUCUAGAAGGAAAGUGAGUUCUCUUUUGCAUGUCCACAGGUAUAUAAUGGUUCGUGCAUCAGCUGUCAGGAGCAAGCUGGCCAACAGUAAAUCACACCAAGUAAGUGGAGUUAACGCUUGACCAGAAGAAACAGGAGAUGAGCACAGGAACUCUUCUUCGGUAGGUCUUGCCCCUAUGAAGCAGUUGCAGAGACUGGAGAUUCCUGCCUUCCCACAGUUUUCUUUGUCCGCAGGUGGCACUGUGGUCUAAACCACUGAGCCUAGGGCUUACUGAUCGGAAGGCUGGCGGUUCGAAUCCCCGUGACAGGGUGAGCUCGGUCCCAGCUCCUGCCCACCUAGCAGUUCAAAAGCACGUCAAGUGCAAGUAGAUAAAUAGGUACCGCUCCGGCAGGAAGGUAAACGGCGUUUCUGUGCGCUGCUCUGGUUCGCCAGAAGUGGUUUAGUCAUGCUGGCUACAUGACCCGGAAGCUGUCUGCAGACAAACGCCGGCUCCCUCGGCCAGUAAAACAAGAUGCACGCCACAACCCCAGAGUCAUCCGCAACUGGACUUAAUGGUCAGGGGUCCUUUACCUCCUCUCCAGGGCUUUGCCCAAGCAAUCUGAGACUGCGUCUGUGUGCCUGCCUCUGCUCCUUCCCCUCCCUCUGUUUCUUUGUAUUUGCCUUCUGGAAGCUAUUUGGUGGUGUUAUGAUUGCAGGGUGCCUGGACCCCCCAUGAAAAGCACAAUAAACUGUUUUUGCGCCCCUUUCAUUCUGUACAUGAAGCAGACAUUCUGGCUGCCAUUCAGAAAAAUUCACGCUGACAACUCCAUCUGCCCUCGAUGGAGCUUUGACAUGGUUUGUCAUGGGAGUCUACCUCUGCUAUUUCUAUGAAUUGAUCUGGAGAUGCUUAUUGUGCUUUUAAUGAGAAUGAAACCAUAAUAAAAAUCAAGUAGUCGUUUUAUUCAUUGCAAUGGAAUUUAGUUCAAAACAGCCAUUUAAUUUUUGUUUUCUUCUUAAAGUCUAUUGCAAUUCAGGAACUUUAGUGUCAUUCUGUAAAUACUGAGUCAUGUUCCCAUGCUAAAGAUAUUGUUCCAGAUUGCAGGAAACAUAUCUGCAAAUAUUAAAAUUGCAAAGUAGAGAGAAAAUGGUGUCUGCAGUCAGUGUGAGAUCAGAACAUCCUCCCCCCAAAAAUCAGUUUUUUAAAAAAUCAAAAUGCAGCAAGACAUGACACAUACCCCUUUAUUAAUGACCAACAUAAUAUGAUGUCUUCUGUUUGUAGGUAUAUGUGGCUGCUUUUGCCGUGUCUGCUUAUGCAUCCAGUUACUACAGAGCUGGAAGUAAGCCUUUUAAUCCUGUGCUUGGAGAAACCUACGAAUGUAUCCGAGAAGAUAAAGGCUUUCAGUUUUUUGCUGAACAGGUACUUUUCUGUUGUGGUCCAGGCUGAAAAAUUUGCUAGUUCUGAUUAUGUGGCAGGAGGUUAAUUUUAUACUGAAUUGCUUCAGUUGACUUUUGCAUGCAUACAUAACUUGAACUGAGAUUGUUGAAAGCUGUGGAAUAGCGUGGUUACUUUGAGAAACCACCUCCAAAUCCAUAUAUUUUAGAGUGGGUGCCUUGCACUUUAGUGUUUUCUUUACACUCGCUAAAAUAUUUUACUUUUACCACUGCCCUGUGUAUCCAGAUGCCAAGUGAAUUAUAUCCCUUAGUUUCCUGGCAGUAACUAUACAUAAACUUGAUACAAAACAGCACAGGCUCCACUUUAAAGUGAAAAGCAAAAUUAAUUAUAUUUUAAAUGACUACAGUAUAAAUAGAUGGUUAUGUUAGCUUGUAUGGUUACUUUAUGCUGAGCUUGGUUGCUAUUUCUUGUAGCUCAGAAAUCGUACUGUUUCUUUUCCGUUAUUUAAAUCUGUAGCAAAUUUCCGUAAACCACUCCAACCCGAUUAAACACUUCUCAGUCUAGAGACUAUAUUUCUCUAAGGUGAGACAGAAAUGAACUUCAGAAGGGCACAUUAUUACUCAACAGGAAAUACUUCACUUUUUCUCAGGCCUGAUCCUUAUCGUGUACAAAAUAACACUCUCUAACAAUAGCUCUGACCGGAAACCAAACUUGACGUUCAACUGCCUUCUUUUGUUAUUUGUGUUUCCCUGCAUCUUUAUUUUAUUUUAUUUUUGGAUUUAUUUUAUUUUUUUGGAUUUUAUUUCUUUGCAAGUGACUUGAUUUAAGACAGUUUAUAUACCGACAUUUAUUUGUUUUUAUUAUUUAUUUUAAAAAAUAACAGUCCUCAUUAACAAAUUAGUGUUAAUCGCUUUACACCUGCUCUUCUGGGUUGUUUUUCUAAAACGUUUUUUAAAAAAUGUUUCGUUCUCCAUAUCCAACGCUGGUUUUGCUAUCACAAGCUCCCUCUUGUGGUCAGUGCUGUGCUUAAAAUAAAAUGAAACUAUUAAAAUAAUUCAUGAGAGAGGAAUGGAAGUCAUUUAAAAAACCAAAAACCUGUAGCUGUAACGGUAACUUUUCCCUUCCUCUUAGGUCAGUCACCACCCACCUAUAUCUGCAUGUCAUGCUGAAUCUGAUAACUUUGUGUUUUGGCAAGGUAAUUUUUUAGCUUAUUCUCUCUGGUUUUGACUUGAAUAUGAAGGAAAUCUAUAAGCUCAAACAUUAGUGGCAGAUGUUAGGGCAGCUUCAGAUGUUGUGCUGGCUGUGCCAAAGCAUCUCUUUGUAGGCAUUAUGGGGAAGCAUAGACAUUGACAUAACAAACAUAUGUAUCCUCAACCUUGGCUAACCUCAAGCAGCCUUCACCAGCAUGGUGUCUUCCAGAUGUUCUGGGCUGUAGCUCCCAUCAGCGAUAAUGGCUGGGGCUGAUGGAAGUUGUAGCCUAGAACAUCUGGAGGACAUAAGGUUGGUGAAGAUCCUUGGACCUUAGGAUUUAGUGAACCAUCUGUAAUUGAGACAGCUUGAUGUAGCCAGUUUGGAGGAGGGUGUUGUUUUAGAAAUGGCUGCUUACCGCCUUCCCAGUAAGCGGUGGUUGUGGCACCACCCAGGUCCCCUCGCUGCACGACGCCAUCUUUGCGGCCGUUGCUGCGUCCCCUCGUAUGGUGCUGGGGUCCAUGGGUUCCCGCGAGGACCCUCAAUUCAAAUAGGCCAAUCUGUGGCAUCUCAGGCGGGCAGGUCUUGGGGAGCAGACCUGGCUGAAGCAGGCUUCACUCAGGUCCACUUCCCACCUAUUUAUCUCGGCUGGCCCUGCUUGCAGCAGCGCAGUCGGCCGGGAGCAUCACAUUUGUAGUGUUCAUUCAUUUAGCCUUCUCUAGUCGAGUGCAUCAGAGCAAGGGGACUCUGUAGCUGGGCACACAAGGCAAUUGAUAUCAUCUUGCUACCAUAGACUUGAAACUGGUCUGUGGUAUCAAUACUACUCUACAAUAAUAGCAUAUACAGUGGUACCUCGGGUUACAUACGCUUCAGGUUACAGACUCCACUAACCCAGAAAUAGUGCUUCAGGUUAAGAACUUUGUUUCAGGAUGAGAACAGAAAACGUGUUCCGGCGGCGCGGCGGCAGCAGGAGGCCCCAUUAGCUAAAGUGGUGCUUCAGGUUAAGAACAAUUUCAGGUUAAGAACAUACCUCUGGAACGAAUUAAGUACUUAACCCGAGGUACCACUGUAUAAGUGGUUUUUUUUUGUGUGUGUGUGUGUCUUUUUAAAAACACACAGAAACAAUGUAAUAAUACAACAUUUUUUGAACAAGCCAAUAGGAAAACAAAUUCUUGCCCGUUUCUCCAAACAUUUGAAUUGAAAGCAAGGGCACAGUUAAACUGCUACACACUAAGCCCUAUUGAGUUUACAUUUGAGCAGCACUGAGUGGGUUGCACUCAGGGAAACGAAUGCAAGGACAGCUGGCUUAUGCUUAAGUCUUCUGGAAACCUCCACUACUCAAGACACUGAAGUAUUGUAUUCUCUGCUUGUCAUAAAUGUUUCAGAUGACUUCAUUGUCUAAAACAAGAGUCCGGUUCCAAUCUCCAAAGAGGAAAAAUUAAAGCAUCUAGCAAAAUAUGCUGUGGUUAUACGAACUGCCAUGAUUUAGGAAUCACGAUAUGUUUGCUUUAAGCAUCUUAAGUCAGUAUAACUAUUAGUCACCAGGCUGAGUUUUGUCCUGGUUAUAUUCAGCACCAUUUGAAGCUUAGGAGCUGUGAUAUUACGGUAGUGAAAUACGAGAUUUCACUAUAGAGUUACAUCUGACUGCAAAUCUGUAAAUGAGCAAUGGAAUGUAUACUGGCCAUAGUUUUGUGCAAAGUGAAUGAGCCGUGGCAAAUUUCAGGCUCAUGUACUCCUCUCUCCUCCUUUAGUGUGGCUUGUUCAGAUUUGGUUGAACCAUGGUCAGUUGUGUUGUCUGUGUGGUUCGCUUUAGUUAUGAUUCAUUUCAAACAGGUCACUUCCAACCAUGGUUUCUGAAGCUUCUUGUUUAAAGUAACCAUUGUUAUUGUCAGCCACAGUUUCAGGGCUGCACCAAGCUGUAGUUAACUAAAAGUGAACACAAAAGCUUCCAAAGUCAUCAUCAUGGGUAACUGGGAGCAUAAGAGAGAAUCCAUGAACUCCAUGUUUAGUGUGAUUGCUCACAUACCGCUAAACUAUGGUUUAGCAUGACAUUCAAACACAGCCACUGUUUGAUACCUUUGUCAAUUUAUUGAUGGUCUCAGGCUUAAAGUAAAACCCUUAGUAAACAAUUCAGCUCAACAAUAGCAAUAUGUGUUUGGUGUUAAGGAUGUACUUAGUUUAUUACUGACUUUUUAAUUGAUUUAUUUUUUAAAAAUUUCAGAUAUCAGAUGGAAAAACAAAUUCUGGGGGAAAUCCAUGGAAAUCGUGCCAGUUGGUACAACACAUGUAAUUUUGCCAGCGUAAGUUCUAUAAUUGUAUGCGGGCUGUAGUUCACGUUUUGCAGCUCUGGGGUUGUCAAAACUCCUUUAGCACAAAAAUCUCCAUAUUUUUUCACUUUCCAUAACCGAGCAAAUCAUAUGAUGCCAUAGAGAGAGAAUUAUGUGCAUAACAUGUAUACAAGACACCUGCUAUCAGAAAUUCUUUUAACUAGGGAUACCUUUGGACUGAACCUGGGACAUACCAUUAUGGGCUCAACAUUCUGUCGCUUAUAAAAAUUUUACCUGUUGAGCCAACAGCUUAAAAUUUAUCAUCCCAUGAUCAAAGUUUGUGAAUGUGGCAAAUUCAGACUGAUCUGAUUGCAACAGGUUUAUCAGUUUUAAAAUGGCUACAAAUUGACCCAUUCACCCUUUUUUAAACAGGCUUAUCGUAUAUUUCUUUCCAAUUUUGAUGAAAACUAUAAAUGCACUUUAUUAAGGUUUAUUGAGGAAGGCCAUUUCUCAUUGGUAUGGUGAAGAUCUGUGCAGCUGUUGAAAAGUUGUCAAAGCUUAUGGCAGCAAGUACAUGCAAAAUAAGGGGUUGUGUAUGCAGUUGAGUUCCGAAGGGGAAAUUCUGCUAGCACUCCCAAUAUUUGCUGAGAGCGCCACCGUGUGGAUGCCAUGUUCAAUGCCUAUUCCUUUAUGUGUAUGGCAGUGUGCUGUAAUGAUUAGGAGGUGCAGUCGCUAACCAUGUGCACAAUUGGAAAUCUAAGAAACUGUUGUGGGCAGCACAUACCACAACCCCCAACACGCGAACACGUUGUGACCUUCAUCAUAACCCCACUGCCCACUUGCACUGCCAUUCCCUGUGCUCCUGCACUGACACAAGCAUGAGUCAAUUCUAAGGAGGAUUCCUCCAGGAAUACAAUAAAAUUCAGAUGCUUCAAAAGGCAAUUCAGAGCCACAUAUUUUACCUCUUUUAGCAUCUGUUGAUUUUAUUAAUCUUUUGGAUUUUUAAAAAUACCUAUUCUGUUUUUAUUGAGAAAUUUAAUGUUUUAUAUUUUUGCAAACCAGGUUUUCUUAGAAUCAAGUGGUAUAUAAAUUUUUCUAAAUAAGAUAAAUACCGGUAAAUUUGCUAUCCCCAAGUGCAAGUUUUCUAUCUCGGUGAGAUAUUUUCUCCCUUUGCUUUGUCUCUGCUUUUCUUGAAAGGAAUCAAAAUUGGAUAUUCAGGGUGUUUGAGAUGAACGUUUUAAGUAAAACCAUUGAUUUUGUUAACUAAUACUUUAUUACAACAUGAAAUGACAGUCCUCUGUUUUCUUCUAGCUAUAACGACCAUUAUGAAUGGAAUAAGGUGACAUCUUGCAUUCAUAAUAUAUUAAGUGGACAGCGGUGGAUAGAACACUACGGGGAGAUCAUAAUCAAGAAUCUGAAUGACCACAGCUGUCUCUGCAAACUUACUUUUGUAAAGGUAAUAUUAAAAUUACAUUGGAUGUUCUCAAGAGCCCGUGCCAUUUCAUUUAAAAAGUCAGUAAGUUUACUAGCAGAAUUUCCUGGGCAAUGAGGAUGUUGAAUAAUAUCCUGAGGUUGUAAGCUGACAUAGUCAUUUCUUGGCAUAUCUAUAGGAGCAACCUAAUUCACAAUUUUUUCCUGAUCUUUUGAAGUGAUUUUGGUUUUGCUCAUUUUAUCUCCAGACAAAAUACUGGAAUCACAAUGUACAUGAGAUUGAAGGAAAUGUUUUGGACAAAAAUGGGAAAGUAGUGCAUCGCAUUUUUGGGAAAUGGCAUGAGAAUAUAUACUGCGAAACACCAUCUUCGCCAAAGUGCAUCUGGAGAGCAAGUUAGUGACCAAUCAACCAUUUUAUUUUUAUACACAUAUAAAGCAUUUGCACUCCCUACCUAUGCUCAUCUAUUGACUGCCACCUGCCACAAUCUUAAGUUUCAGUACAUUUUACUUUAGUUCUUUACCAUGCUAUAUACUAUGGAUGGAGUCUUGUAAUGGAUAAAUCCAUAAUAAUUCACUAUAAAUGACUGUCUAGAUAGGCCACAUUUAAGACAAUGGCCAUAUGCAGAUAAUGCUCAACCAUGGCAAAUAGUUCAACUACAUCCAUGGUUAAGGGUUAUCUUUAAACCAAAGCAGAGCAGUUGAAAACAAAACGGGAAUGGAAAACAAAAAUAAAAAUGGGUAAAAAAAGUGGCAUAGAAUAAAACCACAGAGACACAUCCAUUGUUGUUAAUUUUAAAAACUUGUAGGAAGUCCUCUUGAUGUCUAAAUUACCAUAACCAAUUUUGCCUGACAAACAUCCCUAUGGAGGGAGUUCAGAGACUGGGGUGUUGCCACAGAUAUGAUGUAUGUAAUCAUUGCUCUUAAGUCAUGAAAUUAUGAAUAGAUUUGGGCUGGAGAAAAUAAUCAAAUCCAUUUUUAUUUGCAGAUCCAAUGCCAAAAGAUUAUGAACAGUGGUAUGGUUUCACACAGUUUGCAUUAGAAUUAAAUGAAUUGGACCCGCUCACUAGGCCUCUGUUACCAUCUACUGAUACCCGAUUUAGACCAGACCAAAGGUAUUUAUUUAUUUUUUGUAUAAAAAAAUUAAGUUUCCUAUAGCUGAAUACAUACUGAGGCAGCACUUAUUAUCUUGUACCCUUCAGAGGCAGGAUGUGCAUGGGUUGUGCCCAUCAUCAAGGAAAAUCAGUUCUUACUGGUCAGUUUUUUGGGAAAGACAAAAAGGGAGUAGAGAUGUUAGGGUCCCUUCCCUCCCAUUUUUUGUUGAGUUCUGGAAUCAGUUCACUGGUUGUUUUUCCCAAUCUGUAGCCUGGGGGAAUGAUCUGGUUGUUGGUUAAAAGCUCUAGCUACUUCACGGUUUGCAGAUACUAAGCUAAGGGAGCCACAAAAUAAAAUGCCAACAAUGCUUUGUUCUUUUAUCGUUGCUUAUGGCAGGCUCCUAGAGGAAGGGAAUAUUGAAGGAGCAGAAAUGCAAAAACAAAGGAUUGAGCAGCUACAGAGAGAGCGGCGGAAAGUUCUAGAAGAAAACAAUAUGGAGCAUCAGCCUAGAUUUUUCAGGUACUUUUUUAACAUAGCAGAUUUCUUUGCUGAAAUGUCUGCAAAUAUGCUAGCAGAGUGGCACAGAAAGUGAUUCACAAGAUCCCGCUUCAUAAUUCAUUUCUCAGAAUACUUACCUAAUUGCUAAAGCCAUAAUUUUAUUUAUGUCUUGUGGCUAAAACAAUGGGCUAGGAAAACCAAAGAAAUUGUUUUCUUGCAGUGGGGUGGCUGGAAGCUAACACGGAAACAUGUUGCGAGAAGUGAGGAACCAAGGAAUAAAUGGGAAAUCCUGUGGCUCUCUAGAUGUUGUUGGACUACAACUCCAGUCGUUCAUGACCCUUGGCCAUGUUGGCUGAAGCUGAUUGGAGAUGGAGUUGAAUAACAGCUCAAGGUUCAGGACACAGCUCCCAAUAUCCUACUCAUGGGUUUUUCCUCCAGAAACGUUGGUUCCUCAUCACUGCCACACAGGAUAGCAUUUUUGAGUUGCCUAGCUAGUUUGGGAGUUGGCAUACAGUUGUACCUUGGAUCCCGAAUGCCUUGCAAGUUGAACAUUUUGGCUCCCAAACACCGCAAGCCCGGAAGUGAGUGUUCCGGUUUGCAAACGUUCUUUGGAACCUGAACGUCGGGUGCAACUUCCGCAGCUUUCGAUUGGCUGCAGGAGCUUCCUGCAGCCAAUCGGAAGCCGCGCCUUGGUUUCCGAACGUUUUGGAAGUCGAACGGACUUCCAGAACAGACUUCUGGAAUGGAUUCGGAUGUACCACUGUACUGUGAUGGUGGUUUCAGUUCUAGCUAUCAGAAGGUGAUCAUAGGGGAUUACUGUUCCACCUCAUGAGGUUUAUUCUGUGGUGUGCCACAAGAUUCAGUCUUAUCCCCUGUGCUUUUCAGUAUCUACAUGAAACCUCUGGGGAAAGGGAUUUGGGACAAAGUAUCAUCAGCAUAUGGAUGCGGGUGGCGUUGUGGUUUAAACCACAGAGCCUAGGACUCGCCGAUCAGAAGGUCAGCUGUUCAAAUCCCUGCGACGGGGUGAGCUCCCGUUGCUCAGUCCGUGCUCCUGCCAACCUAGCAGUUCAAAAGCAACUCAAAGUGCAAGUAGAUAAAUAGGUACUGCUUCGGCGGGAAGGUAAAUGGCGUUUCCGUGCGCUGCUCUGGUUCGCCAGAAGCGGCUUAGUCAUGCUGGCCACAUGACCCGGAAGCUAUACGCCGGCUCCCUUGGCCAGUAAAACAAGAUGAGCGCCGCAACCCCAGAGUCAGUCACGACUGAACCUAAUGGUCAGGGGUCCCUUUACCUUGACCUUAUCAGCAUAUACAAACCCAUACCUAAUUUCAGUAUUCCAGGUGAAGCAUUGUAUGUCUUAAAUGUAUUUGAGAUAUAGUGUGGGAUCCAGUGAGAUUAAUAAACUGAAGCAGAUGUGGCAAAGUGUGCAGUGUGAAAGGUCCAAUUGAUCUGGAAGUGGAUGGUUCUCUUGCUCUGGAUAGGGUUACACUUGCAGCCGGUUCCCAUGCUUCUGAAAUCUCCGGUGGCAGCUGUGCCCAGGAGUUCAGUUUUGCCAAUAUAGCUUGAUCUGCCAACUGCUACCACUUUUAGAGAAGCAUAAUUAUUCAUCAUUAGCCACUGCUGAGUGUGUGAAAUGUCAGACUCAGACCAGGGAAAUGUCAGUUAAAAUCCUCACUCAACCUGAAGCUGGUUAGAUGUCUAGUCUUACUUUGCAGGGUGGUUCUGAGGAUUAAAUGGGGUGUGGGAGGAAUAUGAAUGCCACACUGAGUGGCAUAAAACAUGCAUGUUUCACAGGAAAAUAAAAAAAAGCUCUGUUGAUUGUUUGACAGGAAAUCUGAAGAUGACUCCUGGGUCAGCAAUGGAACUUAUCUAGAACUUAGAAAAAACCCUGGCUUUUCCAAGGUGGAUAAUGCUGUCUUAUGGUGAAAAAACAAAAACAAACGAAAAGGACAUUAUAGCUGCUGUUUCUCUGAUUAUAAGAAUGGAAAUGCUGCGUAUCACCAUAACCUUCUAGACUCCUGCUUGAUUUAGAUUUUUGACACAUUUGCGUUAUUCUGUUUGUCUUUUGCUAUUUUGAUAGUAACCAUGAUUUAUUUGAAUGUACAAAAAACUCUAAUUUUCUUGACAUAUAUAUUUAAUAAAUGAUUGUUGAAUGUUAUCUCUGAAAGGGGGGGUGGGGAGGAGAGAAGCUUUAACACUAUUUUUUCCAAAGGAUAAUGCAAGUUCAGAUUUAAUGCCUUAUUGAGUUCUGUGAUAAACAGUAUUGGCCAGGAACCUUCAGCCGCACUACAGUAACUGAAUGGAGGCAGCUGAUUCCACCCCCCAAGAUGUCAGUAAGCUAACCAAAGCCGGAGUGAGUGUGUUUCUGUCUCUUGCCUGAGAUUCCAUCUCAGUUACUGAUCUUUUUGGAAUCUUUUUUUGUGGUUUGGAUUUGCUUUGUUUUUGAGCACAUGGGCAGAGCAAUGCAUAAUACCACCAAUCGGGUUGGAUGAGAUGGAGAUGUUUCUUCACCCAGUUCUGCCUAGCUGUGCUGGGCACUGCUACCAUGGAGCGGCUAGCUGCACCCACCUCAACUGUGGAUGAGCAGAAGGCACUCCUGUGGAAUCCCUGCUGGCAGUAGCUGCUAUAUAUCCCCAAAUCGGGAGCAGAGCUACGUAAGCUAAGGAUCGCUUGGAUCCUCAGCCAGUCCAGCCACCAGUUACUUGUGGAAACGGGCCCAAUCUGGGCCUCUCUGCUGUACCAGCCUGGAGCUGGUAUAAUAAGGAAGCAAAAUGGUUGUUGACCCUACCCUAGCUGCCAUUGGGCUCUGGGAUGCAGCGGUCGGUCUUCACUGCUCUGUUUAGUAGCCCUUCCGUUGCAGCCUGCUGGCGGUCUGGAUCGCUCCUGUUCUUUUUACUCCAUUAGCUAACCUAUUCCAAGAAAGUAGUACUAAGCGGUAGUAGCAUUGAUGGUUCUACUGCCUUACAAGCAAGCAAAAGGACACAGACACCUAGGAACUUCUCUUAUGCCUUGUUGACCUUUACGGAAGCUGGACCACUGCAGACUUCAGCAGGGCUCGCACAGUGGAAGUUCCAAGUGGAACGUGUCCCAGAUUUGUACAGUUGGCGUAUAUGAAUCAUGCUGUGUAGACUGAACUUUUGAGGCACAGUCCAACCAAAGUUAGUGAUGGCUUAAUUCGUAUUAAAAUCCAAUAGAAAAGCUGUUAGUUGCGAGCAGCUACCUUUUCCUCGAAAGUACCAUUUGGUUAAAUGCAAUUUAGUGGUAGUCCUAAACAGAGCUUGUGGGUAAAAAAAAAUGACCAAAUGGAAAAGAAACACGGUUUUCUUUGGGGCUGGCAAUAUCUUUACAGAGCAUGGACUCUUUAUUUCACUAUUCUGGUUUGUUUUUAAUAAAAAGAUCCUGCUAGACAAUUUUUUUAAAAGCCCUCCUUUUUAACUAUUUGCAAAGUACCUAAUUGUGGUUAAGAGACAGGUGUUUUCUGAAAUAAGAUUUCGGUAUUUUCUACCUCUUCUGAGCAGCACAUUUAUUAUCUUGUAUUAUUAAAAAAAAAACCAUCUGCCUUAGAUACAAUGUAUGGAAUAUAUGAUCUUCCUUUACCUGUUUAGUGUUUUAAGGUAAAUAUUUGUCUUGCACUAAAAUGGUUAUGUUUUUCCUAUAUCCUCUCUAUGUAUUCUAAUAUCUUCAUGAGCAUCUUUAGCAUGUUGAAGAAGGAAUCCAAAGUAGACAAAACAGCACUUUGGAAUGUAGGUGGCAGUCUUGUUUGUUUUUCUUUUGUUAAAUCACAGUUUUAAUAUAAUAUCAUGCUAAACAGGAAACGUGUGUGCAGAAAAUUAGAGUCUGAAACACAUACUUCUAUAAGCUUUCAGGUCCAUUGCCUACAAACUGAUGGGAGAGUGGUCCUGGGUUACAGUGUUGAAUGGUACUUUCUGUAAAUUAGUAAAGCAUUCUUUCUUCAUCUUAGUAUGUAGUACAUGUCUUGCAUCCAAGUGCUGUGAACAGAAGUAAAAUACAUCAAUUUGAAUAUGCUUACGGAGCUUUUCCCUGCGUGAGCUGCCCCAAAUCACUUAUGGCAAAGGGAGCAGCUCCAUACAAGCAUUUUGUCCCACCUGGUUUAGAGCUGUUCCUUCUAAUAAGCGAACAGAUUCAGGCAGGUUUUUUCCUGCAUACUGUAUAGUGCACAACUAGAUCACAACUAAUUUAGCUAGACACAAGAUGCAUGAGGACGAGCGUUCGCAACGGCACAAGCACACCACCAUGCAAAACUAAAGCUAACAUAGUUAACCAGUUUGUUCUGCAGAUGCACAUUGAUGGAGUGGCGAAAUAGAAAACGUUAAUGACCUUCUGGACUCUCCCAUUUAUAUAUGCCUAAGCAGUUUCAAGGGAAACCAAAUUUUAGCAAAACUUUAUAAACUUUCCAUCUGAAGGAGGGGGGGGGGACCCCUCAGACAUCAGUUAAUAACUUCUCCGUUUAUUUAUUUAUAAGAUUAUCCAUUACAAUAAUAUCAUGUCUAUCACUCAGCACAACAAUUGCUUGCUGCCUCAUUAAACACUCAGGGUCUAACUAGGCACUAUGUUGGCCCCAUAUUUGUGCCCUUAACUGCAAUGGUGGUGUUUUUUUUUAUACAAAUUGGUAGUGUGGGGUGCAGGCUCUGAGCUGGGACCUUAGCAUGGAGGGUUCAAGCCGUUGCCCCCUGCUACAGUCCUGGUUAGGAUCUGGGCGGUCCACACCAGCGAUGUGCAUAAGAAAAAAAUGUUCUCAUUCAUCUCAAUGGAAACUCUUUUUUUAUAGGCAAGGUGCUGGUGUGGGCAGUUCAGAUUAGGAUUAUGGAGAACGAGGUAAAUAAGGUUACCAGAUUUUUAUCAAUGAAUCUGGGGACACUUUUCAACUCCCUACUAAAUAGAUUGAUUUUGUCAGGGGACUGAUUUAUAAAUCCGGGGACUUUCCCCGGGAAACGGGGACAUCUGGUAACCGGUAAUGCCCCCCCUCCUAUACUAGAGUCCCAAUGUGAAUUUGGGACCCUAGAUCAAUAUGGAGAUAACAUACCUAGUUUUUCAUUCAUAUAAAGCAAUGACAGUUAUUCUAACUUUUCUUCCCCACACCCUUCCAUCCGCAUAGCAAUUUACUUGCAGUGUCUCACUAUUUGACAAUAUCACACAUUAUAUAUUUUUUGCACUAAUUGAGAUUUCUUGUAACUUGUAAUUUUCUUUGGGACAAUUCCUUCUAAAAAAAAGUAAUUAUUUUCCAGACAAAGUUUGUUCCAUUUUUGGACACAUUCACUCUUUCAUUUACAAUCCAUUUAUUUGUAUAUCAUCUUUGGCAUAAAUCAUAUUCCGUGCUUACAGUCAGUUAAUACUUAGGUAUUUAAUUUUGCCUUGCACUUUCAGAAAUGUUACUGCUUUGGAUGCUUAGCUGCUGCUGUCCUUGGAAACACUUGUUUCCUUUUGUCUUUUAUUGCUUUGUACAGUUGAAAUGCAGUUAAAAAAAAACCCAAAACAUUUAAUGCAGCUUUUAAAGAAACAGAUGCAAUCAUUGUUCAUGAGCCAAGAGCUUACCGUAAUGCAUGCAUUAGUCAGUUAAUGCUGGGAUAGAACUCUAGGCUCCAAUUUGAAAAGGAGCAUUGCUCUGUGCAUUGCUUCAAUUUUUGUUUGCUAGAUUUUGUUUUGGUUUUUAAAAAGAAAGAUUUGCAAACCCUGUGGGUCACCAUGUUCAUUUCGCUGUUUUCUCGAUUUCACAUAUAUAGAAUGGGGAACUGGAUGCAUGAUGAAACAGGCAUAUGGCCAGUUCAUCACACACAUUGCAUCACUUAUGACAGAUAGCUUACCAUCAUUUCAUCUGACCUUUAUCACAUUGGCACAGGGCCGUAAUUUCACCUUUUACACACACAUCAUCCAAUCUUCUGCAAAACCCAUAGCUUUUCUUUUUCAAGGGAGGGCCGAGCCCAUGAAUGCAGCAAUUGAAAUUAAGGGUUUAAUCACGUAUUUUUGUGAUCUUUUAAAUAUUUCCACCCUGAUCACCUCUUAUUCUCCUGAGUAUAUGCAUAUGGUAAGAGGAAUUACCAGCCCACCUCACUAGAGCAAAAUGUGGCAGGUAAAUAUGCCAAUGAUCACCACCACCAUAGUACGUAAUUCUGGAUAUUAGGCAGCCUGAUUUUCCAAUAUUUGGGGGAGGAUACUCAAGUGUGGUGCAAGGGCAUGCACACAUCACUUUGUGUUGUCUUAACCCUUCGGAUCCAGUUAUGUAAUUGGACUGGUCCCACUCCACUGAAAUUUUGCAUGUUCAUAUUAUUACCUGCAAUCACCACCUAAACAAUUCGAUUACUGUAAUUCACUCUAAAGGUGUAAUUAGGUGUAAACCUGCAUGAUUUACGUGCCAUGAAAGAGGAAAGGCAAUUGCUUCAGCAAUUGCUGGGACCUGGCUGAAUAUCCAUACCAACUCAUUCUAUACAUAUCUGAUAUUAUUUGAGGGCACUUACAAGUGGAAGGUUUCUGUCAGGUACCUGACAACUGCACUCUGGCACUGGCAGGACUGUCUGUUUCCUUGCUGGUUUCAGCUGCUCCACACUGAUUUGCAGCAUUGGUGCAGGAGGAACAGCAGAUCAAGGAAAGUAUUAGCAGCACUCUCUUCUGCUGUGGUCAGACCACACCUGGAAUACUGUGUCCGAUUCUGGGCACUACAAUUUAAGAAGCAAUGAAGCACCAAACCAGUGGUGGAAGCUUCAGACUAUUCUAUUAGGGUGCUAAGGUUGUUUUGGGUUUUUUUGAGUUCUUUUCUGUUUUUGAUACCACAAACUACCAUCUGGAAGCACCCUUAGUAUCUUAUCAAUUAAACAUACAUCUAGAUACCAUUAUUAUUAUUAUUAUUAUUAUUAUUAUUAUUAGCACUAUAUAUAUCCCACCUUUCUCCCAUAACUGGGAAUCACAAAAAUUAAAUACAAAUGAAGCACACAUAUAGCUAAAAACAUAUUAAAGGUUAUGGUUAAAAAGCAGUUAAACUAUGUUGAAACUGUAUCCAUUAAAAUGCAGGCAGUGGGAGGAGGGGACACAGUACAUCACACUAUUGAGAGCCGUUUCCUUAUAUGCAGUCAAUUCCCAAAAGAACUGGAGGAAUAAAACAGUUUUCACCUGCCAGUGGAAGGAAAUCAAGGAAGGAGCCAAUAAUAACAUACGUACAAGUAUAUGAGGUUGGAUCCAAAGGAACUUUCUCUGCAAAAUGUUUGCUGGGGCAGGACAAGUUGAAGCAACUAUCCAGGGCCAGAAUUACUCUAGCUUGCUCCGGGCAGAACCACCAUUGCAUUGCAUCACUAAAGGAACGAGUUUAAAGAUGAUACAGAUUUGGUUAUGCAAAUUUAGAAAUAAGUACUAUAAUUUAAUUAGAAAGUCAGUACAUCUUAUAGUGGAGAAGACUGUGACCAGGUGAGCUAUCCUGCUGUCCAGGUAUUAAUCGUUGAUGAGCAACUUCAAGGUCUUCUCUGCUCUCCCUUCUUGUGGUUCCUAAAUCUAUAAACCAGACUUGAAUCUGACAGUCCUUCAAAUAGAGGGUUCCCUUUUGAGAAAUAGGGCACCCUAGCGCCAGGAUAAGACCAUAUCAUUGGUAACCUUGUCUGGGGUAUGCUAACUGACCAUGGCUACAAUCAGGUGGGGUGCAAUCAUGUAUCCAUCUAUCCCAACUCUUAUUUUUGAAUUUAAUUGUUCCACCUUUGUCAUUCUUUCGUCAUGUUCAUUCUAUGCUUGGUUCAAAUGUACCAAGCACAGAAUCUCCUCAGUUUGGGGCUGGUGCAGAUUUGAUAUAUUGGAUGAGUAAAAUUAGCUGCUUUUUCUACUGGUCUACAUUUUUUUCUGUUCUCUGUUACCCUAUAAUACAUAAAUAUACAGAACAGUGAAAGUUGUUUUUGUUUGGGAAAAAUAUAUAAGGGAAUUUCUUGUAUUCUCUAAACCGUCUGAAGUAGUUGGAAGGAGAAAAAUAACAGUUUAGGGUGCUGUGAAGAAGGUGGAUUGGAUGGUCUCUCUCCAUACUGAAGCUCUUUGGGAAAUAAAGAAGGAAAAUAAGCUAGCUUUCUCUUGUCAAUAAAACAUAAUCAGUGUUACUGCAUAUCUUUUUUUACUUAAAGCAACUAUUUUUUCACCUAAAUCUAAGGACAAUAAAGCUAUCGCUCUUCUCUACUUUUCUCCCUAUUUAGCUGCCACAUUAAUAUAUUUCCAAAUUCUUUAAUAUUGUUUUGAUUUUUUUCACACGAUCUUGUUAGACUCCUUGCAAAAAAAACACACACAAAAACCAACAACAAUCCUGGCCUCCUUCAGUAGAAACUAGGAUGAUCCUUUAACAUUUUGGUUUUCAAGUUACUGUUCAGAGGUUACUCUACUUCACAUGAACGCUUGAUUGCUACAAAUAUUUCAUUGUUCAAAUGAUAAUCUCAUUUGGAUUGGGAAGGUACUUACUUUAACCUGCUGAUGGACUGUAUCAUUAUACAAUGGGUGUUUUCACUGUUGCAAUAUUAUUGUCUUCCAGUUUUCUUUGUUUUUUCUUUUUAUACCAUGAACUUGCUAUAAAAGUUCUGGCUCAUCUUACUGUGUAACAUAUUAUGUAUUUGAUCCCCUGUAACUAGUUUAGUUAGAUGUUAAUAAAUUUUACAUCUCAAAUACC